AUGGACAAUUUUUCACCUGUCACGAAUGGCGCAAUUAAUUUACCACCGCGCAAAAGAGCCACUAGCUGGUCAAAAUCAGCUAGAGUUUGGAAGAGGGCAAAAGCUCAGUUGGAUCCUGAGUCUGAACUCAGUGAUAUUGAAGAGGAGUUCUACUGGGAUAAUUCAGAGGAUCUUUCUGAUUAUGACUCUGACGAUAAUGAUGAGGAGGCUGACCCCUCACAGGAUAUACUUCCCAUUAAACCUACUAAGUUUGUGAUUGACAACGGAGCCUCAGGGGACACUGGUAGGAUCUUGGACCCUAUUUGACCCUGACGACCUACGCCACCCACGGUCUGUAGAAUGGUCUCCAUCAGACCAUGUUGCAGGAUAUUUUGCGUCCAGGGUACGAAAGCCUUUAGUCAAGGCAAAACUAAAUAAAUUUCGGGCUGAAUGCCUACGCCCCACGGUUCCAGGUGACGCUUUUGUAAGACACCAUCGGUAGAAACUAAAUUUAUCCAAUUUCUGGGUAAGACAGGCUGGAAACCUAAUAAAGGCAUGGAAUUUUCACUCCGUAACUGCCAGGAUAAAAUCCUGGACAUCUUGUGGCCAGUGGCCAAGAUAUUUGAUAUGGCUGAAGAAGAUGUAUGUGACUGGAUACAAAGAAUUACAUGUUUAGUUGGCAUGCCAACACUGCGAUGGCCAUGGAACGUCGCAAUUUGAUACUGCUCAAGAUUGAGCCAAAAUUGGUCUGAACAAGCCGGGCACACAGACAAAACGUCUCCCCUUUGGAGAUAACUUUGUAAAGGAACAAGAUUAAUUUGUACAUACCUUUACCGGCCUUGAUAAAGCACAACUUAACAUGCGCAAAUAUGGGUGUCUGCAGGAGGAGGCAAGGAGGGGCGCUUGCUCUCCCCCCCCCUGGAUUUUUCAAUUUGUGCUGGUAUUUUUGUUUUGAGAUUGAGAAUACUGUGCAAUACUGGCACCGGCCAGUAGGUGGUGCUGUGUGUGGAGAGAGGCAGGGAUAGGAGGUUACAUCUUAUGCCUGCUUCUCUCUCCUGACUGAAUCCGCAGGGGAGCAGCACAUGCAGCCAGAAACUCCCAGACUGCAGAGACAGCCUACAGAUUAGGCAAGUGGGAUUGCAGCCUGCAGAUCAGGUAAGUGAGGAAUGGGGGGCAGCAUAAGAUCAGGUAAGUGAGGCAUGGUGGGCAGUAAAGAUCAGGUAAGUGAGGCAUGGGGGGCAGCAUAAGAUCAGGUAAGUGAGGGAUAGGGGGCAGUAAAGAUCAGGUAAGUGAUGGAUGGAGGAGCAGUAAAGAUCAGGUAAGUAAGGCAGGGGCGUACCUAGAGCAUUUGGCACCCUGUAAAAAAUGUUAAAGGUUUUAUUUCUUUUAUUUUUACAAUUUGUAAACUUUGCAAAACCGCUGUCAGCCCCUCCUACAAAACCCUUGUCCUGCCCUGCCCCUCCUACAAAACCUCUGUCCUGCCCCUUCUACAAAUCCUGUACUGCCCCAUCUACAAAACCCCCGCAACCCCCUUCCACAAAUCCCCUGCUUAUCCCCCCUUAUAAAGACUCCUGUCCCAAUACAAAAACCCCACCCCCUUCUACAAAAUCCCUGCAGCCCUACACACACAUUUACAGGCAGACAGUCACACACUCAGUUACAGACAGACAGUCACACACUCAGUUACAGGCAGACAGUCACAGUCACACAUCACACAUACACAUUUCCUCUGUGCGGCCAGUUUAUCAGCUGUUUGCUUGAGUGAGCUGUACUGGCCGCACGGCACCCUAACUACCAUGGGACACUGUGCGGCCACAGCUCACACAGCCCCCUCCAGCCAGGGCCGGUACAAGGAUUUUUGCCGCCCUAGGCAAAAGUAAAGUUUGCCGCCCCCCAUGUGACAUCACAAUGCCCCAACCAUAUGAUUUGCCAUGUUAACUAGCGCCAGUGCUGCAGUGCCGCCGUGUUUACAUUAAAAGGCCUGCAGGGACAGACUAUAGACACCAGAACCACUAUAUUAAGCUGAAGUGGUUCUGGGGACUAUAGUGUUUCUUUAAUGUGAGGUAAAUUAGAGCUUAGUGCCACGAAUAAUAUACUAGAUUGCCUACUUACAACCAGAUGAGGAUGAUGAUGGGCUCUAGCUGCAGUCUGGCUCCACUGGUCUGGUGCAGAACAGGCUCUCUGGAGGCGGUUUGUAACUGUGGUCACAAAAAUCAAUGUUCUGGGAGAACUGGAAGCAGCUCCAUUUUUUGGGGGUCCUUUACACAGAUCAAGGUCUGGGUCCCAGGGUCCACCUUCAUGUUCCACCAAUGAGUUUGUUCACAGGGGGUGGAGUGUGUAGGGGAUGUCCUGAUAUGUGUGUAAGGAAUGCAUUGUGUGAAAUUGUGUUUGUAUGUGUAAGGACUGCAAGGUGUGUUUCUGUGUAUGUAUGGGAUGCAUUGAAUGUGUGUAAGGGGUGCAUUGAGUGUGUGUAAUGAAUGCAUUGUGUGUUUCUGUGUGUGUAAGGGAUGCAUUGUGUGUAAUGGUUGCAUUGCUUGUGUAUGUGUGUCUGUGUGUUUUCUGUGUGCAAGGGGUGCAUUGUGUGUAUGUGAUGAAUGUCAAUCUCUCCUCCCGCUCCAAUUUCCUUCUCCUCCUCCCAAUUUCUCUUUCUCACCCACCCCCCCUUUUCUCUUUCUCACCCCCCCUUAUUUCUCUUUCUCACCCCCCUUAUUUAUCUUUCUCACCCCCCCUUAUUUCUCUCUCACCCCCCCUUAUUUCUCUUUCUCACCCCCCCUCCUAUUUUCUCUCACCCCCCCUUCUUUCUCACCCCCCCUUAUUUCUCUUUCUCACCCCCCUCCUAUUUUCUCUCCUGCCCCUUUUCUCUUUCUCACCCCACCCCUUAUUUCUCUCACCCCUUAUUUCUCUCACCCCCCUUAUUUCUCUCACCCCCUGUUUCUCUUUCUCACCCCUUAUUUCUCUUUCUCACCCCUUAUUUCUCGUUUCUCACCCCCCUUAUUUCUUUCUCACCCCCCCUUAUUUCUUUCUCACCCCUCUCUCACCCCACUUAUUUGUUUUUCUCCCCUCUCACCCCUUAUUUCUUUCUCUCACCCCUCUCUCACCCCCUUAUUUCUUUCUCACCCUCUCUCACCCCCUUAUUUCUCUUUCUCACCCCUUGUUUCUUUUCUCAACCACUCUCUCACUUGCUGUUUCUUUCACCUCUCACCCCUUCUUUCUCACCCCCCUUCUUUCUCCACCCCACCUCCUGUGGCGUGGCGUCCCGAGAGUAUAGCCGGCGGGUACAGGGAGCUUUUGUUUCCUGUACCCGGCCGGACUAACAGGAAGUGAACACUCAGUGUGCACUUCCUGUUAGUCCGGCCGGGUACAGGAGACAGCUGCUCUCUGUACCCGUCGGACCAUGCUGCAGUGAGGGAGCUGACAGGAGCGCUCCCUCCUGUCAGCCUCUCCUCAGGCUGCGCCCGGGCGGUGCGGUCCGCCCUCAUGGACGCACCGCCCGGGCAAAGCUGCAGCCGCCUGAGGCUCUAUACAGAGCGCUCGGGCGGCUGCAGCAUGGGGGGGCGGGGGGCUGGCCAUGGCACCCCCCACCCGGCUGGCACCCGGGGCGGACCGCCCCCCUGCCCCAGUGCGCCACUGAGUAAGGCAUGGGCAGUGGUACAUACCAGGGUCGCAAGGGUCGCGGCUGCGACCGGGCCCGACCCACCAGGGGGCCCGGCCGCCCCUGCGACCCGGUGUGUACCCACUGGGCCAGCCUCUUCCCCUGGGGGGCCCAGGAGCCGACCACCCCAGGACCCCCCGAGGCUGGCCCUGCUGACACCCGGCAGGCGGGUGGCCGGUCGGGCAGGCAGGUGCGCGAGGGAGCACUCACUGCUUCCUCUUCAGCUCCCUCACACACCACACUGAUACUGGAGCCGGAAGAUGAUGUCAUCUUCCGGCGCCAGCAUCCCUACGCGGUGCGCGAGUGAGCUGAAGAGGAAGCAGCAGUUUGCAGAACCCAAUUGUUUCUUCAGACAAUUGGGUUCUGCAAACUGUAAAAGUGUAUUGCAUAGACUUCCUUUCGUUACCUGUACAAUAUUCCCCACCAAAAUAAAUAUUUUUUUUCCCAAUGGGAUGCAGACCUUGUCUCCAAGGAGAUAAUAGAACUGAUGCGUAAACAAGCCAUCAUGGAAACUCCGGAUCAUACCCCGGGUUAUGUGAGUAAAAAAGGCAGAGGUGUUGGCCCAGUGAUAAAUCAGAAACAGCUCAAUGCUUACGUUACCUAUCAGCACUUAAAGAUGGCAGGGAUACAUUGUCUGAGGGAUCUUCUCCAACCAGUGGAAUGGAUGGCCAAAUUAGAUCUGCAGGAUACAUAUCUCACUGUGCCUAUCACACACCAGCUUCAAGAUUUCCUACAGUUCACUUGGCAAGGACAGACACGGAGAUUCAAGUGCCUUCUAUUCGGACUGUCCUCAGACCCUUGUUGCUUUAACAAGCUUAUGAAACCUGUGAUUGCUCUGUUAAUAAAUUGAGGGGUACGUGAUAACAUAUUUAGAUGAAAUUCUCAUUCUGGCUCAGUCCCUUCAGCUCAACAAGUCACACCUUUCCUGGUCUGUGACUCUGUUACAGAAUUUGGGUUUCCUAAGCAAUUAGGAGAAAUACAUCGUCUCCACACGGCGCAUAGAAUUCCUGUGUCUUGUCAUAGAUUCUACUCUUUAGACCCUGCAUCUGCCGCUGUCAAAACUAACCAAUAUCAGUUAGGAGAUCAGGCUCACACUUUCAGCUCCUCAGCUCUCUCUCAAACAACUGGUGAGAAUGAUAGGCCUCCAGGCAGCUUCUAUACAGGCCAUUUUCCCAGGCCCUUUUCACUAUGGAACGCUACAAUGAUUGCAAGCUUCUAAUCUGAAAGGCGGCGCAUCAUACGCGGAUAUGGUCAGUCUAGACUUAGAAGCAAAGGAUGAACUACAAUGGUGCUUUUCUAAAUGGAGGCUUAGAAUGGACACAUCGUUUUUGGCGCAUGUCUAGAUUUACUAAUAGAGUUUGACACAAGCUUACACUGUUCGGGAGCUCGCUGCAGAGAUAUCUCUACCGUUGGCAGAUGGUCAGAUUUGGAAUCAAACCUCCAUUUAUUGUUUGGAACUUCUGGCCGGCUCAUUUGAAAUCCGCAGUUUUUCUCAUACUCUAUCCCAGUGUACUAUGCUUCUGAAGAUGGACAACGUAUUGACUGUCCGUUACAUCAAACACCUGGAAGGCACAAAAUCAAGUUCUAGCAAACAUGGCACAAGACUUUUGGCAGUUCUGCCUCUCAAACACCACAGCGGAGUGGUAUUCCUGAUACCUCAGGGAUUCAAGCAAUUGGCAUCUGGAUUCCAGGGUCUCCCAAGACAUCCAGUCUCUAUGGGGUCCAUUGGAUAUGGACCAUUUCGCUUCACGUUUUAAUACGCAACUUUCCUGUUUCUUCUAAUGGAAACCAGAUCUGACAGCACUAGCAACAAAUGCUUUCUCACAAGAUUGGUCGUCCUUGAGGAAUUACCCUUCUCCACCCUUCGCACUAAUCUUUUGUUGCCUUCUCCACCUAUGACGACAAAUCGGCACCCUGGUGAUUUUGGCCCGCCUUCGGCCAGCUCAACCAUGGUUUCCUCCCCUCCUAGAGAUGGCUAGCGACUUCCCUCACCUCCUCCCAAUCCCUCGAUCCCCUCCUUCUAGAUCCAGACGGACAAUGUCACCCCCGAUCAAAUAAAACAGAUAGUGUUUAAGGCGCUUCAGUUAUUAUACAUUAGGCAUGUGCAUGGGGAAAAUUUUCGGUUCGGCAUUUGGAAAUUCGGAACUUCCACAAUUCGGGCCUUCGGCACUUCGGAAUUUCGGCAACUUCGGCAUUUCGGGACUUCGGCACUUUGGGACUUCUCUUGCAGCCGCUUAGUAGAUAACGCCCUAAUUCCCACGGUAUUAGGGAGUUAUCUACCAAAAGGCUGAAAGGCUUAAAUAGGUCUUUCAGACAAAUUUACUAAUACUAAGUAAAAAUUAUUUAGUAUUAGUAAAUUUUGCCCCUAUUCACUAUACCGCGAGUAGGGGCAUGUCUAUUAAACAGUGAGCAGCCUGUUCCCUCCCCCCAUUAUUUUACUUUAGGGCUCCCACCCGCCGCUGAGGCAAUAGGUCCCCCCUCCCAAGCCCCCACCCGCAAUGUGUGAGUGGGGGCUUUUAAACCAAAGGGGGAACCUAUUGCCCUCCCCCCGGCCCCCACCCCUGAGCGGGGGGCCCCUAAAGUAAAAUAAUGGGGGGGACUUAUUGUCCUCCCCCCUUGCCCCCACCCCUGACCGGUGGGUGGGGGCCCUAAAUUAUAAUAAGGGGGGGACCUAAUGUCCUCCCCCCUGGCCCCCACCCCUGAGCGGUGGGUGGGGGCCCUAAAUUAUAAUAAAGGGGGGACCUUAUGUCCUCCCCCCUGGCCCCCACCCCUGAGCGGUGGGUGGGGUCCCUAAAUACCAAUUAGGAGGGGGACCUAAUGUCCUCCCCCUGGCCCCGACCCCUGAGCGGUGGGUCUAGGCCCUAAAUUAGAAUAAGGGGGGGACCUAAUGUCCUCCCCCCUGGCUCCCACCCCUGAGCAGCGGGUGGGGGCCCUAAAAUAAAAUAAUGGGGGGAGACCUAUUGUCCUCCCCCGGCCCCCACCCCUGAGCGGUGGGUGGGGUCCCUAAAUACCAAUUAGGAGGGGGACCUAAUGUCCUCCCCCUGGCCCCGACCCCUGAGCGGUGGGUCUAGGCCCUAAAUUAGAAUAAGGGGGGACCUAAUGUCCUCCCCCCUGGCUCCCACCCCUGAGCGGCGGGUGGGGGCCCUAAAAUAAAAUGAUGGGGGGAGACCUAUUGUCCUCCCCCGGCCCCCACCCCUGAGCAGUGGGUGUGGGCCCUACCCCUGAACGGUGGGUGGAGGCCCUAAAUUAGAAUAAGGGGGGGGAACCUAAUGUCCUCCUCCCUGGCCUGCACCCCUGAGCGGUGGGUGGGGGCCCUAAAUACUAAUAAAGGGGGGCCUAAUGUCCUCCCCCCCUAAAUAAAAAAUUACCCCCCCUCCUCCAGGUGACUAGGGGUCCCCAAACCCCUAGUCACCCCCUCCCCACAAAAAACUAACCCCUACCUACCCCCCUCACCCUAAAAAUAAUGAGGGGGGACCAUUAACUAAGUUUGUGCAGUUUAUUACAAGGAGGGAGCUACCGGCAUGCAGCUCCCUCCUUGUAAUAUGUAACUAUAGAAGUGGCAGGUGUCAGGAUCGUGACAGGGAUCCAACACGCAGAAUACAAACAGGGGAUAGGUACGUAUACCGGACCUUAGAAUGGCCGGACUAACGUAAGGAGAAAGCAAAAGAAUAGUCAGAGACAAGCCGAGGUCGAGGGAACGAGAGAUCAGGUAAGCGAGAGACAAGCCGAGUCAAAAGGACAAGAGAGGAAAGCAGGGUCAAAAUACAAGCCGAGUCAGGAACCAAAAGACAAUAGAGGAAAUUGCACUGAGUGACCAGACUAGCUAGAACCACGACAGGGCAAUGAAUCAUUCCACAGAACCCUUUUUUAUACCUUGGCUCUUUAACUGUUGGCUCCGCCCCCAACGGGUCCUGAUUGGUUGUUCGGCACUUGGUUGCCGUGAUUGACGGGUCGGAACGUGAUUGCCGUCAUGACGUCGGCUACUGAGCGCCGCGUCAUAAAAGGAGGCGGAGCUAUCGCGGCCGGCGUGUAAACGACCGGGAGGAGUGCAAGGAUCGGGUGAGUCAGCCCCCCUGGGAGGAUGGACGUCUAGGUGUCUAACCUCCUCCGAGGUAGACACCAAAGGUACCCUGACAGUACCCCCCCUCUCAGAAACGCCCACCGGGCGGAAGGAACCGGGGCGGGACGGAAAACGAGCAUGAAAUGCCCGGAGGAGACGAGGGGCAUGCACAUUUUCAUGGACCACCCAAGACCUUUCUUCAGGCCCAUACCCCUUCCAGUCAACAAGAUAUUGCAACUUCCCCCGAGAAAUACGAGAAUCGAGAAUGGAUUUGAUUUCAUAUUCCUCCUGACCCUCAACCUGGACAGCGAGAGGGGAGGACUCAGGGGAGGAAAAUCUGUUGCAAACCAAAGGCUUCAAUAAAGAAACAUGAAAAGAGUUAGGGAUGCGCAGGGCAGGCGGAAGGGCAAGACGAUAUGCAACCGGGUUAAUCCGACACAGAACCUUGUAAGGGCCUAUGUAACGAGGGGCAAAUUUCAUGGAAGGAACCUUCAAGCGGAUGUUUCUGGUACUCAACCACACCCUAUCACCCGGGGCAAAAACCGGAGCCACCCGUCUCCGUUUGUCAGCGUGUCGUUUGAACACCAUGGAAUUCUGAAGAAGAAUUCGUCGAGUCUGAUCCCACAACUUUCUCAGAUUGGCGACAUGAACAUCAACCGACGGAACCCCUUGGGAAGGGGAAACCGACGGAAGAAUGGAAGGAUGAAAGCCAUAAUUCAAGAAAAAGGGGCUAGAACGAGUAGAAUCACAAACGAGAUUGUUGUGUGCAAACUCUGCCCAAGGAAUCAGACCAACCCAAUCGUCCUGGUGUUCAGAAACAAAACAACGCAAAUAUUGUUCAAUCUUUUGGUUGGUGCGUUCGGCAGCUCCGUUGGACUGGGGAUGAUAGGCAGAGGAGAAGUUCAACUUGAUGCCUAAGUGAGAACAGAAAGACUUCCAAAAGCGGGAAACAAAUUGGGAACCUCUAUCAGAAACAAUUUCAGAGGGAAUACCAUGUAGACGAAAAAUCUCCCUCGCGAAUAUCUCAGCUAAUUCGGGAGACGAGGGCAGUUUAGGCAAGGGCACGAAAUGAGCCAUUUUAGUAAACCUGUCAAUCACCGUGAGAAUAACAGUAUGUUUUUUAGAAACAGGCAAAUCGACAAUGAAAUCCAUAGCCAAACACGACCAUGGUCUCUCGGGAAUUUCUAAGGGAUGCAAAAGUCCACAAGGGAGCGCGUGAGGUUGCUUAGUCUUCAUACAGACAGCACAUGCCCUGACGAAAUCCCUUAUAUCCUUACGAAGGGAAGGCCACCAGAAAUCUUUAGAAAUCAGGGAACACGUUUUGCGUGUGCCGGGGUGCCCAGCAAUUUUACUGUCAUGAAAGCAAUGCAGCAGUUCCACUUGGAGCUCAGGAGGAACGAAGUAUCGAUCCCCAGGAACAGGUUUGGGAGCUAGAUGUUGUACUUUCUUGAUCUCAGCAAGCAACGGCGAGUGUAUCCUGACACAAGUGUUGGCAAUAAUAUUACACUUAGGAACGAUAGAAGACAAAGCUGCUUCAGACACCGUAGAGGGUUCAUGUUGACGGGACAAUGCAUCUGCCUUAGAGUUCUUAGAACCAGGUCUAUAAGUGAGCACGUAAUUGAAAUGUGUCAGAAACAAGGACCAACGAGCUUGCCUGGCGGACAAGCGCUUGGCCUCCCCUAUGUAGGACAAAUUCUUGUGAUCAGUCAAAAUAGUAACCGGGUAUAAUGUCCCCUCCAACAAAUGUCUCCAUUCCUUUAAAGCCAUAAUGACCGCUAACAGUUCCCUAUCACCAAUGUCAUAUCUACUUUCAGGCCCAGAUAAUUUCUUGGAAAAAAAACCACAAGGAUGUAACGGUUUAUCCAAACCUAGCCUUUGGGACAAGAUAGCGCCUAUACCUGUCUCCGAGGCGUCAACCUCGAGUAAAAAAGGCAAAGAUGUGUCAGGAUGAACUAAUAUCGGUGCUGAGGCAAAAUGUUCCUUGAGAGUUUUGAAAGCAGAGAGAGCCUCUGUGGACCAAGUCUUGGUAUCAGCCCCCUGUCUAGUCAUAUUAGUAAUAGGAGCAAUAAUAGAAGAGUAACCUUUAAUGAAGCGCCUAUAAUAAUUGGAAAAUCCGAUAAAUCUCUGAAUGGCCUUGAGUCCCCUGGGCAAUGGCCAAUCUAAAAUCGAUUGGAGUUUAAUGGGGUCCAUCCUAAAUCCGUCUCCAGAAAUAACGUAGCCAAGAAAGUUUAUCUGAGAUUGGUCGAAGCUACACUUUUCCAAUUUGCAGUACAAUCCAUGUUGUAACAGUUUGCGCAGUACCCUUCUGACUUGUCUGUGGUGAGUCUCAAUCUCUCUAGAGUGUAUUAGUAUAUCAUCCAAAUAUACUAUAACGCAUUCAUGCUGAAAUUCCCUAAGAACCUCAUUAAUAAGGUCCUGGAAUACUGCAGGUGCAUUGCAAAGCCCGAAGGGCAUUACCGUGUAUUCAUAGUGGCCAUAACGGGUAUUGAAAGCUGUUUUCCAUUCGUCUCCCUGCUGAAUUCUCACCAAGUUAUAAGCUCCCCUCAAAUCUAACUUGGUAAAAAUCUUGGAGCCUUUCAGUCGAUCAAAGAGCUCAGUAAUUAAAGGAAUAGGAUAAGCAUUUCUAACAGUUAUCUUAUUCAAGCCCCGAUAAUCAAUGCAAGGCCGUAGAGUGCCGUCUUUUUAUCUACAAAAAAGAAACCGGCCCCGGCCGGAGAAGAUGAUCUCCUAAUAAAACCUUUGUCUAGGUUUUCACGUAUGUACUCCUCUAGGACUAAGUUUUCCUUAGUGGAUAAAGGAUAUACCGUACCCCUCGGAGGCAUAGUACCAGGUAGGAGUCUAAUUUUACAGUCGAAAGACCUAUGUGGAGGUAAAGUAUCAGCCCUCUUUUUGUCAAAGACUGCCUUUAAAUCCUGGUACUGUGAUGGUAUCUGUAAAUCUGUAGGUUGGGAAGAGUUAACCGGGGCGUCAACCCUGCAAAUUGGUGAGACUUUCUGCACACAUCCUUUCUGGCAACCCUGACCCCAGGAGACUAUCUCACCCAGUUCCCAGUCAAUGAUAGGGUUAUGCUUCUUAAGCCAGGGAUACCCCAAGACUAUAGGAACUGAAGGAGAUGAGAUCAGCAUGAGGGAUAUUCUUUCCUCGUGAAGGAUACCAGUGGUUAACUUAAUUGGUAUGGUUUCACGAAAAAUCACAGGUUCAGAUAAUGGUCUACCAUCUAUGGCCUCAACGGCCAAGGGUGUAUCCCUUAGCUGAGAUGGGAUAGAAUGGUUAGUGACAAAGGCUUGGUCAAUAAAGCUUUCAGCUGCUCCGGAAUCUAUCAAAGCCAUAGCAUUAAGUACUCCCUUUUCCCAAGCUAAAGAAACAGGUAUCAGAAGCCUAUGAUCUUUAUAAUCAUAUAUAGAGGACAAGAUAGAAACACCCAAGGCCUGUCCUCUUGAGAAACUUAGGUGCGAGCGUUUCCCGGCCGGUUAGGGCAAUUUAGGCGUAGGUGACCUCUAAUUCCGCAAUACAUACAAAGACCCUCCCUUCUCCUGUACUGUCUUUCCUCCUCUGAGAGUCGAGUAUUACCUAUUUGCAUAGGUUCUGGGAGAGCUAAAGUAGUAGAAUCAGAAGUCUGAAAUGAGGGAGCUAGUCUUAUGGAGGAUCUGCGGGUUCUAUCCCGAAUAUUCUGCCUCUGUCUCAUACGUUCAUCUAUUCGGGAAAUAAAUGAAAUCAGAUCCUCCAAAUUUUCAGGAAGAUCUCUUGUGGCCACCUCAUCUAAAAUCUCAUCAGAUAACCCGUUCAUAAAUACGUCCAUAUAAGCCUGUUCAUUCCACUUGACCUCUGCCGCCAAGGAUCUGAACUCCAAGGCAUAAUCCACUAGGGUUCGGUUAUACUGUCUAAGACGUAACAGUAGUCUAGCUGCAUUGGCCUUUCUUCCUGGAGGGUCAAAAGCUCUCCUAAAUGCAGCGACAAAAGCAUUAUAAUUAUAAACUAACGGGUUAUCAUUUUCCCACAGGGGGUUAGCCCAUCUAAGUGCCUUGUCAAUGAGCAAGGUAAUUAUAAAUCCAACCUUUGCCCUGUCAGUAGGGUAGGCGUGGGGUUGUAAUUCAAAAUGAAUACCAAUCUGGUUUAAAAAACCUCGACAAGUGUCAGGAGCGCCGCCAUAGCGUGACGGGGACGUAACACGGGAAGAAGUAGCCACUGUGGCUACCUCUAGGCCUGUACUUAUAGGAGAGAUAGAUGGGGUACGCAUCUCCUCUGAGUGACUACUAGGACGAGAUAGCAAUGCUUGCAGAGCUAGAGCCAUCUGGUCCAUUCUAUGAUCCAUGGCCUCAAAUCUAGAGUCAGGAGAACCGACCUGAGAGUUUGUACCUGCAGGAUCCAUUGGCCCUGUCGUAAUGUCAGGAUCGUGACAGGGAUCCAACACGCAGAAUACAAACAGGGGAUAGGUACGUAUACCGGACCUUAGAAUGGCCGGACUAACGUAAGGAGAAAGCAAAAGAAUAGUCAGAGACAAGCCGAGGUCGAGGGAACGAGAGAUCAGGUAAGCGAGAGACAAGCCGAGUCAAAAGGACAAGAGAGGAAAGCAGGGUCAAAAUACAAGCCGAGUCAGGAACCAAAAGACAAUAGAGGAAAUUGCACUGAGUGACCAGACUAGCUAGAACCACGACAGGGCAAUGAAUCAUUCCACAGAACCCUUUUUUAUACCUUGGCUCUUUAACUGUUGGCUCCGCCCCCAACGGGUCCUGAUUGGUUGUUCGGCACUUGGUUGCCGUGAUUGACGGGUCGGAACGUGAUUGCCGUCAUGACGUCGGCUACUGAGCGCCGCGUCAUAAAAGGAGGCGGAGCUAUCGCGGCCGGCGUGUAAACGACCGGGAGGAGUGCAAGGAUCGGGUGAGUCAGCCCCCCUGGGAGGAUGGACGUCUAGGUGUCUAACCUCCUCCGAGGUAGACACCAAAGGUACCCUGACAGCAGGGAGCAGUGCUCCCCGCCACUUCAUAAGACCCCCCAAGCCCCCCCUCACUCUAUGGGGGUCAAUAUGACCCCCAUAAUAGCACAAGGGAGAUUAAAAUCUCCCCAAUGCCCCUACUCGCUAUACCGCGAGUAGGGGCAUGUCCACUAAACAGUUGCUCACUGUAAAACUGCUCACUGUAAAAAAAAACAAAAAAAAAUAUUGGCCCCCACCCCUAAAGUAAAAUAAGGGGGGAGACUUAAUGCCCCCCCCGGCCCCCACCCCUGCGCGGCGGGUGGGGGCCAUAAUGAUAAUGGGGGGGACCUACUGCCUCCCCCGGCCCCCACCCCUGGGCAGCCGGUAGGGGCCAUAUUGAUAAUGAGGGGGGGACCUACUGCCCCCCACCCGGCCCCCACCCCUGGGCGGCGGGUGGGGGCCAUAUUGAUAAUGAGGGGGGGGACCUACUGCCCCCCCCGGCCCCCACCCCUGGGCGGCGGGUGGGGGCCAUAUUGAUUAUGAGGGGGGAGGGACCUCCUGCCCCUCCCCCCUACGCCCACUCCUGGGCGGCGGGUGGGGGCCAUAAUGAUAAUGAGGGGGGGGACCUCCUGGGCGACGGGUGGGGGCCAUCUUGAUAAUGAGGGGGUUGGGACCUACUGUCCUCCCCCCCCCACCCACGGGCGGGUGGGGGCCCUAAGUCAAUUCCCCCCCCCAAGGUGACUAGGGGUCCCCAAGCCCCUAGUCACCCACCCCCCACCCAAAUAAAAAGUCCCUACCUACCCCCCUCACCCUAAAAAAAAGUGAGGGGGGAAUAAAAUAACUAACCUGUAAAAUAAAAUUAAACUUACCAUUCGACGUCUUCUUUUUUCUCAAAUCUUAUUUUUUCAGCCCCAAAAAGGGCCAAAUAAAAAACCAUCAUAACCGUCGAACUUAAAAUGAAAUAAAAAUCCAGAGCGCAAAAAAUUUAUCCAUCUUCACCCAUGGAGGGCUCCGCACAGACUGAGCUCCGCAGGGCGGGGCAAGGCUUAUAAAGCCUUUCCCCGCCCUGCAAUUAGGCUAAGAACACUCUGAUUGGUGGGUUUAAGCCAAUCAGAGUGCUCUUUGUCAUAUUACACAGCGUGGGGAAAUUCCAAAGAACUUUCCCACGCUGUGUAAAAUGACACAGAGCACUGUGAUUGGAUGGCUUGAAAUCCAUCCAAUCACUGUGCUCUGUGUCAUUUUACACAGCAUGGGAAAGUUCUUUGGAAUUUUCCCACGCUGUGUAAAAUGACACAUAGCACUGUGAUUGGAUGGCUUGAAAUCCAUCCAAUCACAGUGCUCUGUGUCAUUUUACACAGCGUGGGAAAGUUCUUUGGAAUUUUCCCACGCUGUGUAAAAUGACACAGAGCACUGUGAUUGGAUGGCUUAAAAUCCAUCCCCCCCCUCAUUAUCAUUAUGGCCCCCACCCGCCACCCAGGGGUGGGGGCCGGGGGGGGGCAGUAGGUCCCCCCGCUUCAUUAUCAUUAUGGCCCCCACCCGCUGCCCAGGGCUGGGGGCCGGGGGGGGCAGUAGGUUCCCCCCCCCCAUUAUCAUUAUGACCCCCACCCACCGCACAACAGCUAAAAAACACAAAAUUAAUCACUGCAGUAAAGUCACAGUGCAGCAGAGAGACACCCUGGCAAUCAGACUACCUGGCUUGCACACUCUCUCAUCCCCCACUCCCUUCAAAAAAAGAAACAAAAUGCAGAAGAAAAAAAAGGCUAAACUCACACACACUCUCUCUCCCUGGAACACACAUUUAAAAGCAAUGUGGUUCCACAAGCUUGCAACAAAUAAAGUACAAUAAAUGUAAUGUAAUUUAUCUCUCUCAGUCUCUUGUGCUAUGACAACUAGUCUGGCCCAUGAAUGCAAGCCAACACCCUGACAGCCUGAUUUAUAUACUAUCCCACCUCAAUGACUCUGUGUGCCUUUAUUGGCCAAGUGCCAGUGACAAAGUCACCAUUAUUUGGCUGUACUUUCUAACAUCAGUCACAAAAAUGUGCUCAUUUCAUUGGACAGGGAAUAGUGAAACCGGAUUGGGCAAGCAAGCAUUACAUUGCACAAAAGGAAUUAGCUUAUUGGUUUAAGAUUCCUGUCAUUAUUCAAGUAUUUUUCCCUCCCUCUCUCUUGUUUUGCCACUUUUCAGAAAUCUGAAUCACUUAGGCACUUUGAAGCUUCGGCACUACCGAACUUCGUCACUUCGGUGCCUCGGAACCUCGGCAUUUCGGACAUUUCCGAAGCAUCUGAAUGUCCGAAUGGCAUGAAAUUCGUACAAAUGUACAUUUGGAAUGAAACUAAUUGCACAUGUCUAAAUAUUAAUUUUAAAAAAAAUUCCUUAACCCCUUAAGGACAGAGGCAAUUGUACGAAUUCUGAUCCAAACAAAACGUAAACAAAACCUUAAAUUUUCGCCAUAUGUCAGUUCAACCAUAAUUCGCCUCUAUCGUAUUAACCCUUUAAGGAUGGCAGGCGUUCUAUGCCGUCCUUAAGGGGCUGUUUCUAAGCACAGGGAGGCGGCAUAGAAGGGCCUAGUCAUUCUUGCCAACCACAUGCCCGCCGUCAUUUGUCCGCUGCAGACUUUGGGUAGUGUUUAUGACUAAGUGGGUACUAAAAAAGACUGGACAUACCCCAUUUGCAAUACCUUGGGUUGUCUACUUUUGCAAAUAGUAUGCCAUCAUGGGGGUAAUUCUCAUUCCUGGGCUGUCAUACACUCUCAAAGGCAAGUAACCAGUUUGGCAAAUUUCAAUGUGUAUAAACUGAAAAAUUUAAUGUGCUAUAUUUGACCCUGUAACUUUCCACACCACCAUAAAACCUGUACAUUGGGGGUACUGUUUUACUCAUGAGACAUUACUAAAUACAAAUAUGUGUCCUAUACUAAUUGCACUUUAGUUUGUGAACACAAAUAUUUUGUUUGAUUUACAAAAAUGUGUACUUUAUUGCAGUAACAGCUAACAGUAUUAUGCAAUUCAGAACUAAAUAAAGAACAACAUUUCUUAAUUUCUCAUAUUUUAUUAAUAUUAAUUUAUGUUUAUUAUAUAAAUAUUUGAUGUGACAUGAAAGCCCUGUUUCUCCUGAACAAAAUUAUAUAUAAUAAGUGUGGAUGCAUUUAAUAUGAAAGAGGUGAAUUACGGUUGGACAGCUAUAUAACGCAAAUUCAAGGUUUUGGUUUGAUCUGAACUUGGACAAUUGCCUCAGUCCUUAAGGGGUUAAGCAAGCCAGUGUAAAAAGAUAGUGUAUAUGUAAACCAAUGUACACGUGUAGAUCAAAAGAUUAUUUAGAAGUGUUUGUGUACUUGAUUACCAAAAGGCAUUGAGAAAAAUGUUUCUCUUACAGACAGACCUCUACAUGUGAAUGAUAAUUGCAUUCUAUAAAGAUUCAUAAGUACACUGUUCAAAGUCUAAGCAGUGAAUCAAAGUACUCCAGAGCUGUCUGGUUCCCAUGUUCUCUUGUGUCUGCUGUUAAGAGUAUGUAAAGUAUGGGGAAUUCUGCAUCCUACACAAUGGCAGGAAUAGGGAAAUUUUGCUUUAAAGAGUCUUGUUUGCAGAUGAAUAGGAGAACACAGGACUCCAAAUUAAAUACUGAUAAGAUACAAAUUUGUUGACUACAUGGCCAGAGGCAUACCUAGAUUACCUGGCACCUGGGGGUGGAUGCGCAUUUUGGAACUACACCUGGAAUUUUAAACUUUUGUGUGUUACUCUGUACAGCCUCAGCCCUUUGUGUAUCUGUGUGUCUGUGUCUUUUUGGACUGUCUGUGUACAUGUGGGAAAGAGGGACAGAGGGAGAUCUAUUGCACUGUUCUAUGUUUAGAGAGGCCCUUGGUAUAUAUUAAGGUGUUUUAUGAAACAAAGAUAAAUACAAUCUGAUUAGGAAUCUGUGAAAUGAUGCAAGUAAUUCCAUUUGUUAAGGGUGUUGAUGAAAAUGAUUAUUUUGUGUCUGUAUGUAUAAGUAUAGCUACAGCAGGGGUUGUAAUCCUUUUUGUGAUGGUGAUACCCCACUGUGGUAUUAUUAUUACGUGAACAUUUGUAUUGAUUGUGGUUCACUCAAGAAAGGUGUGGCGUUUCAUACCGAGUUCCCAUUACAAAUUGUCUAAAGUCAUGUAAAUGAAUAUAUGCCAAUCUAUUGUGUGGCCAAGUAUGAUAACUCACCUCACAUUACAUUCAGUACAUUACAUUAUAUGAACUAUUUCUACAGUUGUGAAGUUAAGUUCUAUUUAUUACAAUCACACAAAGGCAGUGAUGGUUAAACAUUGUAACUGCAGGUGUUUUAUAAACUCCUUUUCCCAUGGUCCUCAGCCACUAGUGUCAUGUAGUUAAAGGAACAUUCCAGAGACCAUAACUACUACACAACAUUGUAGUGUUUCUGGUGCCAGGAGUGUCCUGUUGCCUGCGAACCUCCUUUCCCCCCUCCCCCUGUAAGUAGUCUUAAAAGAAGUUUUAAAAGAACUAGAUUUUUUUUACCUGGUCCACAUUGUUAGGUCAGGGCUGUCUAAUCUUAGGUAAUCUGAGUGCUGCAUUAAAAAACAAAAAAACAAGAUUUGUCCGAGGGCCGCAUGCAAAGUUAUAAAUUCAUUACAUACCUGAUAGCAUUUGUUAAUGAAGAGCAUCACAUUUUUUAAAUUUAUUUAUUUUUUAAUAAAUACUUAUUUUCAUUUGCUGGGAUGUAGAUAUACAUGGCCCCACACAUACACACUGAAACAUACAAAGAUACACACUGACUUAUACAUACACACUGACACAUACACACACUAACACAGAUACAUAUUGACAUACACACAGAUACUAAAGGCCGCUAGGAUACAUGACAUCAUAUCCCAGUGGCCAACUGCUGUGGAGAGCGGAGGGAAGCUACUACAGUGCAACAACACCUGGGGGUCCUCUGUUUAGCAAUUAUAAGUAACAGUUAAUCUGUGUUUGUAUGAGCCGAUGUGUCUAAGAGUCUGUCUGUGUGUGUGUGUGUGUGUUAGAGCCAGUAUGUGUAUAAGAGUCAGUGCAUGUGUGUUUGUGUAUAAGCAGUGAAUGUGUAAUAGUGUGUGUUUAUGUAUAAGCUGUGUGUUUUAGAGCCAGUGUCUGUAGGAGUCUGUGUGUGUGUAUAUAAGCAGUGUGUGUAAGAGCCACCGAGUGUGUGACACAAGGGGGUAAAGAGACCACAAAAUUAGGAUGAAGACACAAACACAAAAAGAAUGCCAAACAGGAGGAUACAAUAUAUAAAAAGGGAAAAUCAGAAUGAAAAAGGUGGCAAGAUGCACAAAAGGGGCAAAAGAAUGGGUGAGAGGGGCAAAAGGGGAAUAUUAGACAGACAGGUGAAGACAGACUUUUGGGGCAGCACAAUGUGUUUUUGCCUGUGUAGACAGAAGUCCUUGCACCAGCCCUGCACAGAUACAGGCACACACAAACACAAAGAUGCACAAUGACUCAUACACACACUGACACACAUAUACACAGACUAACACACACUGAUUCAUACACACACUAACACACAGAUACACACUGACUCAUACACACACACACACACACACACUGACACAUACUCACACAGAUACAUGCACAUAUACACACACACACACACUGACUCAAGCACACACACUGACUCACGCACACACAGAUACACACACCAUGGCUUAGUUCUUUAGAUGACAACGAUUAGCUGACACUUUCAGCCAGUAGAGGUAUGGUGUAUAGUAGAGGUAUGGUGUAUCACCUGGGCAGACCCCAGGUAAGAAGUCAAACCAUCUUCAAAAGGUUUGACUAGUUACAAUGGGGGAUAACCCGGGGACCAUAACCACUAGAGCAUGCUGGAAAUGACCACAAUUUUGUAUACAUUAUACAGAUAAUACUGAACAAAAUAUGAAAAAUAAAUAAAUAUAGCUUUAAGAAUUGUGAAUCCUUCGGUAAGCAACAGGCAGAGAGAGCCCUGCUACCCAAAGAGCAAGAGUCUCUACCAUUCUCAUCUAUGUUUACUUAUCCAUAUGUUUAACAAAUCUGUAUUUGUAAGGUAUGAAAAAUAAAAUGUAACUGUAGAAAUCAACACAUCUUUAUUCUGAAACUGGGGAAACCUCCAUCUUAGCUCCCUGUCAGUCAUUGUUGUAAGCUAUGUCCUUUGCACCUGGCAGUCUACAUAGAGAAAGCAUAGAAACAAUUAGAUAAAUAAAACAAUGGGUGAGAUUUAUGAAAGUGUUCUGUUCUAAAAAUAUAAAGUACUAAAAGAGGAGUAAUCACCACGGAAACCAGUGGUAUCAACUAGGGUUGCCAACUGGCCGGUAUUUUACCUGCAGAGAUGAUAUUUCUGACUGGUGCCAGUUUUGCAAAAAUACCGGCAUUACGAAGGCCAACACAAUGACUAAAAUACACCCCCCAAUUUAUGGAUUAAAAGAGAUGUGACUGUUCUCACACACACAAAAAAACUGUUGUAUUAUAUGUUCAAGUAUUUCUUUUUUUUUUUUUUCUUUAGCAUUUUAAAUAGUGGUGCUGGCAAAAUGCAUUUUUUUUGGCAUUAUAGAAAAACAACAAUAAAAAUGCCCCCAAAGUAUAAAGGUGGAGUGACAGUUUUAUAUAUAAGAAAAUGACAGUCAAGAGAGAACAUGACUGUUUUUCUACAUAACCCCUAUUGUCUUUAUUUGACUUUGGAAUUAAUGGGAGAUGGGGGUGGGGGAGGGGAUGGGGGGGACACAAAAACAUUACAUUAACAUAUUUAUAUAUUUUGAAAUGUCCCGGACUCCCGGAGCACCGUCUAGUUGUAAACUGUCAAACUGUUCACAAGAGGUUUGACAAGUACCUUGUUGUGUUGGCACCCAUGGUCCAUCCAGACGGAGCUGAUGUGAUAAAGCAGAAGUUCAUCAUUUUGGAUUAUCAUACCAACCCGUGUUCUGUAGUGGUUAUAGUGUCUCUUUAAUGCUAGGGAAGCAAAUCUUUCCAGGUGUAAUACUUUCUGUAAAUUAAAUUAUAUUUUAAAAAAUUCUUUAUUUAUAUUUUUUAAGAUUUAACAAAGAAACAGAACACAAAAAUGUAAAGGAUAUGAUGUAUUGUGCAUUAACUGUCUAUCAUAAUGUUUUAAUGGGGGAUUUUCACUGACCGGUAUUUUUAAUAUUGUGUUUACUUAUCCACUAUAAAAAUAUGCCUUUGUGAGGUCUAAAAAGUUAAAAUAAUGGAACACUUCAAGCACCAUAACCACUACUGUGUGUGAUUAUGGUUCCAGUAGUGUGCUCACAUUGCCCCAUUGUAGGCAGCCAGACCAUUUUAGAAUACAAUUGUAGGUAGUAAAAUCCUCCAAUACAUCAGCCUGACAGCCGGAAGCUCCUGUGUGUAUAGUGGAUAAAAAGUGUGACUAUAUGCACACUCUGUAUCCACUAUACACACACACAUCACACACUGAAUCCACUAUAAACACACUGCAUCCACUAUACACACCCAAACUGCAUUCACUAUACACACACACACUGCAUCCACUAUACACACAUACACUAGAUUCACUAUACAAACACACACCCUGAAUCCAGUACAUACACACACUGCAUCCAAUAUACACACACGCACUCAUUAAAUCCACUAUAAACACACUGCAUCAACUAUAAACACACUGCAUCGACUAUACACAGACACUGAAUCCAGUACAAACACACUGAAUCGAGUACAUACACACACUGCAUCCACUAUACACAUACUGCAUCCAUUAUACACAUACUGCAUCCACUAUACACGCACACUGCAUCCACUAUACACACACACACACACUAAAUCCACUAUAAACACACUGCAUCCACUAUACACAGACACUGAAUCCAGUAAACACACACUGAAUCCAGUAUAUACACACACUACAUCAACUCAGAGGCGGCUCUAGACUUUGCAAGGCCUUAGGCGAAAGUCAAACAUGAGGCCCCCCCACUUACACCAUUAGUGAAAAAAAUUGCCGCAGCUCCCUAUGCCGCUGCGUUGUGAGCACUUUUACUGUAGAUAUGGCAUAAAUUGCUAAUCAUUUAUAUACGAUUGCUGGGUAUGGUUGUAUAGCCUGGCAGUCGUGUAUACAUAAGUGCCAGUAUGAAGGGGUUAUUUGAAAAAUUUACAUUUUUGGUUUGGCUUUUAAAAAAAUAAUUUUCUAAAUAAUAAAGUUACAGAUAAGAAUACAAUGUCAUAGACAUUUCCCCACAUAUUUUAAAUUCCUUAACAUGUAUAUUAUCAUAUAUGUGUUUCCUAUGUAUUGUAUAUGUAUAUGUGUAUAUAUAUAUAUAUAUAUAUAUAUAUAUAUAUUUCUUGCAACUUUAUCUUUGCAUUGCCUAUAUCAUACCACAACCACACUACAGACACACGCACACAUUUAAACACUAAUACACAAAUACAUAUACACACUGAUACAUGCACAUGCAUCUACACACACAAACACACUGAUGCACAGAGACACACAUAUUGACUAAUACAGACAUACAGUCACAAUGUGUUUAUCUGGCUGUGUGUAUUUCUGAAUGUGUCUGGUAUUGUCUAUCUGUGUAUGUGCCUGAGAGUGCAUCUGAGAGUGAGUACACUUGUAUGUGAAUGUAUGUUUCUGUGAACAUGUGUAUGUUUGUGUCUGGGACCGUAUGUGUGUGUGGUAGCUGCUUGCGGUGUCUUUUGUAUAUGGACUGCGGCCUUUGUGCAUUUUGUCCAUGGUAAGCUAUGUUUUAUAACUUUGUGUAUGACGAUUGUCUUUAAGGGGACUGUGACAGGGUGAAAAGGGAAAACUGUGGCAAGGAGUUUGACAGAAUGAGGGGGUGAAUGAGAUGGGUUGGGCGUGACAUUAGUGAGGUGGUGGCAAGGGACAAAGUGAGGAAAGGAGGGGAGUGACAGGGGACAGAGGGUGAGGGAAGGAGGGGGUGACAGGGUGUGUGGCAGAAUGUAGGGAAAAGGUGAGGGUGACAGAGGGCAGGAGAGGGGUGAGUGGGGUGACAGGUGUCAGGGUGGAGGGAGGGGGCUCACAGGGGAGGCAGAGUGAGGGUGGUGACAGAGUGGCAGAGUCAGGGAGGGAGGGGAUGACAGUGGGCUUAGUGAGGGGUGACAGGGGACUUAAUGAGGGGGUGACAGGCAACUUAAUGAGGGGGUGACAGGCGGCUUAGUUAGGGAGUGACAGGUGGCUUAGUUAGGGGGUGUCAGGGGACUUAGUGAGGGGUGACAGGGAACUUAGUGAGGGGUGACAGGGGGCUUAGUUAGGGGUGACAGGGGGCUUGGUGAGGGGUGACAGGGGACUUAGUGAGGGGUGACAGGGGGCUUAGUUAAGGGUGACAGGGGGCUUGGUGAGGGGUGACAGGGGGCUUAGGGGUGACAGGGGACUUAGGAGUGACAGGGGGCUUGGUGAGGGGUGACAGGAGACUUAGGGGUGACAGUGGGCUUAGUUAGGGGUGACAUGGGACUUAGUGAGGGCGUGACAAGUGUCAGUGAGGGAGGGGUAAUUAAAUACCUUUGCAGGUGUCCCUGGUGGUCCAGUGUCCUUGCUCCCUGGUGGUCCGGUGGGCCUCCUAUCCAUUCUGCAGCUCCGCCGGGUUUGAGCUGCAGACCACGUGAUUGGAGUCUCGCGAACUCCAGAAGUCAGAGCGUUGCCGUGGUAACCCGCGGCAACGCUCUGAUUGGCUGGGGAUCGCAAGACACUUCAGUCUGCAGCUCACACCCGGAGGAGCUGCAGACUGAAGGCUGGCUCUCCGGGCAGACUGAGGGGGCCUUGCACCCGGCGGCAUAAAGAGCAAGCCGCCCGGUCCCCCCUGAUGUCGGGUCCUCGGUCAUAGACCGAGGACCCGACAUGUAUGUCUGCCCACAGGCGAUUUAGGCGGCCGCGAGGCCCCAGCCAGCGCGAGGCCUUAGGCGGCCGGCUAAAUCGGCUAAUUAGAGAGCCGCCUCUGCAUCCACUAUACACACACACUGCACCCACUAUACACACACACACACUGAAUCCACUAUACACACACUGAAUCCACUAUACAUACACACUGAAUCCACUACACACACACCACAAUCACUAUACACACACACACUGCAUCCACUAUACACACUGCAUCUAUUAUAUACGCACACACUACAUCCCUUACACACAUACAUUGUACUAUUGAACUGUUUAAGGGGCCACACAUUUUUUUGUUUGCAGCCCUCAUUUUAUUUUUUUGUUUGCAGCCCUCAGAUCACAUUUAUAGAUAUUAUAUUUAUGAUAAAUAACAUAUUAAUGGCUAAAUACAAUGAAAACGGAAAAUUGCAAGUUCACUUAUAUUUUGUUUAUAACAAAUGAGAAAAUAUUGAAUUAUACUGAACAUUAUUAGGAAACUUGAACGUUUGUGCAUGCAACAUCAAAAGGAUUUUAUAAGGUAGAUUAUAUUGAAUAAGGGACCAAGAGACUAUACAAGGCUCAUUGCAUUCUUCUAGAGGAGUAGUGUAUUGUGAAACCUUACAUGAAGAACAUCGAAAACACUAAAUAAUAUACCAUCUUACUUCAAAAAAGUGGUCUUAGUCACACAUUAAGGCUAUAAAGAUUUUUAACCAGCAAACUCAGUCAAAGUAUCUCAGGCACGUCCUAACCUAAUAAUUUAUUUUAUGAAGUCAAUCCAAUAAAUAUUUAUUGUUGAGCGUGCUUCUUUCUACUUCUUAUUAUAACUUCUGGGCUGCAGCAUUACUAUAUACUUGUUAAGACGAGUACACUCAUUUUUUAUUGUUUUUUUUUUGUAUGCUGGAAGUGUACCUCUCAACAUUUCAUAUGGACAAAGAAAGGUUAAACGUUAUUUUAGGGGUUUGAGGGAGUAUGAUCGGGGGUGGGGCUGUUCUGAGAAAUUUUACAUUAGUUACUAAUAACAGUUUAUACAAUUAUAAAAUGUAAUUUAGAACAGGAGCAAUUCAUUAUGUGUAUGUAACAUAUAAUAUAGAGAUUUAUUUCAAAACAUAUUUAUGGAGCUCCUAGAAAAGAGCAUAUCAGUGUCCCUAUUUAGGAAGCACAGUCCCUAUUUUGGGAUGUUUAGAAAUACGUUACUCUUGUUGCUUCUUAUAGCCACCCUGUCUUGCAUAAUGUUUUGGGUGCAUGGACGGUGACAUUCUCAGAUUGUUGAUGCGUAUGAACUGCCAUUUCAAUUGGUUCUUAUUAUAACUUCUGGGCUGCAGCUUUACUAUUUUUUUUGACGAGUACACUCAUUGAUUUUAUUGUUUUUUUUUUGUGAUGCUCCUGUGUAUUUGACAUCAUCUUUGGACAACGUGUUUCUCCGGAAAAUUUGAGGGAGUAUGAUCGGGGGUUGGGCUGUUCUGAGAAAUUUUACAUUAGUUACUAAUAACAGUUUAUACAAUUAUAAAAUGUAAUUUAGAACAGGAGCAAUUCAUUAUGUGUAUGUAACAUAUAAUAUAGAGAUUUAUUUCAAAACAUAUUUAUGGAGCUCCUAGAAAAGAGCAUAUCAGUGUCCCUAUUUAGGAAGCACAGUCCCUAUUUUGGGAUGUUUAGAAAUACGUUACUCUUGUUGCUUCUUAUAGCCACCCUGUCUUGCAUAAUGUUUUGGGUGCAUGGACGGUGACAUUCUCAGAUGUUCUGAUGUCACAAGUAUGAUGCCAUGCAAUUGGUUUUGCUUCCUGUCUCCCUCUUUACCUUUUUUGUUGACUGAGAUUGCAUACUGAUUUGUGAUUUUCCUGGUUUUGACUCAUCUUUGCUAUGUAUUUAUCGUGACUGUACUCAUUGACCUGUCAUCUCUGUGUAUUUCUAUGUCCCUUGAUCUCAGCUUGUCUCGGUUUAUGCUUAGUCUGCUUGCAAACUGUCUCUCUUACCUUUUUUUACCUUAAAGUGACACUCCAGUGCCAAAUACAAAUUAAAUAUAAAAUCACUGUUUAAUACAUAUACCCCAAAUAAAUGUAAUAAUGCAUUUGUUUUAAAUUGGGGUUAUAUUUAAAACACUUGCAAAACCUACAUUUUUCUUGUCUGCUACCUUUGCAAGCUCUCCCCUUAUUCCCCAGCCCAGACUUUCUGUGACUAUCCAAUCACAGACUUCUAAAUGCAGCACAUUGACAAGUCUUUGCAAGGCAGGUGCUCCGAGCAAUUGCUGCCUCUACAGGAAAUAACAGGAGCAGUUAUCUAAAUGACAGCCAAUUAAUUUAUAAAAGUGUCAAUUUGUAUUGAAAUUGUUUUUUAAGAGGGAUGGCAGGUGCAGAGAUUAACCUUACAGUGGAUCAGGCGUGUGGAGCAUGAGCUCCUGAAUAUUAGACUAAUUUGGGGGUGCUCAUGCGGGACACCAAGGCCCUUUCACAUCAUCAGCGUACCACGUCAGUUGGCGGUUCCUGGACAAACAAAUUGAGACCCAACUCGUGAUUUAUUUUAAUCCCCCAAGAACCAGAGAAGCCUUGUUCCGGCCUACUGGUGAUGGACACCCAGGGCCUGAGCCCAUCUUGGCAACCCCAGCACAGCUAUGCUGAACAUACCUUGUUACGACUUAUAGUUAAAGCUCCAUGACUGAGAAAAGGCCUCCCUUUCUAAACCGUAGGCAAAAAAAAGAACUCACUUGUUGUCUGAGAGACAGUCAUUAAAGCAUGUCUUAAGCCUGUAAGGUAAUUAUUGCAGUUUCUAUGAAAUUCCAAUGUUAGCAGCAACAGUGCUUAGGGAACAUGGGCAGUGCACCCAUACCACUUCAAUGACAUGAAGUGGUCUGGGUGCCUAUAGUGUUCGUUUAACACCCGAUAAAAUGAAACAUUACGAUUAUUCACUAAAGUGUGAAUUAUCUGAAAUUACACUCAAAGUGAAUUUCAAACUCUGGACAAGAAAUAGCCAAAUUGCAAUAAUUCAAUAUCAAUGUCUUCAGUUCAGUUAUUUUGAUGUAAAGCUUGAACUUCACUUACAUUUUCUUCAAAUUCCUUGAUAUUGGCUCUAUAGGAGAAAGUUCCUCCUCAGCAUAAGAACUAAUAGGUUCAGGAUUUCUGACUUAAAGAAAUUAUUCAAAUUUAACCUUGGGAGCUUUUGAAAACGGCCAAAUUCCCAUAUGCAGUUUGGAGAGUCAUGGAGAGCUUAAAGGACCACUCUAGGCACCCAGACCACUUCAGCUUAAUGAAGUGGUCUGGGUGCCAGGUCCAGCUAGGGUUAACCCAUUUUUUAAUAAACAUAGCAGUUUCAGAGAAACUGCUAUGUUUAUGAAUGGGUUAAGCCUUCCCCCUAAUCCUCUAGUGGCUGUCUCAUUGACAGCCACUAGAGGCGCUUGCGUGCUUCUCACCGUGAUUUUCACAGUGAGAGCACGCCAGCGUCCAUAGGAAAGCAUUGUAAAUGCUUUCCUAUGCGACCGGCUGAAUGCGCGCGCAGUUCUUGCCGCGCGUGCGCAUUCAGCCGACGGGGCGGAACGGAGGAUGAGAGAAGGAGGAGAGCUCUCCGCCCAGCGCUGGAAAAAGGUAAGUUUAAACCCCUUUCCCCUUUCCAGAGCCGGGCGGGGGGGGGUCCCUCAGGGCACUAUAGUGCCAGGAAAUGAGUAUGUUUUCCUGGCACUAUAGUGGUCCUUUAAUGAUGGCAAAUAAAAAGUCACAUAUAAAAACAAUUGCAUUAUGGUAGAGUUGUGGAUUAUGGCUCAUUAUCUAUGGAAUCCAGACACACAAUACUAGGCACAUCAGCUCUUGUCUUUCAGUUCCAUCCCUUGUCCUUCUACAAUCCCCUUUCCUUGUGCUGUCUCUUGGAUCCUACUGUUUGUCUACAGAGGUCCCUCAGUGGCCUCAAACUAUCCCUAGAUGCCUCAUACUCUUCUAUGUUUGUAGUGUCACUGUAUAAUUGUAGCUUUUUUUAUCUUUAAAUUCCCAGAUUUUACUAUUAACAUGACGUAAAGUCAUGAUUUUAUUAAAGACACGGAGGCGAGUAUUAUGCAUAACUCUUUCUUUAUUUCCUCAGCAGCAAAGAUAGAGGAAUAUAAAUAUAUCAAAAAUGAAAGAAAAAACUGUAUAGGUACACAGGCAACCAAUCACAUAACAGAGGAAGUGACUAUAUAAGGCCUGUGUCUCCCACAAUCCCCCUCUUUCUUGCGAAAACCGAAGACCAGGUAAGAAGAACGAUAUCCUACUUGGCCAAAACCGGAAACUGGAACAAUUCGAUAACUUCAAGCUAAAAAAGAGAGAGAAAUAUGGUAAUAACCAAACUCCAAACUGUGGACUUACCAAAACAAAACUGUCGAUUAUUCAUAUGACAAAGAUCGAAAUCUGAAAAAUAUAAUAGACAUAAUUAAUCAAUAUACUCAUACAUAAUACAUGAAAUUCACACAAGACAGACCAAAUCUCCACAUACCUGAAUACGCCAAUCGCAUCUCACCCCAUACCCCACACCGGGAGGGUGGGAGGGAAUAAUACUCGCCUCUGUGUCUUUAAUAAAAUCAUGACUUUACGUCAUGUUAAUAGUAAAAUCUGGGAAUUUUAUUAAAGACACGGAGGCUCAUAUUAUGCAAGUUCAAAGCUGUGCUAUCACCUCAGAUGCGAUGUGCUCAAUAGGUCUGAAGUAGAAGUCACGGAAGGUCGGCUCUCGAGACCAAUCCGCUGCACGCAUGAUGUCCUCCAGACGACAGAUGACUGUCGAAGCUUUGGAAGCCACAGCACCCAUCACCGAAUGGGGUGUAAAGAUAGACGUGUCUAUACCAGCCGAAGACAAGAGCCAACGCACCCAACGUGCCAGGUCGGAGUCGCAACAGGUCGGUGAGGUGUACGAAAAGAAAUGAACACACGAAACUAAACAAAGCAACAUAACCAACUUGGAGGAUAAUUGCUUAAGGGUCAGUCCUUGGUUCGGAUACCAGGACGACAGGAACUGUAGCAUCACGUUAACGUCCCAAAAGGCAGAGAAACGAGCCUUUGGCGGACGAGCGAGGCGAAUGCCCUUGAGAAGGCGACACACGAAAGGGUGCCUGCCCACGGGCGAACCAUCCAAACCAUUAUGUCCAGCUGAUAUAGCGGAACAGAAAAGGUUGAUAGUGCGAUACGCCUUGCCCGAAUCAAACAGAAAUGUGAGGAACUCCAAAAUCAGAUGAAGAGGGGCAGAUACGGGAUCCAUUGCCCGUUCCAUGCACCAACCAGACCAUGAGUUCCAUGAAGAGCGGUAGGCCGAUCUCGUACCUGGAGCCCAGGCGUUAUCGAGGAGCAGGAGAGUCAUCUGCGAAACGUUCGGGAGAACCCAGGUUCCCCUGAAAGGAGCCACGCCAUCAGAGGUAACUGAUGUCUGAGUACCAGUCCGUGCGAGUUCCCAUCCGGAUCCAGAAGAAGAUCCCGGAAGCUCGGAAUCAGUCGGGGGUAGUCUAUCGACAACUCCAUCAAGCGUGGGAACCAUGGUCGGGAUCUCCAUAGAGGCGUGAUCAGUGCCAGGCAACAAUUGUGACGGAUCAACUUCGAGAUCGUGCGAGCAAUCAUGUUGAACGGUGGGAAGGCAUACAGGCGGCCCGGUGGCCAUUCAUGGAGAAAGGCGUCCGUCGCCACUGCUGCCGGGUCUGGCCUCCAGCUGUAAAACUCCAGGAGUUGAGUGUUCAGGCGCGAAGCGAAUAGGUCCAACUCGAACUGUCCCCACAGACUGUCCAGACCUCGGAAUACCGAAACGUGCAAGCGCCAAUCUCCCGAGUCUCUUAAGUGUCUGGAAUUCCAAUCCGCUCCCGAAUUGUCCAGACCUGGGAUGUGUUCCGCCUGCACGAGACGUUGUUGAGAAGGCAAAAUUGCCAAAAGUCUUUCGCCAACAGUGCCAACAUUCUGGACUUGGUUCCCCCUAGGUGAUUUAUGUACCGGACUGCCAACACAUUGUCCAUCUUGAGGAGAACGCAGCAGUUUGCUCGACCUGGGGUCAGGCUGCGGAUCGCGAAGGCCCCCACAAGAAGUUCCAGACAAUUGAUGUGUAAGGACUUCUCUAUGUUGGACCAUCUGCCUCCUGUGGAAACGUCUCCACAACGAGCACCCCAGCCAUGUAAGCUGGCAUCGGAUUCUAUCACGAUAUCCGGAAUCGAACCGAAGAUGGCCCUUCCGUUCCAGGCCUCCAUGUGGGCCAGCCACCAUACUAGCUCGUCUCUGGAUCCCUUGAGUCAUUGGAGGGCACGGUAGUGUAGCAGGCCCGGAAAUAUCGCUUGAAUAGAAGCCGCCAGAAGGCCGAUAAUCCUUGCCAGUUGUCUGACGGACAUAUCCGGUACCCGAAGAGCCCUUCGGAGCUCCUUUUGAAUGGUCUUCAUCUUGGAAUCCGGCAAGUACAGGAAUUGCUUGAUGGAAUCCACUUGGAAACCCAAGAAUUCUAUUGAUUGUGCAGGGAUCAUGACCGACUUGUCCCAGUUGACCAGAAAACCCAAGUUCUGGAGAAGGUUGAUCGUCUAACCCAAAUGUAACAGUAGAGAUUCCCUGGAUUGGGACAUGAUUAAAAUGUCGUCCAGGUAAAUAAUCAAUCGUACCCCACGGGUACGGAGAUAAGUCACCACCGGCUUCAUGAGUUUGGUGAAGCACCAAGGAGCCGAGGAGAGGCCGAAUGGCAGGCAAGUAAGUAGCACCACGGGGGUAUGUGGAGCCCCAGGAUCUCCCUCUGGCUGGGAAGAAGGGAGGUGUCCUCGCAUCCUGAAAUCCUGGGGAAGCGCCACCGCCUCCCAUGCCACGUGAAGUGGAGGUAAUCCCUGUAGUCCAUCGCAAUGGGGACCGUAAAGUACGCGUCCUUCAGAUCUAACUUGGCCAACCAAUCCGAUUGCCGAAGGAGGUUUCUGAGACAGUGUAUGCCCUCCACCUGGAAAUGUUGGUAGCGGAGAAACGCAUUGAGGGGACAGAGAUUUAUCACAGGGCGGACCCCGCCCCCUUUCUUCGGCACAAGGAAAAGAUUGCUCGUGAAGCCUGGAGAGGCCAACAGCAUCUCUUCUAUGGCACCUUUCGUGAACAUCUCCUCUACUUCCUUGGAAAUCAUUUUGUCUUGAUCCUGUGGGAGGGACAACUCUCUGGGAGUGGAAACCUGGACAGGUAUAGAAACGAACUCCAGGUGAUAACCCCUUACACAUUGCAGAACCCAAGCAUCUGAAGUUAUAUCUGUCCACCCUCGGUAAAAUAAGGUUAGCCUCCCUGCCACCCGUACAUGAUCGAGAGGGGAAAAAGGGGUACUCACCAUAAGGACGUCUGCCCGAAGUAGCACCACGGGGGUAUCUGGAGCCCCAGGAUCUCCCUGUGGCUGGGAAGAAGGGAGGUGUCCUCGCAUCCUGAAAUCCUCAGGAAGGAAAGAAGGAACCUCUGGAGGCCUGAAACGAGCCUUGGAAGCCGCGGCCGGGUGGACAGUUCCUGCUACGCCCGGCCUCUCCAAAAACCUGCGCUUCAUGUUUCGCCUGGGCCUUGUCUAUGGCCGUAAAGGUCUUCACAUAGGAACCUAGGUCUUUUACGAAGGAGGUUCCGAAUAGCAAACCCUCAUCAGAGGGGUCAAGUUCCGCCACCGUCAUGGCAGCCAAUUUGGGGUCGAUUCUAAGGAGAAUCGCCUUACGCCUCUCCGAAGACAUGGCGGUAUUCGCGUUCCCCAAAAGGCAGAUCGCCCUCUGGACCCAUCCAAUGGCCACAUCGACAUCCAGAACGGAAUCCCCAGCUCUAGCGGCAUCUAGCAGCUCGUACAGUUUUGACAGAGGGCCCAGGGUAUCCAAUAUUUUGUCCUGGCAUCCCUUGAGGGAAUAAUCCAAACCCUUCUUGGGCUUCCAGCCUGAUUUAUUCAGGAACUGGGCAAUCUGGGGAUCAAUGUCCGGAGUCUUACUGGCCGAGCCCGGGAGAGAGGGCCUAAGGAAUUCGGCACGUAGCUUGUUGCGACCCUCCUUGGAGAGGGGGGUACGCAGGCGCUUAGCCACAUAUUGGGCAAUAUGGUCCGGAGGGACCCACUCUGCUGACCGUGGGUGGCGAAGGUCGUCAGGGUCGAACAGGGGGUUGCCCUGGGGAUCGAAAAGUGCCUUACUGUCCCCAGAGGGGAUCUUAACCUGACCUUGGGUAACGGCAGAGGACUCAGAGGGGGUAACAUCCGUAGUGGGCAAUUUCUCGCCCGACCCGCCCUCAUCGUAGGAGUCAUACUCCAUAACAUCAGAGUCACGUUCCACACUCCGGUCGGUAUCCGACCCAUCAUCUAGGGCUCUAGCCCUUUUCCAUAAUCUAGCCUUUUUAGUCCAGUGUGUCAGUCAUGGCAGGUAAAACCUGCAUCGAGGAGUGGGAAUCAACGUGUUUAGAUUUCGCCUUCACCUUAUGGGCACCAGGCACAGUCUGGGGAGGGGAAGGGGACCCCACACCCAGGAGGGUAGGAGUAGCUAGUGAGGGCAUAAGCAUAGAAUGCAGGGACUGAGAGAAGGAGGAAGAAACAGCACCCAUAGCUGAAGCAAAAGCCUUUUGCAAUGAAGAAGCCAUAGUGGCAUCCAGCAGGGCCUGAAAUUCCUGGGAGGCCAUAGCUCCCUCAGGGUUAUCAACAUUAAAAUCACUAGAGGUGCCUUCAGGCCCAUCUUCCCUAUCCUGCAUGGUGAUAAAAUAAUAGGGAAAUAUACCUUUAACUGAGUAAAGUAUAAAAGACUAGUGAAAUAUAUCUUCAAAUAUAUCUUAAAAUAUUACAAUUAUAGCAGACUAGGGAAUAUACCUUUAAAACAAUCGAAAUGGAAGGGUCGAGUAACCCACAGGAAAGCACAAGGGAAAGGAAAACCUGCCCACUGGUGCACUCAGGGGACCCAGAGACCGGGAGACAGACCGCACGGCAGCAGAGUGAGCGACCGAUCAGAGCCAGACGGACCGCCCAAAAUGGCCGCCGCACGUGCAGGAGAUCGAUCGCGGACUGAGUCCCGGCGGGGGAAGGGGCGCGUGUACCUUACCCGCGCGGGCAGCCCGCGAUCGAGGAGAAUACAGGAGAGCAGUACACAGCCGCGGCAGAUGGAACAGCUGCGGCUGGGAGACAGUACCGGGUCCUGCGCGGCACCCGCAGGGGGUAGGGAGAGCGUAGGGGAAAAACAAACAGCCGAGAGGGAAACCCAGGGCACAAGUCAGGGAAUAGCCCGAGCACACCAGCGGAAGGCUGCACAGAUAAAGGCAACCAGAAACAAGUAACAAUAAGAAAUAAUAGCAAACAAUAAAUAAUAAACAAUAAAAUCAGGAAAAAUCCAAGAGCAAGAGCAAAAUACUUAGCUGUCUGAGGAAGCAGCAAAGAAAGAGGGGGAUUGUGGGAGACACAGGCCUUAUAUAGUCACUUCCCACCAAUGUGAUUGGUUGCCUGUGUACCUAUACAGUUUUUUCUUUCAUUUUUGAUAUAUUUAUAUUCCUCUAUCUUUGCUGCUGAGGAAAUAAAGAAAGAGUUAUGCAUAAUACUCGCCUCCGUGUCUUUAAUAAAAUCAAAGUUUAUUGUGUAAUUGUAGCUAUUGUUUAAGCAACUACUUAAUCUCCUAUUUAUAUGACAAUGACUAAACUGCUAAAGAGACACAGAACAUCCUAAUAAUAUGGACAGGCAUCUCAGAUUCAGCAACAUUAGACAAAGUAAGAUCAGACCAGACAGCUCAGAAUCAGCAGCACUGCAUUAGCCAAGGUCAGGACAGCCAGAGAAAAAACAGUGCCAAUAUGUACAACUGGGGGCAAAAUGUCAAAUGCGGGAAUAUUCAGGAACUUAUGGUUAAAGCUCCAUGACCGAGGAAAGGCUUCCCUUUCUAAACCGUGGGCAAACACAAGAAAAUGCAUGUUGUCUGAGAGACAGCCAUUAGAGGCUGUCUUAACCGUGCAAUGUAAUCAUUGCAGUUUCUCUGAAAUUGCAAUGUUUGCAGUGGCAGGGCUAAGGGGACAGGGGCAGUGCACCCAGACCACUUCAAUGACAUGAAUUGAUCUGGGUGCCUAGUGUCCCUUUAACACCAUGUAAAAAAAGAAACAUUGCGAUUAUUCACUAAAGUGUGAAUUAUCUGAAAUUAGACUCAUGGUAAAUGUCAAGCUCCAGGUAGAAAAAAUAGCCAAAUUGCAAAAAUUCUCCAAGUUAGCCAUGUCUUCAGUUCAGUUAUUUUGAUGUAAAGCUUGAACUUCACUUGUUUACAUUCACUUUGAAUUUCUAAUUGCAUAUAAUGAGAAUGUUCCUCCUCAGCAUAAUGACUGAAAAGUUCAGGAUUUCUGACUUAACCCCUUGAGGACCAAACUUCUGGAAUAAAAGGGAAUCAUGACAUGUCACACUUGUCAUGUGUCCUUAAGGGGUUAAAGGAGCACUAUAGUGCCAGGAAAACAAACUUGUUUUCCUGGCACUAUAGGGUCAUUAGGUCCCCCCCACCCUCAAUGGCCCCCUCCUGCUGGGCUGAAUGGGUUAAAACCCCCUCAGCCACUUACCUUUCUCCAGCACCGGGCUACCUCUGUGCUGGGCAACUCUCCACCCCCUGCCUACGUCAGAUCCGAAUGCGCAUACGCAGCAAGAUGCUUUCCUACGGAUGUCCAGCGUCUUCACGGAAGCGCCUCUAGCGGCUGUCAGUGAGACAGCCACUAGAGGCUGGAUUAACCCUAAGUGAAACAUAUGUUUUCUGCUGCAGGGUUAAAACUAGAGGGACUUGGCACCCAGACCACUUAAUUGAGCUAAAGUGGUCUGGGUGCCUAUAGUGGACCUUUAAAGAAAUUAUUUCUAUUUAACUUUGGGAGCUUUUCAAAACAGCCAAAUUCACAUAUGCAGUCAUGGAGAGCCUAAUGAUAGCAAAUAAAAUGUCAUCCAUAAAACAAAACGUAUGGUAGAGUGGUGGCUUAUGGCUCAUUAUCUAUGGAAUCCAGACACACAACACUAGGCACAUCAGCUCACAUAUCUCUUGUCUUCCAAUUUGCAAUCUCUUGUCCUACUGCUAUCUGCUUUCCUAGUUCUGUUCCUUGUAUCCUACUGUUUGUCCACAGAGCUCCCUUAGUAGCCCCAAGCUGUCCCUAGUUGCCUCAAACUCUUCUUUGUUUGUAGUGUCACUGUAUAAUUGUAGCUUUUUUUUAUCUUCAAACGAAAAUUUAUUGUAUAAUUGUAUCUUUUGUCUAAGCAACCACUUAAUCCCCUAGUUAUAUGACAAUGACAAAACUGCUAAAGAGACACGGAACAUCCCAAUAAUAUGGACAGGCAUCUCAGGUUCAGCAACACAGACAAACUAAGAUCAGGCCAGAGAGCUCAGGUUCAGCAGCACUGCAUUAGCCAAGGUCAGGACAGCCAUAGAAAAAAACAGUGUAGUAUGUACAACUGAGGGCAAAAUGUAAAACGUCAGUUUACGUUAGCAAAAGUUAGCUGAAUGAUAUAAAAUGAGGCAGCUGUUAAGAUUAAUUUAAAAAGUGAGAAUUUGUGAAGGAUAAAUCUCCUAGUGUGAAAUCUCCUUUGUGAAGGAUAAGAUCCUAGUUAGAAUAAAUACAAUUAUAUUUUAUUUAAUACCUAAUAAGUGGUUACCUUUAGUUGUCUUACAUGCAAAGUAUUAUUGCACGAGUCUGUCCCUUAUCUCAGCACCACCCACCAGGUCCUGUUCUCAACACUCUGAGCAGGUUCUCCUAACUAAUAGAUAGUCAUCUUGCAAAAAACCCACUCUCAAUGGCUGGAAAAAGAGCUCUGCCUGGGCAUAUGUGAGCUGUUGCUUACAAGGGCAGUUAUACCAAAGAGACAACCAAAGCACAUUGGGCCAAGUGGGUGCAAAUUACCUGGUCAUUGGGUUUGUCAAUGGGCCUGUAAAGGGAUAUCCGAGGACCUUCCAGAGCAGGAUUAACCAGAACUUAUAUGUAAGUGACUGCCAAAGGCUCAGGGUUCAGACAUGGGUUCCAGAACCAGUAUUUGCAUAUGCUGUGUGCCAGAACCUUUACUAAAGUUACAGUAUUUUGUAGUUCCAGAUUGUAACUUCAGUGUUGAGGCUAGCUGGUGCUAACAAAGCAGAGAAGCGGACUACACUGAAAGCUGAGCCACACUACAGAGAGCAGGGUAUAUAUCACGUGUUUGUGUGUAGCUGUGUGUAUGGAAAUGUGUAGCGGGAUGUCUGUAUAGAAGUAUGUAACUGCAUGUGUGUGAAAGGAAAUGCAUAGUUGCCAGCAUUUGAAAAAUCUCCAGGGACAUUUUGUAGCAGAGCAAUCAAGCAGGCAGGUUGAAAGCAUAUGGACUACACCUACCAGAUUCCAUAGCCCUGCUUACCCUGCUGUGCUCCCCCACCAAACACCACAAUAUUACACCAGUGAUUUAAUUUAUAUCCCUAUCAAUGAAUGUGAUUAUUUAAUUUAAAUUUAAAUAAUAAUUUUAGGUUUUAAACAAGUCUGGCCUUUUCUUUAAUUGUAUUGAUGUUCCUGUCUCAGCUUGUAUUGCUGUCUCCUCCCCCCUCCCCCCGUCACCUGAUGCAUUAACAAGUAAAAAUAAAUGAAAGAUUCACUUACCUUUUUCCAGCUCUUUUGGCGCUGCUAACCUCUUUGCAUCCAGCGCCGUCACAGAGGAGCAUUGCCUUUUCCGCCAAUGUCCAUUCCAAUGCUCCUCACAAAGGUGACCAAUGGUUUCCUAUCGGGCUUCCAUGCCACGAGACUGAGUUUUACUCUGUCAGUGUAGCGGAAGCUCCUCUAAUGGUUGUCAUACUGACAGUCACUACAGCUGGAUUUAACCCUGCAAUGAUCUCAAAAACUGCUAUGUUUUACAUUGCAGGGUGAAAAGGACAGGGACACUGCAACCAGACCAUGCCAUAUAGCUAACAUGUACAUACCUCCUGAUAUUUGGCGGUGUGAGAAUUGAGAUAAGUGUGUAGGUAAUGGAUCACCCCCACUCAAUGAAGGGGCUUGAUAGCCUGGCGUCAAGCAUGCCAGUCUGACUGGCAACCUGCCUGCAUGGUUGUAGUGCCUGAUGAACAGCAAGCGUGUCUAAUGACGCACUCAAAUUGUGACACAGGGAAAAAAAUUAGGAUGGUGCGGCAGAACACAAAACAGGGACUUGCAUGCCAAAAUUGGGACUGUUGGGAGGUUUUUGCUUGUCUUGUUUCUCUUAAAAAAUAAAUUUCCAUUCAAGCUUUGAGCAGAGAAAACCAUGAUAUUUGAGAGACAAAAAUGUAAUUUAUAAAAAUCUAAAAAGUUCUAAUUGAAAUGUCAGUCUUGCUGUUUAUUGAGAAAGUCUAAAAUGUAUGAAUCGGAUAUAACCCUCCCACAAACUGCAAAUAUACUUUUUUGGGGUCCUCUGGACCACUUUGUAACUAAACCAAAACCCCAGGUAAACUGAGAGACCCCGAUGAGAUUGGUUUUAGUGGGGCAAAACAAAAUCUCUCUUCUGAAUAGGAGGUCAAAUGAGAUACGAAUAGAAAGGGUAAUGAGACAAAGCAAAUAUAAAGUAAAAAACACAAAGAGAGCGCAUAGCAGAGCAGUACUACAUAUGCUGUACUGAAGCAAUUAAAGACCAAAUGAGGCAAAAAAGCACAUGCAAAAAGACAGACAAGCUGAACAGAUGGGCUAAUCGGGGGUAAAUUCAUCUUCUACGUUGCUUAGGAGGUAUGUGCAAUGCUGUUUAGCAGAUAUGUGCGUUCUUUUUAUUCUUUCAGUAAAAGGUAUGUUUUAAAUGCUAUGUGCACCGAACAGCUUUAAAUUAUCUUACUUAUUGACUACUACAGACAUUGUUAGCAGGCUAUUCCUUUUGUUUUGGGGCAUACAAGCAAGAUUACCACCUCCCCUUCAAACAAGAUACGGUAGGAAAAUGCACAAAAAAAAACUACCUGAUGUGGGUGGGUGAGAAUAAUUGACACAAAAACUGGGUCCAUUAUUUGUACUGAGCACAACUAAUCAAGAAUAAAAUAUAACUUUGAAAUAAUGGAAGUUCUGUAGCCAGCAUUUUGAGGCUAUCUGAGGUAGACAGUAUAGACACAGGAAGUCUCUCUGGAGAGGUUAGUAAGGCAUAUCCAGUUGACAUGCGUGGUCUCUGCUUGUGAUUGCAGUGUGCCUGAUGCUGCAAAAUAUUUAUAGUAAUGCCCUCUCUGUAAAUUUGCCAUGUCAAAUUGGCAAAUUACUUUUGAACAUGUGUUCUUUCAUCUUCCUAUUCAGCUGAAUUGACAGCGGUCUUUGGAAUAUAAUGUAGUUUAUUGGGAUUCUGGUUUUGACCCUGGCUUUGUUCUGAUAGCCUUGUUCUCCAGCAUUCUAACCUUAGCUAGCUUUUGAUUAUUUGCAUUGACUCCAACCACUAAUAGUUUUACACUACUACUUGCUAUUUUUGUUAUUCUGCCUUUUUGCCUUAUUAGUGGUAUUUACAGUGCCUUGCAAAAGUAUUCACCCCCCUUGACUUUUUACCUAUUUUGUUACAUUACCGCCUUAAGUUCAAUGUUUUAUUAAUCUGAAUUUUAUGUGAUGGAUCAGAAGACAAUAGUCUAAGUUGGUGAAGUGAAAUGAGAAAAAUAUAUACAUUAAACUAUUUUUUAGAAAUAGAAAACAGAAAAUUGGCAUGUGCGUAUGUAUUUACCCCCUUUGUUAUGAAGCCCAUAAAAAGCACUGGUGCAACCAAUUACCUUCAGAAGUCACAUAAUUAGUGAAAUGAUGUCCACCUGUGUGCAAUCUAAGUGUCACAUGAUCUGUUAUUACAUAUACACACCUUUUUUGAAAGGCCCAGAGGCUGAAACACCUAAGCAAGAGGCACCACUAACCAAACACUGCCAUGAAAACCAAGGAACUCUCCGAACAAGUAAGGGACAAUGUUGUUGAGAAGUACAAGUCAGGGUUAGGUUAUAAAAAAAGAUCCAAAUCUUUGAUGAUCCCCAGGAGCACCAUCAAAUCUAUCAUAACCAAAUGGAAAGAACAUGGCACAACAGCAAAUCUGCCAAGAGACGGCCGCUCACCAAAACUCACAGACCGGGCAAGGAGGGCAUUAAUCAGAGAGGCAGCACAGAGACCUAAGGUAACCCUGGGGGAGCUGCAGAGUUCCACAGCAGAGACUGGAGUAUCUGUACAUAGGACGACAAUAAGCAGUACGCUCCAUAGAGUUGGGCUGUAUGGCAGAGUGGCCAGAAGAAAGCCAUUACUUUCAGCAAAAAAACAAAAUGGCACAUUUUGAGUUUGCAAAAAGGCAUGUGGGAGACUCCCAAAAUGUUUGGAGGAAGGUGCUCUGGACUGAUGAGACUAAAAUUGAACUUUUCAGCCAUCAAAGAAAAUGCUGUGUCUGGCACAAACCCAACACAUCACAUCACCCAAAGAACACCAUCCCCACAGUGAAACAUGGUGGUGGCAGCAUCAUGCUGUGGGGAUGUUUUUCAGCAGCCAGGACUGGGAAACUGGUCAGAGUUGAGGGAAAGAUGGAUGGUGCUAAAUACAGGGAUAUUCUUGAGCAAAACCUGUACCACUCUGUGCGUGAUUUGAGGCUAGGACGGAGGUUCACCUUCCAGCAGGACAAUGACCCCAAACACACUGCUAAAACAACACUUGAGUGGUUUAAGGGGAAACAUGUAAAUGUGUUGGAAUGGCCUAGUCAAAGCCCAGACCUCAAUCCAAUAGAAAAUCUGUGGUCAGACUUAAAGAUUGCUGUUCACAAGUGCAAACCAUCCAACUUGAAGGAGCUGGAGCAGUUUUGCAAGGAGGAAUAGGCAAAAAUCCCAGUGGUAAGAUGUGGCAAGCUCAUAGAGAUUUAUCCAAAGCGACUUGGAGCUGUGAUUGCCGCAAAAGGUGGCUCUACAAAGUAUUGACUUUAGGGGGGUGAAUAGUUAUGCACAUUCACUUUUUUCUGUUAUUUUGUCCUAUUUGUUGUUUGCUUCACAAUAAAAAAAAAAAAAAAAAAUCUUCAAAGUUGUGGGCAUGUUCUGUAAAUUAAAUGAUGCAAAUCCUCAAACAAUCCAUGUUAAUUCCAGGUUGUGAGGCAACAAAACAUGAAAAAUGCCCAGGGGGUGAAUACUUUUGCAAGGAAUACUUUUGCAAGAAAAAUAAAUAAAUAAAUUAGGUUUCCACAGAACCACUAUUAAAGGGUUACUCCAAGCACCAUGACCAUUUCAGUGAUUUGAGAUGACCAUGGAGCCUGUAGUAUGUGUGUGCAGGAUUUCUCUUUGAAAAAAUCCAUAUACUUAGUUUAACUCCAUUGCUAUGGAGGUGUAACUCCACCUGUCAUGCCCCAAUGUCAUUGGGGGAUCAUUAGCCAGCCCGGAACAAAUGUUCCAGGCUGGCUAAUGUCAAUUCUGUGCAUAUUCCUAUACACAGAAUUGCAUUCAUAGGUUAAGACUUGUCAGCUGAUGUUCUUAGCCAAUGAAUGGCCGGCAGAUUAACUUCUGGCUUUCUGUGGGGACCCAGGUAAGAGGGCAAACCAUAGCAAAAUUAUUUUCCCCAUUACUAGGAACCAACGCUAGGGUAUUUCAUGGUAUGAUAAUCACUACAGUAGGUGUAGUGAUGCCAGCUCAUUCAGCGCCCUGCGGGGACCCAAGUAAGAGGGAAACCCUGCAAAAUGGUUGGCCACAUUACCAGGAAAUGGGACAAGGGUACUCCUGCCAUCAUAAUCACUACAGCUGGCUGUUGUGCUUAUGACGCUUGGAGAAACCCUUUAAACAGGAUGGGUAGGCAAUAUGACAAUAUGAUGACAACUAUCUUCACACACUGUGUUGCUUAAUAAUUUAAGUGACUGUUCAUCUUCUCACACCCCACCCACUGGAAUAUCUGAUAAUUGUAGGAAUUGGGAAAACAACCUGCCAUGCCUAGGAGAGACCUGCUACAAAGUAUAACUCUACCUCUCAUUCAUGUAUGGCAGGUGAGAAGUUCAUAGUCAAAGCUGUAGAAUGAGGGUCAAAAAACUCCUCAGGUGAGUGGUUAAAAUGUAUAGAGUGUAAAGGACCACAAUCUGUACAGGAUAUCUACUGACAGGAUAUAUGCUCCCUACAAUCUGUCCACUUGGUGUGCUACAGAAAACAGAUUUAAAUUUAGUGGGAUCCAUCAGUCCCCAACCCCUCCAAUAUGUGAUCAUAUAUUAACGUAUUAGUUAUAGACACACAUUAAAUAAUACAAACAUGUGUCCGGUGUAGGAAUGCCAUCUGGCCAUUGUUUUACUUGCAUAGUCAGUAUUUGAGGCUGUCUGGCCAGUGACAGUAAUUAAAAAUUAUUGUCAAUGCAGAGGCCAGUGUUUUUCAACGAAGGGACUCUAGUAGAUUGGUGAGAGAAAUGGGGCUAGAAUAUCCACCUCCGUUAUACAUGGCAGGUACACACACUCACAAUAUACACAAACUGACACACAAACACAGUAUGAACACACUACUAUUCCCACACUCAGACCAAGUAAAAAUACACUACUAUACACACACACACUCAUUCAGACAAUAUACACACAAGACACAAUGGUAUACACGGUACGUACACAAAACAAAAAAUCUUACACACAGAAUACACACUGACAGACACUGAUAUACACACACACUCAGAAACAGUAUACACACAUAGUGCUAGAAAUACAUAAUGCUACAUGUAUAGUCAGACAUACAUUGUAAGUAGUUUCUUAGUGAAUUAGAAUCCAAAUACUUUUUUUCCUCUUACAUCACUCCCUGUGAUGUUAUGUUAAAUCCAGUGCCAUUGUGUCCUGUAAUGUUAUGCUGAUAUAAUUAAUUAUGCAAAUUAACGUGGAAAGUAUUUGUUUCCAAGAAUGAAUGCAAUUUUAGUCUGGUGUUUUAUUCUGUAUACUUAUUGAUAUUUGAUGAAAUGAUGCAUGAAUGCAUUGCUUACAGUUUCCCAUGUUAUUAUUAUUUAUAAAGCGCCAACAAAUUCCGCCGCGCUGUAUCUUAUACACCUGUCCGCCCAGUGUGCAUGAAAUGAGUUGGAAUCCAAAUUUGAAAACCCUAGCUAAAUAAAUCGUUUGGAUGCUCACAGAUCACAGCACUGGUAAUGCAAUAUUAUUAUUUAGAUAAUUAGGAAAUAUCAUAAAUUAUAUAUUUCUGUAUUGCACAAAAUUAAUUUGUAUCUUAAUUACAUACUUAUUAAUUUUUGUCACCAUUUUCUAUGCUAUUCCACCAAGACACAUCCAAUCCCAGAGUGGUUUAUUUCAUAAACACAUACCAAAUUUCAAAAGCACUGAGUAAUUGGUUAAGAGGGAGGGAGUGGGGUGUGGAUGGGAGGAACUGUGUAGUUGCACCAGAUAAGAAAUUUCAGUGAGGAACUAUCACAUGCUUAUUAGUAAUCUUUACACCUUCAUAGAUAAAAAGUGUUUUACAUAUCCCCAAACAUUGUUUGUUUUAUGGCCAUUUUUUUCAUUUUAUUUAUAUUUACUAUCACUGUAGUUUACCAUUAAAAGCAAAGUGUGUAUAUAUAUAUAUAUAUAUAUUUUUUUUUUUACAGUAUACAUACACACACACACACACAUAGAGAGAAGUGUGUGGGUAUGAGAAUCUAAAAACAGAAGACUGCAGUCGCUGUAAAUGUGGCAAUACAGAGUGACUGUAGCAUCAAGAAGAUGGAACAUGAGAAGGUGGACGAAUAUCAAGGACUGAAAGAGUUGGUCUUAGACCUUCAGGCGCCCCGUUAAAAAAAUCACCGAUUCAAUGUUUUUUAAUGGGAAAAAUUGAUGUGUGUGUGGUGCUCGCCGUACAUGUGCAUCAGAUCCCCAAUGCUCUAUAAAGAGCAUUGGAUUGGACUGACUCCAGAGGAUGCCCUGCAUCUUCAGUGAUGUUACUCUUUUUUCUUGAUAUUUCUGGCGAACUGGGGAGGGGGUGAAUAGAUAGGGAAAGGAAAACCAAAGUGUUAGGAAUACAUGGUACAUAAUUACAUAAAUAUACUUAAAUAUAUUUGUUAAUAUAAUUCCUCUUCCAUUUGCUUCUCAGACCUUUCUUACCACCCCAUUUUCUUCUCAGAUCAUGUUUAUUCUCAUACUUUGGGCUUUGCCUUUCACAUAAUUGCCCUUUGUAUCUUAACUUUUAAAGAAACCCACACUCUAACCACUAGUCCUCCCACUAACCAUCUACGUCUCCCCCACCACUCUUACACACCAGCCACAUUCCUGUACCAGUCACUUCUCCCAAAGACACUUUCACACCCCAUCCACUUCUCUGUACCUGCCAAUUAACAGCAACCACUUCUAACUCCACCACACACCAGCUAUUUCUUCUUCACCACCCAUGAGCACACAAGUGAAUUCUAUCCCACCAAACAUCCACACACUGCCACUUCUUUCCCACCACUGAUCCACAUACUGCCUCUUCACCUCACCAAACAUAGACACACCUGUCCCCCCGCUUUAAAAUGCUUUCAUUACAAGUUCCCCCAUUACAUAUCUCUAUCCCAUGUCCUGCACUACCCCUUUAUUGCAUAUCACCUUAUACUUCCCCUUUCCAUCUUCAUUACCUAUCCCCUAGUAUUCUUUUCAUCAGACUUUCCCCAUCCUGAAUCUUCCUCCUAUUUCCUUCUCCAACAAGCCUUGUUUCGUCUGUAUUAAUGAGAUUCUCCCCUCUAUCUUCUGCUUACUAGCAUGUAGCAGUAUAGAGCAGGCAGUAUCCAAAUUGUCAAAUGACACUGCAUGCCUGCAACCCAGAUAUCUCAUUGCUAAAUCUUUACCCCGGGAGUCAAGUAGUAAAGAGAAGAGCUGUGCACCCGGCACUUUUAAUCUGUCCCUUAGGGUAACAGUGUGUCUGUGCCAGAGAGUCCAACGAAUUGCAAUGAAACAGGUGCCCCAGCCUCUAAUCCUUAUUGCUUGCCCCAGUAGACAGAUUACAGAAGCCCUAAAUAUGGGUGACUUACGAGCUGUGUUGGCCACAUGCUGGCACACCCCAAAGGCCAGCUCUGGCUAGGUUUGGUAACUGCCAAGUAGAGAAUGGCUUUAGCAAAUUCCAGGUGGGACAUCUAAAACAUCUGUCCGGAAAAGUGCCAUAUCUCAACAUUUCAAAUAGACAAAGAAGGACACUUAAUUUUAGGUGUAUAAGAGGAGGAGUGGCCAGGGGCGGGGCAACACUGAGACAUUUUAUUUGACUUACUUAUAAUUUAUGAAACUAAAAUUUAAUUUAGAACAAGAACAAUGUAUCUUAUUCACACAGACUGAUUUCUGAAUGCAAUUAUUGUAGUUUAAAGGCGCAUUACUGUAAGUAUUAUUGCUGCGGAACUCUGUUAUACAAUUCAGACAUACCAACAAUAUGGAGCUUCUAUAAAAGGAUAAAAAAAGAACAGAGAGAUUUUGGCCUAAAAUAGGGACUGCAGAGAAUCUGAGAAUGAGGGAUACACAAAAAUACAACCAAGAGUGGUGAGAAAGUAAAAAAAUACCAUUAUAUAGAUAGAUAUGGUAUGUAUUUUGUUCCUCUGUACUAGCAGCCUUUGCUAGUGUAAAAAAAGCUAAGCUGUAGAGGUCUCUCCUGCAAACCACGAGCUGCCCCUCCCCCAUGGCAUGCAGACUAGCACAGUGCUGCUUUCUUUGGCUACCAUGUCAGAUGCCUGUACAUGCCAUGUGCCUCAUUCUAGAACACAUGGCCAGCUUAGCGGACUCUUUUCCCGGCCAACAGUUCACGUUAAGACAGUGAUUGCCAAUUCUUUAAAGGCAAUGCAUUUACCAGAGAGAGGUGUGUCUCGGGUGUUAUAAACCUGCACAAGGAGCCCUCCAUUAUCCUUUCUUUACAAAUCUCCUAUGCCAUGAGCAGCGAUCAUUUAGCGCAAGCACGGCUAUGGACUACAUAUCCCGUGAUGCUCAGCUAUUCCUUCAGGGGCUAAGCAUCACGGGAAAUGUAGUACGUAAACAGCGAUGUACGAAGCGGCCACCACAUUGCCACACACGAUGCUUAGCUUUUUAUAACGAGCACGUACCACCCCACCCCCCACCUAACUGAGAGACUCCAGCAUUAGCCUAGGGACAGAGUACCCCCGCCCCCCGCUCUCAGCCUCUUCAAGGUGGCACACACGCUCAUCACGUGACAAGAGCGUGGCAGGCGACGCAGCGCUUUCUGACAGGCCCCGCCCCUUCCGCUCCCACUAGUCCAGGGAGCGUGGUGUGCGCAUGCGUAGUCUGUCACCGGGUUCCGGAAAUGGUCCAUCUGGCUGGUGCGGCUGCGCCCGGCUGCGCGGACUGAGGAUAGCAGGUGAGAUUCGGCGGGGCCCGGCUCCCAAUCCGCCGCCAUCCUCUCUAUUACAUGUGACCCCCGGCCUGCUACACCCGGGACCCCACUCCCCGGGGCCAUCCGAGUGCCCCCCGCCCUCUGUCAGCGUACCAGCUGCUGGAUACCCCGAGCAGGCUCAUGCAGGCCUGAACACCCCCCACCACCUCCUCCCUCACCCCCGGGAAGGCUGGGCCCGUACUGUGUUAGCACCGUGCGAUCCGUGUCACUGUGUGUGUGUAUUAUAUAUAGUAUAUAGUGUGUAUUAUAUAUAGUGUAUAGUGUGUAUUGUAUAUAUUGGGGGGGUUGAGCACACUCUCCAUAUGUGAUGAGGGAGUCCCGGCCUGCUGCUGCCGCUGGCUGAAUGAAUGACACCCCACCCCCAGCACUAUCCGGCCCUGAGAGCAGCUCGAUGGCCCCGCAGGGCCUGACCCGGCCAUGUAAAGCCAUGUAAAGGGACUCCAUUCCCCUGUAGCUGGUGGGGGGAGGGGAUUGGUCCGAGAUGACGACACACCCGGCAUUGGCAUGAAUCACAUGUGCGUUAUGGCGUCUGCAAAUAAGACCAGUGCACACGAUUAGCCUCCACUGUGCAUGCAGGGCGGCCAGCCCUCUUUGUUACAGCACUGGGGGGCAUGGGCUGGCUGGCUUAAUCUCAUGUAACUGUCUCCUCAUAUAUACAUGCUAAAUAGUAGUCCAGUAUUGCAAUGUCUAUUAAUACUUUAUUAUUUAGCAUCUGCAUAACUGGACUUGUACAGCAACUCGGAUAGGACUACCUGUUCAUAUGAUUCUGUACAAGGUCUAACUCGGUUUAUUAUUAUUUAUAAAGCGCCAACAAAUUCCACAGCGCUGUACAAUAGGAUGAAUGUCAGGGUGAAUGUGUGCUGUGUCUGUAGUUAAUAAUAGGUCCAAUUAUUAAGAUUAGAAAACUGGGAUUACAGUUCUUUGUGGUGUAUAGAAUGUCCUGUGUUCUAUCAAGAAAAUAGACAUGGAGUGUCCUUGUCUUGUAUGUCAGCAGUUUCAGGAAAUUUAUUCUGCAGUGAAGGUCGACGGUAUGCAUCAACUUUGAGGUGAUAUGAGGGGGUAUAGAUAGAUAUAUACACCAUCUAUAUUUGUUCUUUCAUAACCUUUAUUGAAUAGUAUUCCAUUGUGAGAUGUGGUUCCUUGUGUUACCCUUACCUUUUGUUUUCUGAAAGGGGGAUUCUCUGUUCCUCAUCCUUGUCUGCAGACGUUCAUUUCUCAGCCAUAUGGUGCAUGAAAGAGUCUAGAUACAAACACCAAGUAUUUACAUGUCUGCAGCAGAGAACUAAAAAAAAACAAACCUCACAAUAGAUUGCUCUGUAUGAACAUAACAUUUAUAAAUAUUCAGGCCUCUGUUAGUGGAAAAUAUAGUCCUAAAACAGUUUUUAUUUUUAAGUUCCAGUUCAUAAAUCAAAUAAUUGUUGUAAAUACAUGUUUGCUUUACAUGUUGCUGUUGUCUGUAUGUUAACCUCUCCAUGGCAGAAAAGUUCCUGAAUCCCACAGGUUUGUUUUUUUGAGUUGCGGCUAUAUUCAUACCAUAUCUUUCUUGGCUGGAGAUUUAAAGAGAAAGUUAUUAAAAGGGACUUGUAGAAUGGGCUGCUGCAAGAUCAGCAUUUCCUGCAUUUAUACGAAGUGUGUACGUGUAUAAUAUCUUUAUGGAUUAUUAAAUGGGGAUGCUUGUUUUCAUCUUUUUGAAUGUUAUUUUUUAUAUCGACAGAAUAUAGAUGAAUGUCAUCAUUUCUUUAGAAAUAUGUUGGGAUGAAUAAAUUUGGGCAACUUUCCUGACCCUCUAGUAUUAAAACUACCAUCUGGCCCUCCCUUGCCCCCCUAAAUAUAGUAAAUUCUUGCCUUUAUUCAAGUCUGCUGGCUCUGUCCCUUAUCUGCCUUGUUAGCUGACAUCACAGUGCUUUCCCAUUGAAAGAAUUGGAUUGGCUGAGAUUGUCAAGGGAGCAGAGCCAAACACAGCCCAGUGCAUUUCUUUAAGUGAUUUUCAGUGUCUCUGUGCAGAGGGUGGAGCCACUGGCAGUGCUGCACACUGUGUAGCACUGCCCCUGGAAGCACCACUAGUGGCCAGUGGAGGUAUCCCUAGGCUGUAAUGAAAACAUUGCAUUUUCUCUGAAGACAGUGUUUACUGCAAAGAGCCUGAAGGGACGGAUUAUACUCACUAGAACAAAUACAAUAUGCUGUAGUUAAGUCUGGUGACUAGGGAGUCACUUUGUCACUUGUUCUGUAACAGCUAGGGGUCUACUACUUGGCAUCCCUGUUUAACAUACCUCUUUUCAAACUUGUUUCAUGGGGGUGGCUCUCUUUGGUCAAAAAUAUAGCUUAUCAGACUAAAGACCACACAUGACAUUUAGAGCUAGUGUGUAUUCAUGAAUCUUUGAAUCAUGUACAAUUCUCAGGCAUUCAUAAUUGCAACCUGAGUCAGUUUUAGCUAUUUUUUGCACUUGGUCUUCAGAUGGGUAAACUGUGCUUGCAACCAAAAAUGAAAAAGGACUUGGAAGUGGCUCUGUCACCGUCUGUCCCUUUUUGCUGCCACCAUGCUGUUCCUGCUGGCCCUCUCCAGCUUCUAGAAGAUGACAUCAGCUUUGUACUCUUGCGCACGCCCAUUUUAAAAGUGGCACUUUAAGAAUGACCAACUUGACUGAGCAUGGGUAAACCGGAAGAUGCAACGAAAAAAGAGGUUUACUUGUAUAUAAGUGUGUAAAAUAAGAAGAAAACAUUGCAGUUGACCUGAUCAUCUUUCAUUUUUUCUUAGAAAUAUUUUUUAUUUAUAUUGCCUCUGUCACCUUCUGGGAUCUUUACAUAUUUGUAAAGAAUUUGGAUAGUGAUAUUGCUGCAUGGUGUGUGUGUGUGGUCCCACAAACCGCAAUGAAUACAUUUAUCAGACUGUAAAGAUAGUUGGUGCACCAAACCAUUACUGCUACUACUGUGCCCUUUAACCCCUUAAGACCGGAGGGUGUACUAUUACGCACUAUUUUAGGUGGCUCUGAACGCCGCCGGGCGUAAUAGUAUGCCCUCCGUUUUUUAUUAUUUACCCGGUCGCCGGCGAUCGCGGUUGGGGGGACUCCCAGGAGCCCCCCUGCGGCACAUCCAGCCUCCUGCAGCCCCCCCUGGCCAUGUGAGAGUGAGGUCCUUGCGAGGAUCUCACAAUCACAUGGCCGGGUUAGCUGGCUGCUGCAAUGCCAGCAGGGGGACUGCCUGUAAUGACAGGUAGUCCCCCUGCUGGCUGGAAAAUAAAUUAAAGUUAAAAUAAGUGUAAAAAAUAAAUAAAUUAUAUACUUAGAAUAUAUAUGUAUAUAUUUUAAUAUCAAAUUACACGUAGGCUGGUACUGAUUAAAAAUAUAUAUAUAUAAUUAUUGUUAUAUAUAAUAUAAAAAAAUAUGUAAAUAAAUACGUUAAAUUUUUUUUUAACAUAAUUAAAUAUAUAGAUGUGUUAUUUCGUUCUAACUAUAUUGUGAUAUUAAUAUAUUUGUAUAUCAAAGUACACGUAGAACGAAAUAUAUAUCUAUAUACAUAAAUAUAUAUAUAUAUAUUCUCUACAUAUAUAUUUAUGUAAUAUUUUUACAUAAUUGGGUAUCUUAAUUACAAUUAGCGGGACCUGCCUGACAACCCAUGCCGAAAGUAUAGGGAAUUUAAUUUGCUAGCACUAUAUUUAACCCUAUAACUUUCCAAGACACCAUAAAACCUGUACAUGGGGAGUACUGUUCUACUCGGAAGACUUUGCUGAACACAAAUAUUAGUGUUUCAAAACAGUAAAAUGUAUUACCACGAUGAUAUCGCCAGUAAGUGAUGUUUUUUGCAUUUUUCACGCACAAACCGCACUUACACGGACGAUAUUAUUGCUGCGAUACUUUUUACUGUUUUGCAACACAAAUCUUUGUGUUCCGCGAAGUCUCCCAAGUACAACAGUACCCCUGAUGGACAGGUUUUAUGGUGUUUUCAAAGGUUACAGCGUCAAAUAUAGGCUUGUGUUUCAUUUUUUUCACAUUAAAAUUUGGCAGAUUGGUUAGGUUGCCUUUGAGACCCUAUGGUAGCCCAAGAAUGAAAAUUACCCCUAUGAUGGCAUACCAUUUGCAAUAGUAGACAACCCAAGGUAUUGCAAAUGGGGUAUGUCCAGUCUUUUUUUAGUAGCCACUUAGUCACAAACACUGGCAAAAAUUAGCGUUUUUUGCAUUUUGUCACACAAAUACGAACGCUAACUUUGGCCAGUGUUUGUGACCAAAUGGCUACUAAAAAAGACUGGACAUACCCCAUUUGCAAUAGCUUGGGUUGUCUACUAUUGCAAAUGGUAUGCCAUUAUGGGUGUAAAUUUCAUUCCUGGGCUACUAUACAGUCUCAAAGGCAACAUAACCUAUCUGGCGAAUUUCAAAUGUAAUGUGCUAUAUUUGACCCAGUAACUUUCCAAAACGCUUAUAAACCUGUACACAGGGGCUACGGUCUUACAUGUGAGACUUUGCUGAAUACAAAUAUGUAUUUGUAUUUUAUUGCAGUAAAAGCAAACAGUAUUAUGACAUUGACAGUUAAAAUGUCAUGUAGAACUAAAAAAAUAAAAAAAUCGUAUUUUCUCCCAUUUUUUUUCAUAUUAAAUAAUGUUUCAUAGCUAAAUAUUUGAUAUUAAAUGAAAUCCCUGUUUCCCCUGAAUAAAUUAUAUAUAAGGGUGGGUGCAUUUACUAUGCAAGAGGUAAAUUACGGUUGGACAGACAUAUGGUGCAAAUGCCAGGUUUUGUUUAUAUCUUGUUUUGUUCACAACGUGUACAUUUGGCCCCGUCCUUAAGGGGUUAAUUAUUUGGCACAGCAGGACAUGCGUUACAAAAAAAAAAUAAAAAAAUAAAUAAAUAGAAAAAUGGUUUCAUUUCUCCCCUUCUCUGCAAGCCUAUGCUGACUGUCUGGUGCAAAGGUCAGAGUUUAUAACAAACAUUGACAGGGAGCUAAGAUGCAGAUUCUCAAAUGCAUGAUAAAGAGAGGAUUUCUACAAUGUACUUUUCACUUCCUUUAACUUCUUAAGGACACAUGACGGAAAUAUUCCGUCAUAAUUCCCUUUUAUUCCGGAAGUUGUGUCCUUAAGGGGUUAAUCCUUAAAGUAUUCAACUUCCAAAACAAAACCUAGAAUUUGUGCUGCUUGUUCCACUGUGAUUUAAGGAUUUCCUUUUAAUGUAUGUGUGUAAAGAUCUCUUUACACCUGUAUACAGUUUAUUUUUAGAUUCUAUAUGGAUACCUAGAACGGCCAUAAAGGAGCACUACUGUAUUAGGAAUACAAACCUGCAUUCCUUAUGGUAUAGCGUCCCUAUCCAUAGCUCUAAAUACAUUUCCCCACCUUCCCGUUUGCAGUUUAAAUUUUUUUUCUUGUUCUGGGGCUCCCUCUGUGCUGUUGACCUCUGCCUCCUGUGAGAUCAUGUAGGAGGCAUGGCCACCUCUGCGACGAUCCAAUCCUCACUGAAUAGAAUUCAGGAACUAAUGUGUAUGCAUAGCAGUCACCGUGAUUGCAUAGAAACCUACCUAUUGAAAAGCAUUAAGUCAAUGCUUUCCUGUGGGGAGUUCUGCGUCACAUGACAGUUUUACGCGGAUGUGCCUCCAGUGGUUUUCAUACUGACUGCAAAUAGAGGUGGAUUUAACCCUGCAAUGUGAACGUUGAAGUUUCACAAAAAAAACUGCAAUAUUUUGCAGGGGUGAAAGGACUGGGUCGUUGCAUCCAGACCCCUUCAUUGAAUUGAAGUAGUUACGCAUGAGGAAAAACUAUGUAUUUCUAUUUUUGCUUAUAAUUUACAUGAGAAAAAUUAAUCAAAAUUGAUUUGUGUAUCAGUCCUGAUUUAAAGGACCACUAUAGGCACCCAGACCACUUCAGCUUAAUGAAGUGGUCUGGGUGCCUGGUCCAGCUAGGUUUAACCCUUUUUUCAGUAAACAUAGUAGUUUCAGAGAAACUGCAAUGUUUACCUAUGGGUUAAUCCAGCCUCUAGUAGCUGUCUCAUUGACAGCUGCUAGAGGCGCUUCCACGCUUCUCACUGUGAUUUUCACAGUGAGAAGACGCCACUGUCCAUAGGAAAGCAUUGAUAAUGCUUUCCUAUGAGACUUAGUGAAUGCGGGAGGGAGGAGAGUCCCAGCGGCGAGGGAGCCCGGCGCUGGAAAAAGGGUAAGGGAUUAACCCCUUCCUCCCCCUUCAGCGCCAUGGGAGUGGGACACUGAGAGUGGGGGCACCAUAGUGCCAGGAAAACGAGUGUGUUUUCCUGGCACUAUAGUGGUCCUUUAAGUACCUCAUAUGUCUAGGAUCUGAUUUAAAGAGGACUUGUUGUGACAAUACAAAUUCAUCUUAAAUCAGAGCUUGAUAAGUUUGCUUUGAAUCUAGGAGCUAGCUAAAAAAUUAGGAGGCUUUUUUUUUUGUUUUUUGUUUUUUUUAACAAAGCUUUUUCAACAGCAAAAAUAAAAUUCUUAAAGGGACAGUAUAAUGGUUCUAGUGUCUGUAGUCUGUCACUGUAUGAUUUUCAGUGUAAACACUUUUUCAGAGGAAAGGCAGUGUUUACAUGGCUGCCUAGAAACACCUCUAGUGGCAGUCACUCCGGCCAUUUAAGUGCUUCCUAUCUCAGGUCUACGCUGUGUGCAGCAACCUACAUUCAGCAUCUCCAUGGCGCUGAUUGUUCCCCAUAGAUAUGCAUGGAGUCAAGUGAGAUGGUUAGAAAACUGCAAACUUGUAUCUCUCAUGAGCGACAGCAAAUGGAUUUCCCAGCUUCCACAGUACUACUGUGUGACUGCAACAAGAGAAGAACUAUGUUGGCAGGGAUGCUGGAUUGGGGGGGAUAGAGGGAACUCUAGUGUAAGGAAUACAAUUAUACAAGAAGGGGGGAAUGUAGAGUUUGUUUGGGGUUUUUUUUAUGCUUAAAAAUUUUCAGAAAUUUUACAUCUUUACCAGGCACUAAAAGCGUCACUGUCACCAUCUGAGGACUUUGCAGAGUUUACAAUGGCCCCCAAUAGCAACAUUGCUGCUGGGUUUUUGGUGGUGGGGCGUAAAGGAGUCCUACACACCUGAACCCGUCUCGCGGGCUUUGCCGACUUCUUCGGCUUGUGGCGCUUCUGUGGCAGGAUCCAACGUCACAAGAGUACAGCAUUGAGGUCUAUAGAGGAUCCCAUCGCCGGAUCCUUCAUGGGCAGAGCCAAUUUUGUGGUGACAGCUGGGAGUGAGUGACACUACUAGAUGUUGGUAGCUCUGUUCAAUGUCAGGAAAAGGAAAUAUACAUAGACAAAGUAGUAGGCAUUUCAGUGAAAUUGCAACACAGUCAAAAUUAGUAUUUCAUAAGGAUUCUAUGUUUUCGAAAUAAACAUUUUUCAGGGGGAGGUGACACUGCUGCUUUAUACCAAUUUAUUGAGAUGAAAUGCUUAUACUGCCUGGAGUGUCCCUUUUUAAAAAGAAAAGGCUCUUUGUUCUAUCCCACUGUAAGUAAUGAAAAAGUUUGGCUUUCCCUUCAGAUGCUACUAAUGUGGAACUUCUUACUUACACACUAUUUGCUUCCAUAUAUGAUUGAAAUUAAUAACCAAUUCAGAAGUAGAACUUCUUGUGAAGAAGAGGCAGGACUGGAAGAACUAUGGGGAUCCAUGUGAGUCUCGGACUGUUCAAAGGAGGUUUGACAACUUACGUAGCACCAUAACCACUACUUUGCACUGAUGUUGUUUUGGUGCUUAGGCUAGCUAAUCUUGUGGGCACUUGUGUUUACCUUGCUGCCUUUAAAUCUUUUUAACACAGCCAUUUUAACACCAAUCUUUCCAACAUUUGAACUUUUUGUAAUUCUCUCAUAUGCUCUGUUUAGCACUUGAAAUGAAAUUACAACAUAAAAUAUUUUUAUUAAAAGUAGACAACCUAAGAUAAUUCAUAAGGAGUAUUUUAUCUCCUUUAACCCCUUAAGGACACAUGACGUGACAUGUCAUGAUUCCCUUUUAUUCCAGAAGUUUGAUCCUUGGGGGUUAAAGUAUUCCAGUAAACAUACUCUUUUUUUUUUUUUUUUUUUAUAUACCAAAUCCUACGUGUGUGUGUAUAGAUAAUGUUUGUUUUUUCUUCCUGUACACAGAUAAUUGUAUCUGCGAUCUUUGUGUACAAGAUAUAUGAAUGGCAGAUGCCAUAAUAAAAACCCCAUAAUUAAAAAAAACUAAGUGUUUUUAUUUAAAAUUCAUUCUGCGUUUUGUUGUUUCAGAUUUAAAAGGGAUAAGGUUGGCGAGAUGUGGGAUUUAGGGUUAAUUUGAGUUAAAAGAACUCUCAGCUUGCCUCUAGUGGUUAUGGUGUUAGGAGUGCCCUGGUGCAUCUCAAGCACCUCUCCCUGUAUCCUCUUCGUGCUUAUGCUUCCCUUUGCAUUUAAUUUGUAAUAAAUCCUUACUGAGGAAAUUACUGAACUCUCGACCAGUGCUGGAUUUCCAGUAGUUUCCUCUUUGGGAAAUAUUACGCAUGACCUCACACGUCGUUUGCAUUUUCCAUCUACUUGAAUGAGAAAUUACUCACACAGUAAACCAGCAAAGCAUUCUUUGUCCUGUUUUUUGAAUCGCAGUUGAGGGAAUCCCUAGUUUGUGAAACAGGUUGCUGCACUAAUCCCAGGAACCCACUGUGAUCUCCUCACUACUCCCAUCUGAAGCAAAUAAGAUGGUAAAAAACUAUCUGGCUGUGUCCAGAGUUGUAUUGUGACUGACAAAAGCCUAAGGAACAUUGUUUGUGUGGUUUUCUUUAUUUUUAUGUAAUUUGUUAGAUUUUCUCUGUACAACUCCUUUUGCCGUCAGUCUCUGGUAUAAGGAUGAUGGGACCUUGUUGCAAACCUAUAAUGGUGGCUAUAUAGUUGCCCAAAAAUACCAGAAACCCAUGGUACGUUCCAUAACCCGCACAUGUAUACAUUUUAGGGAUUUACUCUUCAGUUGCCGCUUUUCUUUAUUAUUUUUUUUGUCUGUCAUUUCCCAAUAUUUUUUAUAUGUGUACUUAUUCCUAUAUUUAACACAUAUCUGGGAGGUAUGAAAAAUUAGUCAUCCACACAUCUUUAUCCUGUAAAUGAUUGCCUUCGCUUCCUAUCAGCCGAUGUUAUAAGACUUGUCCUUUUCAACUGGCAAUCAGCAUAGAGAAAGCAUACAAAGAAGGGGAGAAUUACUAGCUCCUCAUUCAGAAAAAAACAAACCAAUUUUUUCUUAUUUUUUUAUGGGGAACUACUGAUGGUUUAGAGCGUCCACUGACCAUUCUAGCUAAUCAGAAACCAGAAGUCACUGCAGAUCGGCGCAGGAAGCAACCUUUGGGUUUAAACUGUUAAAGACUAGUUUAACCCAUUAAGCUAAGAGAGCACCUAAUUGCCUCCAUUUAUUUUAGAUUAAGUUAUAACGAUCGGGGUUGUUCCUUUAAACAAUGUUUCUAUUUCACCUCUUCAUUUGCAGUGUCUUGCCUUGUCUGAGCUGGAUUAUGAUGUACUUUGAUAAAUCUUUAACCCCUUAAGGACGGUGAGCGUGCUAUGCCGUCCUUGGGGAUCCGGCUUUAAGCGCCAGGGGGCGGCAUAGCACAUCCCAGUUGUCUGCGACCUCAGGCCGGCGAUCACGGUGGGGGGACUCACCUGGCAACCCAGAGAGUCCCCCUGCUCCCGUUCUGGUUCUCCUGGGCCAUGUGAUUGCGAGGACCUCACGAUCACAUGGAUGGCAUAGCCGACCACAGCAAUGCCAGCAGGGGGAGUGCCUGUAAUGACAAGUACUCCCCCUGCUGCCUGAAAAAUUUAAAAUAAAAUAAUAAAAAAAACGUAUAAAGUAUAUACUUGGAUCAUAUACAUACACACACAUACACUGUCUAAGUGUAUUUUAAUAUUAAAAAAAAAAUAUAUAUAUAUAUAUAUCUAUCUCAAAAUACACGUAGAAUGAAAUUGAUCAAAUAUAUAUAUUUAUAUAAAAUAUGUAAAUACGUAAAAAAAAUGUAAUUUCGUUCUAACUAUUUUAAAAUUAAUACAUAGAUUUCAAAAUACACGUAGAACAAAAUAAUAUAUAUUCUACGUAUAUAUUUAUGUAAUUUACAUAAUUGGGUCAUUUUAUUAAUUACAAUUUGCGGGACCUGCCUGACAACCCAGGCCGAAAGUCCAGCACUAUAUCCUGUAACUUACAUGGGGGUACUGUUUUACUUGGAAGACUUUGCUGAACACAAAUAUUAGUUUCCAAACAGUAAAAUGUAUUAUAUCGUCAAUGAAAGUGACACUUUUUUUUUCAUUUUUCACACACAAAUGGCACUCACACAGUCGAUAUUGUUGUGAUACAUUUUGUUUUGAAACACUCAUAUUUGUGUUCAGCGAAGUCUCCUGAGUAUAACAGUACCCCCUCAUGUACAGGUUUUAUGGUGUUUUUAAAAGUUAGAGAGUCAAAUAUAAGGCAUGCGUUUCAGUUUUUUCUUGCCUUUGAGACUGUAUGGUAGCCCAGGAAUGAACAUUACCCCCGUGGUGGCAUACCAUUUGCAAUAGUAGACAACCCAAGGUACUGCAAAUGGGGUAUGUCCAGUCUUUUUUAGUAGCCACUUGGUCACAAACACUGGCCAAAACUGGCAUGCAAAUGAGGUUUUUUUUGCAUUUUCACAUACAAAUAUUAACACUAAAUGUGGCCAGUGUUUGUGACCAAGUGGGUACUAAAAAAGACUGGACAUAACACAUUUGCAAUACCUUGGGUUGUCUAAUAUUGCAAAUGGUAUGCCAUCAUGGAGGUAAUUCUCAUUCCUGGGCUACCAUACGGUCUCAAAGGCAACGUAACCAAUCUGGCGAAUUUCAAUGUGAAAAAACUGACAAAUGUAACAUGCUAAAUUUGACCCUGUAACUUCCCAAAACACCAUAAACCUUGUACAUAGGGGGUGCUGUUUUACACAUGAGACAUCGCUGAAUACAAAUAUGUGUAUUUUAUUGCAGUAAAAGCAAACAGUAUUAUGACAUUCACAGUUAAAAUGUCACGUAGAACUAUUUUGUUUUUAAAUUCUUAUUUUCUCCCUUUUUAAAAUAUUUUAUUCAUAUUAAAUUGUUUGAUACCUAAAUAUAAAUGAAAGCUCUGUUUCCCCUGAAUAAAAUGUGGGUGCACAUAAUAUGAAAUGGGUGAAUUACGCCUUAACAGAGUGCAAAUUAAAGUUUUUUUUUUUGUUUGUUUUUUUUUGUUUGUUUUUUUUUGUUUGUUUUUGUUUGUUUGUUUGUUUUUGUUUGUUUGUUUUUGUUUGUUUGUUUUUUUAACGUUUUGUUUUGAUCACAACUUGUACAUUUGGCUCAGUCCUUAAGAGGUUAAAAUCUAAAAGAAAACAGAAUAUUUUGUGUGAAAAAAUAAAGAUUAUAGGUGAGAUUCAAUGGUGUAAAUUCCAGAGAUUACAAUUCCUCUGUAAAGGAAAAUCUCGUCUUCAUUUGACCCCCAUCAGGACUAAUGUGAUGCCAGCACAGACAGGAUAAUGAUAGCUUGAAGAGGUUGAAAGAACACUGCAACACCUAAAGCACUUCAUCUCCCUACACUGGCUUGUUUGAAGUGUUUUUUUAUUUUUUUUAUUUUACAAAAAGUGUAAAUUUGAAUAGAAAUUUGCACUUUUAUAUAUGAAUCCUCUUGCACCCUCUGACUUUCAAGCAGGCAGCAGGUCAUGUUACUAGAAAAGCAUAGAGUGGUUAACAAAUUAUGUGGGUCCAGUAACAUCCUGUUGUGUUUAACUCAUUGGAGCUAAGCUCCAGAGGCAUACAAUUGCCCAGAGCACCUGCCUUGCAAAAACAUUUCAUUAAACUGCAUUUAGAAGUCUGUGAUUGGACAGCCACAUAAAGCCUGGGCUGGGGAAGACUGGAAAGUCUUGCAAAUGCUUCAGAAGAGAUCCAUAACUUUUAUAAACUGUAGAUAUACCCCCAGUGAAAAAAUGCAUGCAUGUUUUCAUUGGGGGUAUAUCUACUAAAUUUAUUUGUUGGACAGUGGAGUGUCCCUUCUUAAUGUGUCUUUUUAUGAUAUGCAUUUAAAGAAUACCUCUGUGUUUCUCUUUCACUCCAAAUCUAGUCUUGGAGUGGCUGAUCAUUUUCAGCCAUGAUUUUUUGUAGUAGUGCUAGGUAUAUCCCAUAAAUCUCUGCUAGGUUUUAUAGUGUGUAUGUAUGGAGAUAGAUAUUCUUGACAAAUUUGCGUUGAAUCUAGGAGCCAGCUAAAAAAAGUUGAGACAAGUUUUUUUUUUUUUUUUUAAAACUAACAGCUUUAUUGUCAAACAUCAAAAAUAUAUUUCUUAAAGGGACAUUAGUCACCAAAACCACUAUAGCUUAAUGUAGUGGUUUUGGGGUCUAUAGCCGGUCCGUGCAGGCUUUUAAGUGUAAACACUGCCUUUCAGAGAGAAGGCAGUGUUUACAUUGCAGCCUAGUAACACAUCUAGUGGCCACCACUUAGAUGGCCACUAAAGUGCUUCCUAUUUCAGGGCUGCACAUUCGCUUAGCAUGGAGGCACUAAACGUUCUUCAUGGAGAUGCACUAUUUCAAUUUAUCAUUUAUUUUUUUAUGAAUAUGUUCAUAGAUUAAAAUAUCUCUGCCCAUUAUUACUGUAUUGCAAAAGAAAAAGACUACUUUGUAGUUUGCAAAAAAAUGAUUUAAAAAAAAAAGCCAGAGCUUCCUCCAUUAAGUUUUGUCAGUUUCCUCAGCUGUCACUAGCGACAGUGGUAAAAAUCAGGUGCUUCUCGCAGAUUGCAGUACUUGUCCAAGUAGGCACCAAACUUUGUAAUGCAGAGACUUUUUUUGUAAACAAAAUAUUAAACUUCAUAUCUUGGUCAAUAAUUUCAAAUGGUUCUACAAAAUUUAGUUAAAUGAAGUAGCCUGGAUUGUCAGUUUUGAAAUAAACUUUUGUGGCUGGCUAUUAAAGUUACUUUCCAUGCACUAAAACCAUGUUAUCAUUAGGGAUCGACCUAUUUUGAUUUUUUUUUAGAGCCGAUGAUAUUAAGAAAUUAUAUUGCUUAAAGUGUCCCUUUAAGUUUAAAUAGCCGGCAACUCUAAUGAUCUAAUUCUACUUUUUGUCCUGUGAUGUAAUGAAUAUUAAUUUCAGUAAUCUAAAUAUGCUAUACCUGUAUCAAACUAAUUUACAUUUUGUUUAUGAAAGUCUAAAUUCAACAAAUUGCAUUUCAUUUUGGGGCAGUCAAGAGUUUAAAAAAAAUUAAAUAAAUGGAAAUUGCAUGCAUAUGUUGGUUAAACAAACUUAAGAACAAAACUUUUUCAGUUCAAAAUACACUGUGACAUGAUGGGGUAGGCAGUUAAAUGUAUUAGUCCUUUCACAUAGUUUAAGACAGACUAUGAAUUAAUCUGCUUUUAGCUGACAUUCCAUAGCUUCAGCAUUUAGGAGUGGUUUAAUCCCAUUAGGUACCUUUGCAUUAUAUGUAUAAUGUGUAAAAAGCAUCUAAGUAGGUGUCUGUCUUGUACUAAAUCUCAAGCCUAUUAUCUAAAGACAUCAUUUUAAACAGGAAGUGGAUGAGAUCUCAUUAAUUCAUGUGGGAAGUGCUAUUUAUGCACAGACAAAAAUAUUUUUUUCUUUAGUAGAUCUGAACGGAAGUCACAUGCAAAAUAUACCAGUGAAGCUGCACAUUGACUUGAAUGCAGAUCUCUCUUGUCUGUCACUUGCUCCCAUUCAUUUCUGUGAUGAAUCCACAUGUCGCUCUAGUAAACUUACAGCUGUAAGCAUAGUGUUUUGUUAAAUUAAAGGGUUGUUAGAAAUGUGUGUGAGGUAUAAAGCUAUUAAAAGCCAUCCCCUUCUACAGUAAAAGAAAACCCAACUGAGUUUAACUUUUUAAUAGAUAUACCCUUAGAGCAUGCAUGUUUUUUAUUUUUUUUUAUUUUUUUUGUAUAUGGAAGAAAAAUCUAUCUGCAGCCUUUUUAAAGGAACACUAUAGUUACUUAAAUAACCUUCGCUUAAUAAAACCGUUUUGGUGUGUAGAUCAUGCCUCUCAGGUUUCACUGCUCAAUCCACUACCAUUUAGGAGUUAAAUCACUUUUUCUGUUUAUAAAGCACUUGCCACACCUUCCCUGGCCCUGGUUGACACAGCCUGCAUGAAAAGAAACUGAUUUCACUUUCAAACAGAUGUAAUUUACCUUAAACCAUUUUAUCUCUUUCUCUGUAAAUUGAACUUUGAUCACAUACAGGAGGCUCUUGCAGGGUCUAGCAAGCCUUUAAUGUAGCAGGGGAUAAGAAAAACUAAAUUAAACAGAACUUGCAAUAAAGGAAGGAUAAACUUUAGAUGGCUCUUUACAGGAAGUGUUUAGGGAAGUCUGUGCAAGUCACAUGCAGGGAGGUGUGACUAGGGUUCAUAAACAAAAUGAUUUAACUCCUUAAUGGCAGGUAAUAGAUCACUGAGACUACAGGGGCAUGAUCUACACACCAAAACUGUUUCAUUAAGCUAAAAUUGUUUUGGUGACUAUAGUGUCCCUUUAAGCCCUCUCCUCUUUUCCAUGCACAGAUUUAGUCUUUGCCAAGGAAAUACCCAGAGAGUUCUCACUAAGAAGCCUCUGUGCUGGAACCGCAAGUAUGCACACGAACUUCAUCAUGGGUCGAAUUAUAGUACAUCUCAUUGAGAAAGGGGAAAGCAGUUGUGCUCUAGUCCGUUGCACUUGCCAUUUUUGUUAGCUAUGUGGAGAUAUCAGAAAUGGAAGAAAAUCUGCCUCGCUGACUGCCCAUAUUUCUGUUGAAACUGGCACUUUAUAUAAACCAUCACAAAAAAGACUCCAGGAACACAAAGCACUUCAGCAAGCUUUUGUAUACAUUGAGCUUUCUUUAACUUGCAUUCAAACUUAUUUUGUAUGUUUAUAAAAAGUUAUAUUUAUUGAUAUAAGGAAUACUUACCCUGUUUGUUUGAAAAACUACUAAACAAAUGUUUGCCUAUAUGUUAUUUCCUUAAAACUGUUAAGCAGUUUUAAAGGAUCACUAUAGUGUCAGGAAAACAAAGUGGUUUUCCUGACACUAUAGUGCCCUGAGGGUGCCCCACCCUCACGGACACCCCUUCAGCAGCUUUCCUUCCAGCGCCGGGCUCACUCGCCGCUGGCGACGUCUGCUUCCUCGGCUAACGUCAGCGGAGCCGACUGUGCAUGUGCGGCAAGUGCCGCGCGCGCAUUCAAGCUGUCUAUAGGAAAGCAUUUUUCAAUGCUUUCCUAUGGGCGCUCUGCGUGAUGGAGGCAUAGUAUGCCUCCAGCAUCGCAGAUGCGCGUCUAGUGGCGGUCCGGAAGAGGGCCACUAGAGGCUGGCUUAACCCUGCAAUGUAAAUAUAGCAGUUUCUCUGAAAACUGCUAUGUUUGCAUCUGCAGGGUUAAAACCUGAGGAACAUUGCACCCAGACCACUUCAUUGAGCUCAAGUGGUCUGGGUGACUAUAGUGUCCCUUUAAAUGCAACAAUACGAACACAUUUCAAUAGCCUUGCUCUUAUGCUUGUAUCUCUUCCCAUGCAGCCUUUCAGUAUUUGUGCGUCCAUCUUUUGCAGAAACUAAAUGCUGAUCUCGUUGGCCAUUCAUUGACUUAGAUUGUCAGCUGUCCUUUUAGCCAAUGAAUUCAGCUCUGUGCAUAACUCCCCAAUGAUUCUGCCAUUGGUGGAGUUACACCUUCAGUAGCAAAGGGGUUAAAACCCUUUGUUCAGCAUUUCAUAGCAAAAUGCUGCACAUACGGUGUCCAGGCAGUCAUGACCGCUUCAGUGGCAAUGGUGCUUGGAGUUAACACUUUAGGUACCGUAUGAAACGCAUACGUUGUAUCUUAUGUCUGCUAGCCAGGUCCCCUCAGUGUUAAAGGAACACUAUAGGUGGUAAGGAAUACAAACAUCUGAAAAGGCUGUGUUUACAUGAAAAUGCCUGCAGGGACAUACUGUAGACACCAGAACAAUUACACUAGAGUUUCAUUGAAUGCAUUUGUAAUACUUACUCUUCAAAAAUGUGCUAUUAAAACAAAUUCAAAUUAUCAUUUUUUUUUUUUUUUUUUUAGGUCUCAUCUGUAUUGUCUAAAAAGUUAAUAUAUAACAGCAGGCUUUGAGUCAAGUAAAAAAAAAAAAAUACUUAAAGCUAGUGUUUGUGCCUAUUUUGCAAUAUAUAAUUUGAGUGGCUACUUCAGGAGCCUUUCUUCUUGCAGUACAGGAAGAGCUAGCAUUUAAUUCUGGGAAUAUGCAUUAUCUGUUAAUUGAGCAAUGAACUGGAUCACAUUUGUUUUGUGGUAAUGUGAUCUACUGGAGCAAAUAAAUAUUUUAAUUAAAUAAUAGAAUAAAUUUUUUGCUAAAUCCUGUAUAGUGUUACUGUUUAAAACCGGAAUGCCCAGUUAUUUUUUUAUUUUUAUUUUAAUGCAGUGCUUGGCAAGAAUUUUGUAAUUUGGGAGCCACUUAAAAUGCACAACCUGGGCCAGUACAUUUUUAUGGAAAAUGCUGUCUUCUCCCACCCUUACCCUUUCAUUUCCCAGACACAACACCUUGAGGUAAUUGUGAAAGCACUUGCUAUAAUUUGGAAACAAUGGAAAGUGCAAAUAAGAAUGCUCUGGUUUUCUUUUGAUAAGAUAAUUAACUUGCUCUUCCAGUUUAAACAUGCAGCACCUCUGCCCCCUGUUGUCAAUUAUAUUAUUGAUAAAUCCUUAAACGGAAACGAUCAUCAAAUAUACAAUAUUAGCUUGUUUAAAAGAGCUUAAAAUUCCAUCUGUACUUUGUGCUUUUAGUUUUACUAGAAAAUUAGAGUGGAAGAAAAUCCUGUAUAGUGUUACUACUGCAAAUGCUUUUCUCCCACCUCUCUCCAAUUCCUAAAUCAAAAUUGAAUGCAGAGGAAUUGAAAGACCCACAGGAGGUCCCUCUGUUCUUCACCUAUAGCAAUCACAGCACAUCUAUGUGGUUGCUAGGCUGUGGUAACUCCCCAGAAAUUAAAGGGACACUGUAGUCACCUGAACAACUUUAGUUUUGGUGUAUAGAACUUGCCCCUGCAGCCUCACUGCUCAAUCCUCUGCCAUUUAGGAGUUAAAUCCCUUUGUUUAUGAACCCUAGUCACACCUCCCUGCAUGUGACUUGCACAGUCUUCCAUGAACACUUCCUGUAAAGAGAGCCCUAUUUAGGCUUUCUUUAUUGCAAGUUCUGUUUAAUUAAGAUUUUCUUAUCCCCUGCUAUGUUAAUAGCUUGCUAGGCCCUGCAAGAGCCUCCUGUAUGUGAUUAAAGUUCAAUUUAGAGAUUGAGAUACAAUUAUUUAAGGUAAAUUACAUCUGUUUGAAAGUGAAACCAGGUUUUUUUUUCAUGCAGGCUCUGUCAAUCAUAGCCAGGGGAGGUGUGGCUAGGGCUGCAUAAACAGAAACAAAGUGAUUUAACUCCUAAAUAACAGUGAAUUGAGCAGUGAAAUUGCAGGGGAAUGAUCUAUACACUAAAGCUGCUUUAUUUAGCUAAAGUAAUUUAGGUGACUAUAGUGUUCCUUUAAUACUGAUGUAAUAUUGUUUCUGGCAUGAAAUUUGUACUUUCAAUAACUUUUAUGCUGUACACCAGCUAGAGAAUCCCAGUCAUGCUGAGAUGUUAUAAAUCAUAUUUUCAUAGUAUAUAACUCACAAAGAUGAAUCCUCCACUGAACUUUCAUGUGAAUUGUGAGUUUAUAAUCUCUCCUGCUAUGUCUGGCUACCCAGAAUAAAUAACUACCCUUAGAUAGAGGCUGAGAUUAAGGAUGAAACCCCUUUUCUUAAGUAUGGGUAAAUACCCUGUAAAAUUCUCCAUUAAAUAUGUUGUGAUAGUUUUUCCCUUCAGUACCUGUUGAUCAUUUUGGUAGUUGGUUAAUUAUUAAAACUGAUCUUUAUUUGAUUGUCUUACAUUAAGUUAUUCCUUGCAAGCAGGAAACACACCCCAUAGCUAGGUUCCUGUAAGGUUAGUAUCUGGCGGAGGAGGGGUCUUUCAGCUUGUUUUGCAUGGGGGGGAGGGGGUUAAGAAUCUUUCCUCACUUUGUUUUUGUGUGUGUGUGUGGUGGUGGAGGAGGAGGUGAGGUGGUGGGGGUAUGGCCAUCUGUGCAUUUCCUGCUGCCUCUUUCAUUAUGCAUUAAAAUACCACAGUCCCACCCCCUUCUCUAGCUGCAUGUAGGAAGGGUAUGUGGCUUGCAGCACGGGGGAGGGAGACCUAUAUAAGCAAGUUUGAAUGAGUAGCUGAAGAAAUUAGGACAGAGCACAAGCUAUCCAGAUGCAUAAGAAGUAAGUGUAUUUCUUUGUCCUAGGCUGUUUAGUAGGAGAAAGGGUUUUAGUAAACAGCAAUGAUCUAUGAGAGCUAGCAGAUGACUACUUCAAACUGUUUACUUAACCCCAGCAUACACACUCACACCUUUGGCUUAGGUGAAGCGCUAUGUGUUUUUGCUUAGAAGUGGUGUCUGAUGGUUGUUGGACCACAUUGGGUCUGUAAUGGCUGCAUUUCCCAAACGUUUUGCAAUUUUUACGACUGUGUAUUUUGAUGGCUGAACCUGUGCUAAUUUGUUGUCUAUGUAUCCUGGUUUUCAGUAGUUGGUAAAUGUCCUCUGUAUCGUAUUGGUAACUUAGUGGUUUCUGCUAAUGCAGUGUAGUGUCUGCUUUUGUGAGUUCAUCCUAUAGAUUCUGUGCAUACAUGUUGCUCUUUGAUAUCGGAAUAGUCCUGAACCUCUUAUGGUGGGUCAUGCUACAGCUAAAAAGGCAGAAGCCAUGCUUUUUAGGAUUGGGCAGUACAGGUACAAUACUUUUUCAGACACUGGUUUGUUCUGUGAAGCCCUCCUGCUUUACGUUCAGACCUUUUUUAAAUUAAGUAUUUAGCAUGAAAUGUAGUUUAGUGGGGGUUUUUUUUAAUAUAGGGCAUAGUGUAUAAAGUUUGUUUUGUUUUAUUUUCAUUUGUUUAAAUAAACAUGCUUUUUGAUUUUUUUAAAUUUUUUUUUUAACAAAUUGAAUGCUCCAUGUGGAGGGAAAAGUUUGUUGGACUGUUACUGUAUAAAUAUGUAGUUUGCAUUUGCCCCUGUAUCUUAAACCAUAUUUUUCACACUUAAACUGGGCAAGACCCCAAUUGUGCUGUUACCAAAGCUUUGUCUGUUCUUAAGGAACAUAUAUAGCCCACAUUUGUAUAUUCUUUAGAGAUUUGUUCUCUAAACAUUGCAAUGUGCUCCAACCUCCUCCAGAUGUCUGGUACUGAGCUUCAAGUGUGCUAUGGAUAUAUGGACUUGUGCUUUUUUGAAAGAGCUAAAAAAAAUUUUUUGUUGUGGUUGCAAAAUGCUUGUGUGUGUGUGUGUGUGUAUAUAUGUGUGUGUGUAUAUAAAUAAAAUGUAUUUAUUUUUAUUUUUUUAAAUACACAAGAUCCAGCGCACUCACCUAUCCACUAAACAGCAACUGUUGACUGAUUUUAUUAGUGUUUAAAAAAUAAAAAAAAUGUAAACACAUAAUCAAGGCAAAAAUAAUGGGGGUUUAGUUACAUUAUAUGAUCAGACACAUCAUCAAUGUACACCAUCUCUGGCAGCUCCUACUCUAACAUCCUUAUGUCUGCUCCUGUGAGAUUAACCAAUUUACUUGGGGGAAAAAAUUCCAUCUGGGUCUCUCUGCAGUACAAGGCUACAUAGGGCGCUGUGAUGAGGCACAUGUGACAGUGAGGGGUGCAAAACCAAGGAGUUGACUAGACUCCCAAAUAUAUUCAGACUAGUUUCAUUGAAUGCAUAUGUAAUUCUUACUCUUCAAAAAUGUGCUAUAAAAAUUUUUGUAAUUUUUUUUUAGGUCUCAUUUUUAUGGUCUUAAAAGUUAAUAUUUAACAGCAGGCUUUGAGUAAAGUAAAAAAAAAAAUACUUAAAGCUAGUGUUUGAUUUAUUUAUGUUUUAAAAAUAUUUAUUUAACAAUCUCAGAAAUAAUGAGCACUCACCAAAUGUGGUGAUAAAAUUGAAAUAAGUGUAUUCAAAUAGAUCAAUGUUUCAACCACACAAUGGUCUUUAUAAAGUUCUUAAAUAUAUUUAUUAUUGGAAAUGCCAAUAAUGGAAUUUGUAAAGUGAUCUUUAUUUAUACUUCUAUAAAAAUAUAUACAAAUGAUCACUUCCCUACAUAUAUAUCCAUUAUUGGCAUUGCCCUUUUAUGCUGCAAAUUAACAGAAGAGCAGUAAGACCCCCAACAGACCAUUUUAUGCUAUUCAUCAUUAGCCCAUUAAUAGUAUUUGCUGAGGAGGAUAUAGUAAUGGAGGGACUGAUGUCACACUGUUAUGAGGUCUUUGGCAUUGAAGCCAUAUAUAAUCAAUGUCUCUGCAGGAAUUACCUGUUACUCAUCAUGCAAUUUACUCUGUUUUGGGAAAACGUGUACAUUGUAGCUUUUUAAUUCAGAAUUUUGGUGAAAUAUAUUUAUUUUGUUUGUUUUUUUCCUACCUCUGUGGUCAUACAUUUUAAUCUGUUAACCAGAGAUUGUGUUACCUGCUAAAGGGUAUCAAUUAAUAAUUGAAUUAUUUUUACUUCUGAUUAUUAGCGCUAAACCAGUUUAUCAAUAUUGGUCCUUCACUACCCCCAACAUUGCAGUUUUUUGUUGUCUUCCUCAUGAUAAUAGAUCCAAUAUUUAUCUGUGCCGCUAUAGAUAUUUACCAUCUUAGAGUUGCUCCAUGCGGAAUUCCAGUUAGUCUCUAUGGUCUUCCUUGCUUCACUCCCUGCACAGAAGCAGGGAAGACCAUAGAGACUAACUGUCAGUUUUCAAACACUGUCCUACCAAAGGUGCAUGUAUAUGGCUUAAAGGCCCACUAAAGGCAGCAAAGUCAAUUUCAUCUCCCUGAAGUGGUCUGAGUGCAAUGGCCAUGUAGAUUUUAUCCUGCAAUGUAGAAACAUUUUGUAGAAACUGCGAUGUUUCCAUUGCAUGAUUAGCACACCUAGUGACAAAGACUCAUGAAGGAGCCAAAAUGUCAUUAUAUUUUGUUCAAAAAUAGAGCCUGCCUCUUGAAGAAACUAUUGGGUGUCCCUGGACAUUUGUAUAUAUUGCCAGUGGCUUUUUGCUUUAGGGAUCUUGUCCUCCUGGUCCAGAGCAUCCCCAUGGAAGUAAUCCCUUGCAUGGUUCACUUUUUUGCACUUCCCUUGUACUGUUGGCAUACUCCAAAUCAAUUUGCAUGGCCAUUUGCAGCACUGCUCAUUGCUCUUCUAGCAGCCUGGCCACUAUUUGUGAUCCCACCAGACAGAGGGCUAUCCAAUGAUACUUGGGGCUUCUUGGUACCAGCAGGGAUUUAACCCUACUGGUAAUUUUAAUGCAUGACAGUUUAUGCCAUCAGCAGGUAUUAAAGCCCUACACUGCAUAACUGCAUAGACUGUCAUGCAAUCGUUAAAGGGUUAAGGAUCCUAAUGUAGGGAGGAGUUUGUUUUUUUUUUAUUUUAAAUCCACUUGUUAAAUAAAAUAUUUUCCCUUUCAAUACUUGAUGAAAUGAGAAGUUGUUUUGGUGCUUAGUAUCCCUUUUAAUAUUGACAUAUUUUAAUUUUUAAUCCGCCUUUUGAGCUCUUCACGGGCAAAAGUAGCUGUCUUUAUACAGUUUUUUUUUUAUUUUUUUUUUAAUAGUAUUUUGUACACUUGACACUUGGCACUAGUAGGGGUGGUGCUGGUAGCCAUACACUGCAAUUUGCACCUUUGAUUUGCUAUAUUUUCAUGUGAGAUGGUGGCUCAUGUGUACUUAUGUGUAUGUUAACUAAAUCAAUUUUUAUUUCUUUUCUUUUAGACAUUACGGGGGACCCUAUGCAGCAACUCGUGAGAUGAGUAAAGCUACACAGCCUAUAGGAGGACCCCCAACUGCACCUUCCCCUGGACUCCAGGUACGUCAUGUAAUACACCAUAAGAUGAUUAAUUAUUAAACUACAUUAGAGAUUUGGUUGGGUUGGCUGGCUCUUUGGAACCGUCCAAUUGUGUGUCCUGUUGCUGUGUGGGUGCAUGGUCUGUAGGGUAGUGAGUGAUCUUGUUGUGUUCUGUAGAUUUGUCAAUAUAUAUUUUGUGUAAAUCGCUUAAUGUUUCAUGCUAAACCUUUUAAUGUUUUUCUUCAGUCAGGAUAUAUUUCUUCACCUACGGCACCUGUGGUGAUUGGGCCACCUCAUAAUAACCCAAUGAAUACCCAAUCUCAACCUAGGCCCGUAAGUUACUGCUACUAUUUUGUCAAUUGUUUUAUACAUGCUUUAAUCCAUUUGGUCAAACAUAAAAAGCUGCUCAGAAUGGUAGACACUCCUUAGUGGGUGGAAUAUGUGCUUUUUAUGUCAGCUGAGACUUAUCCCUAUGUCUUGUCCACACACUAUACAGAAAAUAAACAAUGCAACCAGUGUAUAUUAAAUAAAUGUAAACUUAUAUUAGAAAAAAAGGUUAGUUUAAUUUCUAAUCGGUAUGCAAUCUUUCACUUGCAGAUAUACCUAAUUCAACAGAGUACUAAAACCUGAAACAGAGGAACAUAACGGAAUCUGUAGAAAAGCAUAGAAAUUCUGUUCUAGUGCCGAAUCAGGCUCUAUUUAGACUGCCCAAAGGUGCACGUUCAGAGCUUUGAUAUUCUCCCCUCCUAAUGACUUUAAGGCGGUAAAUAGCACCAUGGGUUAGGGUAGAAAGAAAUAUAUUUGCUUAUAUAAAGCAUAAAAUAAUACGUUUUAAAAAUGACUAUUUCACGGUGGAGAUUAACAAUUUUGAAAUAAAAAAAUAAACCAGAAUAUGUAUUAGCUCACUGCUUGAUUCCUUGCUGCCUGAUAUGGAUUUAGAACAUGCAAGUUCAACCAUUACCUGGAAUUUUCCUCUUUAUUUUAUGUUUUAGUACUUUAGUGAAAGAUUGCUUCUGAGCCAAAAUUAGUUAAAUUAGUCCUAAUUUAAGUAUGCAUUUUUUGAUAUAGAGUAGGUAGACAUUUUCUGUAUAUAGUAUUUUGAGUGAUUGGGCAGCACUUGCUACAGUUUGACUAGUGGGAUAUUUCUUAGUUUAGUUUAUUACAAUACUGUUUAAAGGGACAUUAUAGGCACCUAGACUCCUUCAGCUCAUUUGAAGUGGUCUGGGUGCAAACUCCCGUCAUCCCUAACCCUGAGCAUGCAAUUAUUGCAGUUUUUAUAAACUGCAAUAAUUGCCUCUCAGGGUUAACUCCUCCUUUAGUGGCUUUUUCUACCAGACAGCCAUUAGAGGUACUUCCGGGCUUGAAGGUGACUUUUGGUCGCCUAAACUACGUUGGAUGUCCUCAUGCUAUGCAUGAGGACUUCCAGCAUCACCUGAAUAUGGGGAGAUCUUAAAGCAAACUCCGCCAUUACUGCACAUUAGGUUAUUAACCCCUUUUGAACCAAAGGGAGGGCAUUGAUAAAGGGGAAAGCUAGAGUGCCCGGAAAACCAGUUUGUUUUCCUGGCACUAUAGUUUCCCUUUAAACGCUAAUACACUUCUGUUCAUCUACUAAUUGCUUGAUUACUGAAUUUCAGCUGAGGCCUGACAAAUCCUCAUUUUACUUUUACUGCCCUAGCAAAUGCCAUUGAUAACAUUGGCUUGUGAUUUACUACAGAUAUAAUAAAUGUUCCUCUUGUUUGGCUAGGUUGUGUCUUAUGCACCUUCCCACCGUUCCCUCUGCGCACGCGUGAUUUCGGUAUAGUUUCUCGAAUCACUUAUUAGAAUUUGUCACUGAUACGAGUCGUCUUCUUGGUGCCAUUCACUACUCUUUCGUUUCUUGAUGUCUCACUGCCCAGUUGUCUAUUAAUCCUUGGAUACGCAGAAGUUUCCCAAAUCUUAGAUGCUCCAAUCACAAUGACUUUGUUUUCAGUUCUUCAAAAUUUACUUACAGUGAUGAAUGAAUUAGAUCAUUAGUAGCUAACACUUACAUCAGAUACCUGUGCCUGGAGGAGCAUUAUGUGAAAUCUAGUUUACAAAUAUUUAGUUAGCCACUGUUAACCAUCAUUGACUGAGACUGUAUCUGCAAAACCACGUCUUUAAUAUUACUCCUCCAUUAAUGUCCUAUAGUGUGGAUCCCGUCUCUCCUUUAAAAGCAUUGGUCAUUACCGCAGUAUCUCCUGCUGUAUUGCAGUGUUCUGACUACCAUUCUAUUUUUUUAUUACUGCUGUCUGGUGUUCUGUGUGCAUCCAUCCCAUUUGAUCAUCUCUUGUUGGCCCUCCUGUCUAGAUUUUCACUUUUUUUUUUCUCUCCUCCCACCCCUCUGCUUCUUCCUUUUUGUUUUUUUGCUGCUGCUUCUAACAGGCAGGAUUCAGAUCAAUUCAGGUAAUGCUUCUCCUCAUACAACAGAUGACCAUGUGUUCUGGGUGGGAGUCUGAGACUACCAUAAGUGGUCGUGGGGUGAUGCAGUAAAGACAAAUAUCAGCUAUUAAGGGCAAUAUUGUUGGUUGUUUUCAUGGCAGUAUUCAGUAUACCAUAUUAUGUUGUAGGUAUACCGCACGGUUUAGUGUGUCCCAUUGUAAUGGUUUUAAAGAAUGCAUCUUGCCUUAUCUAUUCCUUCUAAUUAACAAAUGCCUAAGAUUUGUUUUUGUUUUUUUUAAUCUUUCAGCACUACUAUCAAAGUCGAACACAGCCCCCGAGCAGUGCCACUCGAGUUCAGAGUAGCUCUUCGGCUCGGGCAGUUCCCCCUGCCCAUGUAUAUUCUGCGAGCCAACCGCAGGUCGUCAUGAUCCCGUCUCCGUAUCCCUCCCAGAGCUACUACAUACAAGGGGGACAGGUAAGCCCUGGUAGCGCCAUUCACUGUAACUAGCACCAUACCAAGUAUCUAAUAACAAGGUUGUUAAAUUAAAGUUUUUGUCCUUUCAGGGUCGCCCGUAUGUAGUUCCAACCCAGCAGUACCCCGUACAGCCUGGUGCACCCAGUUUUUUCCCCAGUGCCAGUCCCACAGAAUACGGCACGUUUGGUGAGUUUCUCCUUUUUUCUCUUACUCCCCAAAUUGAAAUUGCCUUUAAUAGAUAAUUCCCACAUUUUGUGACCCCCCUCCCUACAGCCACACACAGUAUUUUAUCAUGCACUUCACUGCACUGCACUGCUCUGCUCUCCCUACAGCUGUUGUGUGCACUUCCCCCUCAGUGUUUAUAUGAUCAGGACCUGGUAUCUGACUAUAUUUAGUUCAGAGUGGCUGGGGAGUAGAAGCAGAGCACAGAAGGGUUAGAUGCAUUUAUUCUAUGCAGGACACUGCUACUCUAUUUAAGAUUUGUUUGCGAAGUGUGAAUUUUAGUUUUUCACACCCCAUUUAGACUUCAUAGAUUCCAGUCCUGUGUAAUCUUAGGGGACACAACAAUACCUGAGCCUCUUAAUUUGUAAACACGUUUGUUCUUUUGCUGCUGGCAAAGUCAGAAGGUUGUGUAGAGUGAGUUAUUGUAAUUGUUGUUCUGCUAGGGCAAAGGUGAUAUAGAUUGGCAUGUUUGUAUUGUCAGUCAAUUCUGCCUCAGUUCGAAAGAAGAGUGGUAACUCUGAUUUUCUUUUCUCCCUCUCUUCUUCUCCCCCCCCCCUGCUCCCCCCAUCGCUCCCCUUUUUUCCCCUCAAAAUAAUUCAGCUGGGGCAUAUUAUCCAGCGCAGCAACAGUAUUCUGCGGGAGUGCCUAGCGCUCAGGUAAUGAUGAGUGCGCCUCAGUCCAUUCCACCAAAGCGUGAGAGAAAAACUGUAAGUAAUGGUUACCAUUAUGUAUGGUUAAUACUGCAGUUAUGAUAAGACUAUGAGACUAUGGUUUAUAAGACAUGUAUGGAUAUGAGUUAAGCAUGAUACUAUUGGUUUAUCACAUUAAGAUUAUGUAUUUUGGUGGUUAAGGUUUGAAACAAAUGGUUAGGCCAUUUACUAAACAACUAUGUGAGUGAGCAGAGCAAUAUGGCUGUUAGGGAGCAUACAGGGGUAAGAUGAUGUGGGAUUGAAAUAAGGGAAAUGCUGAUGGAAAACGGGAGAAUUUGGGAAAGGUGGGUAUGCAAACCCAUGACUUCUGGGCGGAAACAUCAAAGAAUUAGAAAUAACAGGCAAAAUUUUAAGAGGAUAAAAGGGAAAGGCACAGGUGAGCAAGUGUGUAUGUUUUUGGACAUCCACAUAAAAGAAAUUGAACACAGAAAUGGCAUAUAGAGCACAUGUGAAAAGAAUAGAGGAUGAAAAGUAUCAUUUUUUUUUUUCAAGCUUCAUGUCUCUAGUGCUUGUGCGACAUGUUUACAGGAGCAGAUUUAGCAACUGUGCCUGGAUAUGUGAAAAUUAUCACAACUAUUGUGUUUGUUAUAGAAGUUUUUGAGAUGAGUGUACUUUUUGGGGUAUAUAUGGAAUGGAGAAGCUUUAGGCCUAACUGUUGAUGGUUUUUGUUGUGCUUGUAUUAAAUCUUUACUGGACAUGUGGUUUACAUCUUCCUCUAACGGGAAUAAAAACAGUAGACUUGACACUUAAAAUUUGCACUGUGUGUUUGUGUAUAAGUGUGUUAGAUUGAAACAGAUUUUUUUUUUUUUUUUUUUCUGCAAUAUAAAGUAAAUUAUGAGUGAUUUUUUUCUGUAGUUUCUGUACAGUGCCACAGGGUAAUUUAAUUCUACAAAAGCAUUUAAGGGUGCAUGUUGAUUUUAAUGACUGGCGUUUAGGUGGAAAAAUAAAUGGUCUGUGAGGCAGGUUAUUGGACUAUCUGGUGAUAGUUCUUGUCUAUCACUAUCAGUCAGUUUGUGUGAUGCUUUCUUUCAAAGGCAAUUGCAUCGUUCCAUAAUAAACUAUUUUGCCUCAAACAGUGAUUAUCUUCUGAUCUUCAGAUUAUCAAAAGCAUUUUUUUUUUUUUUUUUACCAAGGAAACUUAUACCAUUUAGAAGCAUUAAUCUGUGCAGGUUAACAACUUUUAGUCCCUUUUUAUUAGAUACGGAUUAGAGACCCUAACCAGGGUGGCAAAGAUGUAACUGAUGAAAUUUUAUCUGGGGGACGUACCACAUCUACCCCUACGCCACCCCAGGUGAGACGCGUACCUGCCUAUCUGUCAACAUUGUGUAUUUAAAAUGCCCAUGAACUAUUAAAGGGACACUGUAGUCUCCAAAACAAUAUCUUAAUAAAGCGGUUUUGGUGCAUUGAUCAUGCCUCUGCAGCCCCACUGCUAAUUCUCAGCCAUUUGUAUAUCCUGCUCUGUAAAUUGAAUUUUAAUUACACAGAGAAUGCUCCUGUAAUGGUUAGAAGGCUCCUAACAUAGAAGAUAAUACAUUCUAAAUUAAACAGAAUUUGUAAUAAAGGAAGUGUAAAAAUUAAUGUCUCUUUUCAGGAAGUGUUUAGGAAGGCUGUGGAAGACACAUGCAUUGAAGUGCAUCUAGACCUGCAUAAACUAAGUGAUUCAACUCCUAAAUAGUAGAGAAUUGAGCAGUGAGACUGCAGGGGCGUGGUCUAACAAAACUGUUUAAUUAUGCUAAAUUGUUUUGGGGAAAUAUAGUGUCCCUUUAAGCUAUUACACUUCCAUGCUUUUGUUUUGUUUUUUUCCACUUUACCACCCUUUUUUUCAUUAACAUAUGUUCCUAUACUGCCAACCAAUUACAUGGAUGUCUGCAGCAAUUCAUUUCUUUGUUUCAAGUUCCUUAUUUCAAUCAAUGACACAGACUGAAAAAGUAUUACAUACUUUACAAUAUCCUUUACUCAAAGGCUAUUAUUUCUCUUCCACUUUGCAGUCAGCAACUGGAGGACCAGAAGUGCAAACAAAUGGAGAAAAUGCUCAUGUACCUGUAGUGGUACGUCCAGGUAAGUUUGUUUUGAUGGAAAGGAAAGCAGUGCUAAUAAAUUUACAAGAAAUUAUUAAACUUGGUCAUGUGUUGUAGCUGAUCUUGUCCCAUUAAUGGUUCAUGGUUGCUAUGUGAAUUUGCACUGUACUAAUGUUUGCUUUUGUAUCUUGUGUGAGAGGCUAGCAUAUUAUUUUGAAAUGGCGCUACCGUAUUGAAGUCCUUUUAACCAAUUUUGCUUUUCAGAUGAUGGCGGCAAGAUCACCCAAGUGCUGAUCAAGACUUCUGAAAGCCCAUCACCACCUCUUGCGUCUUCUGAAGUAGAGAGGAAUAUGCCAGAUGCCUGUGAAACUGAUAUAAAAGUUGACAGCACUACACCAGAAGUGACCUCUUCUUGCAUAAUUGCUCAGAACUCACUAGAUAUAAUAGAAAACCUCAAUGCACAAGUAUUGGAGGUCUCAGAGGCUCCUACUGAACCAGAAAAUGAAUUUAUAGAAGAAUCCACACAACUAACAGUGCCCUUUGUAGAGUUACCUACCACACAGACAGACCCGCAACCAGAUACACCCACUCUCCUGCCCCUGGAACAUACAUCUUCACACACAUCUGUUGAUUUGUCUGCUGCACAAGUUGCUCCACUGGUUCAUGAAGAGUCACCAACAGCAUCUGCAAAUGAUCAGCACCAAACUGAGGAACUCACUCCUGAAAAUCCAGAUACUCCUGACUCUGUAGAACCUGAGGAGGUGGUAGACACAAGUAAAGAGUCCGAAAGUGUUCCUCCGGAGAGCAUAGCUUGCCCUACAGAACUUCAAUCAAAUGGAUUAUCUGCAGAAUUGCCCGUGCCCUGUGUUGAAACACAACCAACAUUGAUAUGUCAGGAGGAGCCUACUGUAGUUUCCCCUAUAGCCCAGCCUGAAGAGUUACUGCUGACAAAUGGUGAAGGAACAACUGAGCAAAUAGAAAAUGAUAUAAAAGUAAAUCUUGAGGCACAUGUAAGUCCAAUUAGUGAACCAGAAGAACAGCCUUUGGUAGUUCCUGAGCCUGGAAAUGUGGUGGAAGAUAAAGAAAGAGACCCCCCUGCUGACGACGUAGCCUCAAAACCGAACACAGACAACCAAUCGCAAGGUGAGUUAAUGCAGUGGAUACCAUGACAUUUUUGAUGUUUAUUUCUAGGACAUCAUAAGUCCUGUUCCCCGUGGCAGCAUUAACUAGUGGGUUAGCUGUUCUCUUUACAGGACAGGAAAGAAGCUGAAAUUAAUAUAAUUAUUAUAACUGCCCUUCCUCCCCAUCAGACAACCUCUUGUAAGUAGUUCCACAAACUUUGAAGAAGGUUGGGGACAUAAUUCUGCCAUGGUGAAUGAUCAGUAAAGAGUAUUUUGUUAAGUAUUGAAAUUAUUUUCUUAUAUUUAUGGUCAGCCCAUGGGACAAUUAACCAGUGGGUAGUACCAAAGCAUUGUGUGUAUCUGUUAAUAUGGCUUACAAUUUUGAUGCCAUAUUUGAAGCCACAGUAUGCUCAAUAGAGUAAAGUUUCUACUUGCCGAGAGUCGUUCUUUUUUUAAAUUUAUUUUCGUUCUAUCUUUUUUUUUUUUUCAUGUCUUGGCUAAUACAAGUCCUGAAAGAAAUGAAACACACUUAUCUGUGGCUUUAUUCUCCUUGGAAUAUUGAUGAUAACAUUAUUUGAGUAGCUUCCUAAAACCUAGCUAAAGAUAAAGCUGAAAAGCUGUAAUGACACAAUCAACCACCUGUUAAAUUGGAACGUGUAGGGGUCUUUAAGUUUCAUGGUAUAGCGCAUACAAUGAGUACUACAGCAGGUGAUCGAUCUGAACCUGGAGUCAUUUUGCCAAAAUACUAAACUUAAAGGCACACUAGUAACCACAACAACUACAACUUAAUGUAGUUGUUCUGAUGUCUGUAGCAUGUCCCUGCAGUCUUUUUAAUGUAAACACUGCCUAUUCUCUAAAAAGGUAGUGUAGUUGUUUACAUUACUGCCUAGUAACUCUGGAGCACUAGAGUUGCUUCCUGCGUCAGAAAGGUUGUGUCCACCCUCUGCAUGGAGAUGCUAAACGCUUUCCCUAGAGAUGCACAAUAGCCCCCCAAUUUCUUUUCUAUGGGAAAGCAUUGGUUUGACUGAGAUCACGUUUGAUUUUGCCAUGGAGGCAGUGAGACGAGGCCAGUUACUACGUGAGAAAAGGUGGGUGAAAUCACCUUUUUAUUACAGAAAGGGACCUAAAUAGUUAGUGUCAGGAAUACAUGUUUGUGUUCCUUGAUACCAUAGUGUUCAUUUUACUGCAUAAUAUCUACCAGGUUAUCAAAUUACAUGCACUUGCUGGAUAAAACCAGUUCACCUUGCCAUAACAAAAAGAGUAAUAGGAGUUGAGUCACUUGCCUCAGAUUGGUGGGGCUUAUCUAAAAGGGUACACACAGAACAUGCUCUGGCGUAUUGGCUGUAUGCUGGGACUCUGCAUCCUACUUUGCAAAAAUGGUUACCUGACGAGCAUAUAAUCUUGUCCUGCUAAAGCAAGCUCAUUCUGAUGUAAUUAUCCAGAAAAAAAGACUGCCUGGUCUGUUUUAUCUACUACUAAAUUCAAACUUCUAUGUCCUGACCUAUUUCUUCAAAAAAUGGAUCAAUCAUGCCACCAUGGUGUUUCAUCAGGAAGAAUUCCUUCUUUGUGGACAGAGACUGAUGUAGUUUUAUAGCUGUAGUGAUACUGGAGUGAUUUAAAUGGGGGGUAUGGUGAGUAAAAUAUCCUUUAACCUAAUAAAAAAUAAAAAUAAAAAAAAAAAGCAACCUUUAAAAGGAUAACUCAUUCAGAUAAUUUUGUCAAGUGUGUUUGUUAAUGUGUUAAAGUACACUGAUAUUUGGAUUGUCCCUAUUUGUGCAACAAAUUUGGGACAGUAGUCUCUCAGCUUUUGAACAAUUUAGUGGUUUUUAGACCUCACGCUAAACGUAAACCUAUUUUGCUACACAUGAUCACUUGCUUACAUUUUGUAUAUUUAAGUUCUACCUCCUGUGCGUGGCAACAAAUCUGUGUUCAUCUCACUAGCGUAACUGCUUCAAUUUCUGGAAUAUGAAUUCAGGGUCUUUAAAACACAACUGCUAUAAAAUGUUCACUUCUGCCACACAUUAUAAACUGUCUGUCUUGCCAUUAAAUGGUCUUUCUAAAGAUACCAUUAUUUUCAUCAUAUCCUAUCAUAUAAUUUACUAUAUUUUAUACAAUAUGAUGAAAAAAUGUAAUAAAACACACCCCUUCUCGAACUUUGACCCCCAAGAUCUGUUACGCAUCUACAACCGCCAAAAAACACCCAUGCUAAAUAGUUUCUAAAUUUUGUCCUGAGUUUAGAAAUACCCAAUGUUAACUCUGAUAUCUGUCGGGAAUCCCUGAUUAACCGUUCUCAUGUAUAUAUUUUUUUUUAAAAGAAGGCAACCUAAGGUAUUAAACUUGGGGUAUUUUGACUCUUUUUCAUACUCUUUUUAUGUAACCAUUUUACCACCAAUCUAUGCCAAAUUAAAAAAAUAAAAUUAAAUUGGAGAUUUUUUUUUUUUGACACACAUAGCAAUUUAAGAAUAAAUGUGCCGAGAACUUUAAAGGUUACUGCCAAAGAACACCCCAAUAUGUGUUCAGCAACAUCUCCUGAGUACAAUGAUAUGACCCAUGUAUACGUGUAUCGGAUUCUCUGGGGGUUAAAAGACCUUAUUUGGAGGGUACGCAUUCAAGUUUUCCAACUUGGAAUUUUCACAGCUGGUCAUCAUGCACCCAUGUCCUAUUUGGGACAUUUCUGAAGCCGGCCAAUGUAAUUUACCCCCAUCAAACCAUACAUUUUUUAAAAGUAUACACCCUAGGUUAAUUGAAAUGGUGGUAUUUUAACACUUUCCAUGCACUAUUUCUACCACCAGUUUUAGUCAAACUUUUUGGUAAUCAUUUUUUUAUUUUUCUCUCACAUUGUACUUUAGGCAUGGAUUCUCAGUUCCUGUUAGGUGUUUGACAAAGAACACCCCAAUAUGUGUUCAGCAACAUCUCCCGAGUACAACAGUGCCCCCAAUGUACAUGUUUUGUCUUUUUGCAAAAUUACAGGGGUCAAAUAUAGGGCUUUUCCAUGUUUGCACAUUGCAAUUUACCCGAUUGGUUUGCUGGGCCUAUGUUGCCUUUGAGACCGUAUAGCAGCCCAGGAAUGAAAAUUAACCCUAUCAUGGAAACACACUAUUUAAAAUGGGGUAUGUUCUGUCUUUUGUGGUAGCGGUUUUUAUCAGUUAGUGGUUUUUAUCAGUUUUUUUUUUGUUUGUUUUUUUUUUUAAACUCAAACUGCACUUUUACUGGUGAUGUCAUUGUCGUGAGAAGUUUUACUUAAUUAGAACACUCAUAUUUGUGUUCAGCAAAGUCUCCCAAGUAUAACAAUACCCCCCCCCAUGUACAGGUUUUAUGGUGAUUUGAAGAGGUACAGGGUCAAUAUCUGGCUUGCCCAAUUCAGUUUGCCAGAUAGGUUUGCUGGGUCUGUGUUGCCUUUUGACUCCAUAUGGUAGCCCAGGAAUGUGAAAUAACCCCAUCAUGGCAUACCAUUUUCAAAUGUAGACAACCCAGGGUGUUCCAAAUGGGAUAUUUCCAGUCUUUUAUAGUAGCCACUUAGGCACAAAUGCUGGCCAGAGUUAGCGUCUUCAUUUGUUUUUUUAUAAUUGUUUUAAUUUUUUCAAUUUAUAUUUUGUGUGUGUGUGUGUGUGUGUGUGUGUAUGUAUAUAUGUAUGUGUGUGUAUGUAUGUAUGUAUAUAUAUAUAUAUAUAUAAUAAAGCAUUUUUAAUGAUAUAUAUGUGUAUUUUGAGAUGUGUGUGUGUGUGUGUAUAUAUCUCAAAGUACAUUUAUAAUGAAAUAAUGUAUAUUUUAGUGUGUGUGUGUACACACACACACUCUCUUUUUAGCUGCCUGGGGGACUGUCUGACAGCUCAGACAGUCCCCCUGCAGGCAGCUCUUAGACUCCCAUUGUGGCGAUGUGAUCAUGAUGAUCUGCUGCUGGGGACUCCGGCAGUCCUUGCCGCAGAUCGCCGGUCCAGGGCUUCUAUUUGCCACUGUCGUACUAGGUACGUCUAUGGUCCUUUUUGACAGGUUUUUUUUUUUUGUCGGACGUACAUAGUAUGUCCACGGUCAUUAUAUAUAUAUAUAUAUAUAUAUAUAUAUAUAUAUAUAUAUAUAUAUAUAUAUAUAUAUAUAUAUAUAUAUAUAUAUAUAUAUAUAUAUAUACACAGAUGAUAUCUAUCUAUAGAUUGUGUGUGUGUAUAUAUAUAAUUUCAUUCUAAGUGUAUUUUGUGUAUGUAUACUCAAAAUAGUUAGAAUAAAAUUACAUAUCUGUAUAUUUUUGUUAAAAUUACAUUUUUUACAAUAUAUACACACACACACAAUAUAUAGAGAUGGAUAUAUACACACAAUCUAUAGAUAGAUAUCAUCUGUAUGUGUGUGUGUGUGUAAUUUUACUUUAAAGGGACACUAUAGUCACCUGAACAACUUUAGCUUAAUGAAGCCGUUUUGGUGUAUAGAACAUGCCCCUGCAACCUCACUGCUCAAUCCUCUGCCAUAUAGGAGUUAAAUCCCUUUGUUUAUGAACCCUAGUCACACCUCCCUGCAUGUGACUUCCACAGCCUUCCAUAAACACUUCCUGUAAAGAGAGCCCUAUUUAGGCUUUCUUUAUUGCAAGUUCUGUUUAAGAUUUUCUUAUCCCCUGCUACGUUAAAGGCUUGCUAGACCCUGCAAGAGCCUCCUGUACGUGAUUAAAGUUCAAUUUAGAGAUUGAGAUACAAUUAUUUAAGGUAAAUUACAUCUGUUUGAAAGUGAAACCAGUUUUUUUUCAUGCAGGCUCUGUCAAUCAUAGCCAGGGGAGGUGUGGCUAGGGCUGCAUAAACAGAAACAAAGUGAUUUAACUCCUAAAUGACAGUGAAUUGAGCAGUGAAAUUGCAGGGGGAUGAUCUAUACACUAAAACUGCUUUAUUUAGCUAAAGUAAUUUAGGUGACUAUAGUGUUCCUUUAAGUGUAUUUUAUAUUAAAUAUAUAAAAAAAAAAUACUUAGUAUGACAUUUUAUUUAUAUAUAUAUAUAUAUAUAUAUAUAUAUAUAUAUAUAUAUAUAUAUAUAUUUUUUUUUUUUUUUAAUUUUUAAACAUUUAUUUAUUAAUUUUAUUUUUUAUUUUGUCAGACGUACCUGGAGGGGGGAACAUAAUAACCCUAUAGUGCCAGGAAAACAAGUUUGGUUUCCUGGUACUAUAGUGCUCCUUUCAUUAUUAUUUUUUUUUUUUUUUUUCUUUCUCUCUCUCUCCAUUAUACAUUCCUGUAUUUCUAUAGAAUAUUGACACUCAUUAGAUUUAGUGCCCCCUUUUGUUCAAUAAAAUUGUAAAAAACGAAUCUUUAUUAAUUUUUUUUGUACCUCCCCAUUCCUGCUCACUCCCUUCCAUUUCAUAAUGAAAGCGUUGCUUCCUUACGGAUUGUCCUGUCCAGUCCCCCUCACAGAGGAUUUCAAUGCUUUCCUAUGAGCUGUAUGAAUUUAAAACUACCUGGACACUGUACCCAGACAAUUUCAUUGAGAUUAAGUGCAUUUUUUAUUUUGUCGGACGUACCUGGAGGGGGGAACAUAAUAACCCUAUAGUGCCAGGAAAACAAGUGUGUGUGUGUAUAUGUAUAUAUAUAUAUAUAUAUAUGUAUGUAUGUGUGUGUGUGUGUGUGUGUGUGUGUAUGUGUGUAUAUAUAUGUAUAUAUAUGUAUGUGUGUAUAUAUAUAUAUAUAUAUAUAUAUAUAUAUAUAUAUAUAUAUAAUUUUUUUUUUUUUCUUCAAGAAAAAAAAGGAAAUUUGAUGACGGUUGUCCUUUAAGUCCACUACCACUUAUAAUUUGAAAGCUUUUCAACUCUUCCACUUCAACUUUGAGUUCUCUCUUUCUCCAGUUGCUGUGUCUGUACCUAAAAAGAAGAGGAAAAUCAAAACUUUCAACAACAAAGCCGUUGGUGAUUUAUUGGAUGCGUUUAAAGAGGUGAGGUUUCAAACCGUGGCCAACAUGAAAGCUUGUGUAUGCUUUGUGGUUUCUUUGGAAUUUCUUUAUGUAUACAUGUGUAUAAAAUGUGUGUACAUAUAAUUUCUAGGUAGUUGACGGGUCCUCUGAUGUGGAGUUAAUGCAACAGCUGCCAAGUGUGGCUCUUCAGCCAGAACAAGAACCCGUGGCACCCCCUGAGGAGCAGGAUGAGACUUGGGAGGAAAAGGAAGACAAGAUUGAUGCCGAAAAUAUUAAACCAGGGGAUCACAAGUAUGGGUAUAAAGGAGGUAUGUUAUCACUUUAUAAAGUAUUGGUCUUGCUGUACUGGAUCCCUGAAUUAACUGUACUGGAUUAGUCUUUAAUACAAGUCCUGCUUUUUAUGAUAUUACACUCUAGUUACCUUUUACUAAUGCAGACGUUGUGAAUUACGUUUCUCAGGCAUCCUGGUUAGCUGAGCCUCAUAGGUCACAACUGCUAUUAUUUAACCUAGUUUGUCUUGCUUAGUUUUUGUGAAUUUACAUUUUCUUAUACCUUUCUUCUAUUCAUGUAGUAAUAUAAUGUAAGUUAAUUUUGAAUUUGCUUUGUAUGUGCUUUUUCUCCCCUUUUGUCAGGGUUUAAAUGAAAAUAGGUUUUCGUUUAGGCUUUUGUUGUUCUAUUGUGACGAUUUGUAACUUAUCAAUCUUUCUUCUACAGAGCAGUGGAAACCUAUUAACCCAGAAGAGAAGAAAAGCUAUGACCGGGAGUUUCUCCUUGGUUUUCAAUUUAUAGUGGCCAGCAUGCAAAAGCCAGAGGGCCUUCCUCAGAUAUCAGAUGUUGUUUUGGAUAAGGUGUGUACAGUCAAUACUUUAUUCUAAAUUAAAUUCCAAUUUUUGGGAAGUCACAAUUUGCGCGUGCAUUGGGAUGGGUGAGGACUAAAAGUGGGCUUAUCAGGGUGAGGUUGUCUCAUCCAGCUCUGUCCUUGUGUUAAUUACAGCUUAACAUUGUCUUGUUUGGAGGGGCAUGUUUUGUGAUGUUUAUGUGCUCUGUGUAUUUACUUUUUUGAGAUAUGGGAGAAAUAACACUAGAUGGUAACUGAAUGUUUUCAAACAAUGUCGUUCACACCAGAUUUAAAAUUGCAUUUUUUAAGUUUGAAAUAUGAUCAAAUUUUGUAUUUCUCAUCCAGAUAAUUUGUCAACAGGCUAACAAAACCCCCCUGCGGCCACUGGACCCAACACGACUUACUGGGAUGAAUUGUGGUCCAGAUUUUACACCUUCGUUUGCCAAUUUAGGCCGACCUAAUACCAACAACCGUGGACUGGUGAGUGGUGUUUUUAGCAAUUUUCUUGAAAGUCCAUCGUGACUUGACUAAUAUCUAGUAACCGAAUGUCUUAGAAACCUGUGAAAGUGCUUUAACUUAAGAUUUGAAGUUGAUUUAUAUCACAGAGGUCAGAGUAUUUAGUAUACAUUGGCUGGGUGCAAAUGAUUUUGUACGAAGUUGCUGUCCAGGAAGUUGGUGUUGUUAAACCAUCAUCUUUAUUCUCUUUUUAUUCAUGUGGUUUAUUCUUUCUUAUUUACAGCCACCUGGAAUGGUUCCAAGGAGAUCCCAGCAGGGUCCCCGUAAAGAACAUCGCAAAAUUAUUCAGGCCGUUUCAUUGAAUGAAAAUGUGCAACUAAAUAAAGCUGAAAAGGCGUGGAAGCCGACUAACAAAAGGGCUAGUGAGGAAGAGGACCCUGAAAAUAUUAAAACACAGGUAAGCUUGUAAUUGAACCACAGUGUAACAUUAACUAAAUGUCUCUUGACAGACUUGAGUUAUGGAUCAUGUGCUGCUUCAGUCUUCUGACGUACAUACAUUUGUGAAUUGUUGCUGGGAGUGUCUAUUCCCACCCUCUUCCAAUUUGGUAGUUCAGGUGACUUGUUUUAAUUUAGUCCCAUUAACCUAGAAUUAAAAUGUAUGCAAUAAAGUCCUUGAACCUGCACUCAUUCUUUCGUUUUGUUUUUCAGGAAUUAUUCCGUAGAGUACGCAGCAUUUUAAAUAAACUGACACCACAGAUGUUCCAGCAGUUAAUGAAACAGGUCACAGACCUUGCCAUAGACACAGAAGAUCGGCUAAAAGGAGUCAUUGACCUCAUAUUCGAAAAAGCCAUUUCGGAGCCAAAUUUCUCGGUUGCAUAUGCAAAUAUGUGCCGAUGCCUUAUGGGGGUAAGAUCACAGGAUACUUUCAAAACAGUUGCAUUGCAUACCUCAUACAAACAAAACUAUGUACAUUAGACCUAAACCAAUAUAAAGGACACUCCAGUCUGGACGCCAACAAAAUAAAUUAGAAGUCUGUUUGAUAGAUUUUGGCCUCCUAUUCAAGCUUUUUUUUUUUUUUUUUUAAAUCACAUUUAAGAUUUAUUAGUUUUGGCUGAAGAGACUAUUUUGCAGCUUUCUACAACAUUAACCUAUCCUUUUUUUUUAUUUUUUUUUAUUUUUUUAUUUAUUUAUUUUUUUGCCACUCUCCCUCUUUACAUGAAGCGACUUCCAUAUUACAUAUAUUUUGAGCACAUACUCAGGAACUGAGCUGCUGACUCCACUUUGCCCUAUAUCCAAUCUCUCUCUCUAUUAUUUUGUAUAUGGGUUUUUAGAGAAAAGAGGCUUUCUCCAAGCAACCCAUAUUUGGUCUGUCUUUUUCUAAUUGUACUGUCACAAACUUUUACAUUUAAAUUGCUAAUGGAGAUUUUUUUUUUUUGCAAUUUCUGUGAGCAUUGCACGGUCUGAUCAGGUGCUGAAUUUUCUGGAAUGUCCACUCCUGGGAAGAUUGGCAACGGUCUUGAAUGUUUUCCACUUUUGAUUAAAGGAACACUUUAGGGUCAGGAACACAAACAUGUAUUCCUGACCCUAUAAUGCUAAAGCCACCAUUUAGGUGGCUUGCUCCACAUUAGCCCCCUGAAAAGCAAUUAAAACUCAUCUUAUUUCCAGCGCCGCACAGAACUACCAUAACUGGUCACGCCCCAUGGUGACAUUAUAGUAAUUGCUGAUUUUUAGCCAAUCCAAUGCUUUCCCAAAGUCUAGCAAACUAUCAACUGAGCAGGAAAUUAGAAAUUCUAAAUUUUAAAUAGAAUUUGCAAUAAUGGAAGCAUUAGAUAACUCUUUACAGGAAGUGUGUAAGGCUGUAUAAGUCACAUUCAAAGAGGUGGCUAGGGCUGCAUGAACAAAGUGAUUUAACAAACAAACAAGCGAUGAGCCUGCUGGGGUAUAAAUUUAUACAUCAAUACUGCUUUAUUAAGUUACAGUUGUUUUGGUGACUAUAGCAUCUCUUUACGUUGUUGGACAUGGUAUAGGUUAAUAACUAUUCUUGUAUUAAGAGCUCCAACAGUUGACAAAACCAGACUCGUCAUGAUGUAUCAAGCUAGCGAGAGUAAUGGAUAAUCUAUUGGCUAAGAGCUUUGAAUAAUGCCAUUAUUAAAAAGGGAAAAAGGUCGGAAAUUUAGUUUGGCUUGCAACAUUCCCUCCUAGAAGAAACCUAGAGCUGAAAUUUUUUUUCUUUGGUAUGGUGUGAAGUCUUUUGAAAAGUUUUUGUAUUAAUGUUUAGUGAGGCGGUCAAGUCCUGGCGACACGUGGACUGGCAUUUUCUCUCUAGCAUUUAAAAAGGUUUGAUGUGGACAUAGGACGGCUGGGCUAGGCUGGCAGCUAAACUUGCCAGGAAGGAGUUAAUCUCCAAUUCUAUUGUAAUGUGUGUGUGUGUGUGUCUGGCUCAUUUUUAGGUUAUACAUUCUAACCAAUGAGUGUCCCAUCCAUAGGAAUGCUUGAAAAGUUUAUUGGGCAUGUCUGACAGAUUUGCAAAUAUACCGUUUCAAGAUCUCUUCACCUUCCAUGUGACAUGGAGAGAAGAGGGGGUAGUGUGAUCAUGCAGAGAGGGCUCUGGUAUUGGUGUUCUCUUUAAUGCACAAUGGUGCUCUAUUUUUGUCAUUGUUGAACUGUUCUGAAACUGAACUUCAAAGUUUUUUUUUCUUGCUUUAUUUUUGUUUGCUUAAAAGUGUUUGAAAGUAAUGAAUGUCCAUUGAACCCAUUUAUUCUGUAGUAGUGUGCUGAAAACUGCUGUAAUCUGCCUGUGUAUGCAAAAGUCUUGCGGUAAAAGCAACUAGUUAACAAAUCCAAUAUGUAUAACCAGAUUUUACAGUUCAAAGUAUGUUUUGUCAAAUCAAAUCCCAGUGGGAACCAGGUUAAAGAUCUUUGUCUGCGGGGGCCAAGACGGAAUCUGUGGAUAACUGGGAAAGCUUAUAUGAUAGCUAGUAUCUUGCGCCAUGUUUUGGGAACCUUUUUAAGCAAUCCUGGAGUCAGCUGAAGAGCGAGGGAUGUGCCAUUGCGCCAUAAAUUAUUUGCCGUACUCUGUGGUUAUUAUGGCUUUCCCAACUCUGUUCUUCCAUAAUAUUAGCCUGGUUAGAAAGCCCCACUUAUAGAGGAUAUUGGCCUUUCUCAAGGAGCCACAAAGGCCCCAUCUUUUAGUCAUGGUGGCUGUAGAUAAGCUGGUGUACAAUUGUAUGUGAGUUUACCAGGUGCAGAAGAUUUUAAAACUAGCAUCCUGCAUGAGUAUCUUUUUGACGCCAUAAAAGUGUACUUGAAUGAUUGCUUUGGACUCAUGUGGAUCAGGUUUUGAGAUGAAGUGUGUGCACUCUCCAGUAGAAACUCCUAGUCUCAGGCCUGUGGCAGAAGCAUACAUUCGAUAGCUUGUACAUGUGCUGAUAGCUCUUGCGGCCUUGCUUCCUCUUUUAUGCCCUUUAUCCUUAUGUUAUGUCAUGCUAGAACGUCUGAAGUGGUCACUUUGGUCUUCAGAAACUGGAUGUUCAAUUCCAGGACCGAGUAUGCAUCUGCCCAUGAGUUGUGGACCUCAAUCAACUUUUCCUUGAGGUGUGUUCCAGUUUAAUAACAUUUGCAUUGAGGAUGAAUACUUUGAUCUGUUCAGCAUACUCUGCAAUGUUCCACCCUUCGCCGAUACAGCUGCAUGCACGAGAUGGAAGUAGUAGCACUCCCUUGUGAGUCUAUCUUGGACCUGGUGUGUGGGCUAAGGCUGCCACAUGUAACAAUGGGACAGAGCUUUUGUGGUUUUGUUUGUGGACUGGUGGAUCAUUGCGGAUCACCAGACUGCAUAGGUGAGCUUGUGCUGGUAAAUUGUUUCAGGAUCAUUGUGAAAACACACUGUAUUGUGCCUGCUAUGAGAGGAGCUGAAACCUCACGCAUCUGAUCUCAUGAGCAGUCAAGCCACGCCCCAUAAACUUACUUUUUAUGUUGAUUUCCAGAAUGUUGCUUUAAUGUUGAAAUUGUUAAACUAUUUUAAUAUAUAUUUAGUAGGAGCAAUCAAAUAUAUUUGUACUUUUUGAUCGUAAGAUUAUUUGUCCUCCUGACAGCUUAAAGUCCUAACUUCAGACAAGCCGGGAGUAUAUGUUAACUUCCGCAAGCUGCUCUUAAAUCGCUGCCAGAAAGAAUUUGAAAAGGAUAAAGAUGACGAUGAAGUUUUUGAGAAGAAGCAAAAGGAGUUGGAUGCUGCUUCCUCGGUAAGUAACUGUAUGCUUGUCCAAAUUUUGGUUGGCAAUUACAAUAUUAGCGAGUAGGGCUUCAGUAUUAAGGAAAUGUAGAUAAAAUAGGACUCAGACCAGACAGACCAAUUAUUCAAAUGUCGUAUCUACUUAAAAGUGGGCAUAUUGUUCUGCGUGUCCAUCUAGCAGCUUCAGUUUGUUUUCAAUGAAAGGAAAACUAGGGCCAGGAACACAAACCUGUAUACCUGACCCUAUAGUUUAAAAAAAAAAAAAGCACCAUCUAGAACACCCAAUAUAAUAAAAUUGUACUUUUAUUCUGAUCUUCCUGCUUGGCUGACAUAAUCAGAUGUGGUGUUCUGAGCCAAUCACAAUGCUUUUCCAUUGGAUUGACUGAGACUGUCAAGGAAGCAGAUCGGGGCAGAAUCACACAAGCCAAACACUCUGGCAAAUCCGCAUCUCCUCAUAGAGUUGAAUAAAUGCAUCUCUGAGGACAUUUCAGUGUCUCCAGGAAUCUCUCAGCUGUAAUGUAAACACUGCCUUUUCUUUAAAAAUAGUGUUUACUGCUAAAAGUCUGAAGGGAAUGAUUCUACUAAUCACAACAUAUACAAUAAGCUGAAGUUGGUCUGGUGACUACAGUGCCCCUCUAAAGUAUUGACCACCACUUAAUAAAAGUUUUGUGAUUUUGUCAUUGAGUGGGUUUCUCUUUUUUUCUUUUUUUUCCUUUCAUAAGCGGACAGUGACAUUUAAUGAACUAGCAACACUGACAAUGUUCAUACUACCUAGAUCUGUCCUUUAAAAAAAAAAAAAAACAACAAAAAAAACACAGAAAUAGAGGGAAGAAAACAAAAGGAAUGAAGACCUCAUAGACCUUGACAAAUAACUGUGUAUGAAAAGCUGGCAGAUCCAUCACUGAUGGAAUGAACAUUUCACUUUUUUCAUAAGAUUUGUUUUGGAGUUGCUGCAUCCUUACAGUUUUGUCCCUGGUAGCUAGAUUUAAGAAGGUAGAUUGGGCCAUUAAUAUCUUGGUAACAGAAUUCCUCUGAAAAGAACAUUUUGGCAAUUCAAGCGGCUCGUAUGUGAGGCUAUUAAGCAAAACUUUUUAAAUGGGAAUUUUGUAAUUAUUAUAUUUUUAGAAAAUCUGUUACUCUAUUUUAGAUGCUAAAGUAUAUGGUUUUUGUCUCUUGCCUUUCUGCAGCCUGAAGAAAAGACUCGCCUAAAUGACGAAUUGGUGGAAGCCCGGGACAGUGCUCGCCGACGCUCCCUUGGAAACAUUAAGUUUAUUGGAGAGCUUUUUAAGUUGAAGAUGUUAACUGAAGCCAUCAUGCAUGAUUGUGUCGUGAAGUUACUCAAAAAUCACGAUGAAGAGUCCUUGGAGUGUCUUUGCCGUUUAUUAUCCACUAUUGGCAAGGACCUUGACUUUGAGAGAGCAAAGGUUAGUAUCUAAAUUCUUAAUUGGUUAUAUUGCCUAGUGUACAACUGCAUCCCCAUAUUUUAGGAAAUGGCAGCCUUUUACUCUCCGACUGCUUAGUACAAUGUUUAAAAUGCCUUGGCAUUUUAAUGGUUCACAGCAACUGCCAGGGUUAGGGCUGGCCAUUAUUCCUCCAUCUAAUCCCAUAGUCUCAAUCAUACAUCUGAAUUAUCUGAUCUUUUUUUGUAGCAUUUCCUAUGCUGACAUCUUUCUCUUUCACAGCCACGUAUGGACCAAUACUUCAACCAAAUCGACAAAAUCAUAAAAGAGAGGAAGACAUCAUCUCGUAUAAGAUUCAUGCUUCAGGAUGUGAUGGAUUUGCGCAUCGUAAGAACUUUUAUAUGUCAUAACUACACAAUGAUUUCAAAAAUAGUUAUCUUCUUGGCAACUCUUAUCCUUAUGUCGUAUUCCAGCUGCCUAGGGAAGCUGUAGUAUGUGCAGCUCUUUGGGUAGAAACAAUUUUUGUGGAGAAAUACAAAUGAUAGUCUUUCAGCCCCUAAAGAAGGCAAAUGUGUGUGAUAUUUGUGCACAGUCACAUUUCUUUAAGCAAAAAUCUAACCUCGCCAAGGCUAGAGUUUUUACAAUCCUGAGGCUAGGGUUGUUCACGAAAGUGAAUUCAUAGGAGCAGAAAAUUCAUGUAUUAAGCUAGAAUGGGUUAACUGGAAAUAUUAUUAAAGGACCACUAUAGGCAGCCAGACCACUUCAGCUUAAUGAAGUGGUCUGGGUGCCUGGUCCAGCUAGGUUUCACCCUUUUUUCUAUAAACAUUCAGAGAAACUGCUAUGUUUAUAAAUGGGUUAAUCCAGCCUCUAGUGGCUGUCUCAUUGACAGCCGCUAGAGGGCUUCCGCGCUUCUCACUGUGAUUUUUCACAGUGAGAAGACGCCAGCGUCCAUAGGAAAGCAUUGUGAGCCAAAGAGGAGAGCUCCCCGUCCGGCGCUGGAUAAAGAGGUAAGUUUAACCCCUUCCCCUAGAGCCCGGCGGGAGGGGGACCCUGAGGGUGGGGGCACAAGUGUUUUCCUGGCACUAUAGUGGUCCUUUAAGGUCGGCUAUGUUUUCAUCAGCUUAUUAAAGGGUGCCUUGAGUCUCUGGGCAAAGUGUUCAUUGUUAUACUGUUUCUGAACAGUUUAACAGUUAACCUAGGUGCUUGCACUCCAGCUGCUCUGAAGGGAAUGGCUAAUGUGGAGUUUGCAUUAUGUUGGAAAUGAUAACCGCGAUAACAGGUUGUGGUUGGCUGAGUGCAUGAGUGAUCCACCCUUUCUGCUUAUCAUUGCCUCCUAUUGCUGAAAUUUAGUAGGAUGUAAGGAUUGGCCAAAAUGGAAGCACUGUUAACCACCUCAGUGAGUUGAUGUGCAUAUGGUACAUAAUGUAUAAAUUUAAAUAACCCUGUGUUAUUCCCUUACAAUUUUUCCAAGCUCUAUAUGUGGUAUUUACAGUUAAACUUGGUGUAGUUAGAUAAAAAAAUAUGAAAAAUGUAGUAUUAACAUGUAUUUGCGUAAAUGCAUUUUUCAAUUAAAAUCUCACGUGACAACAAAUGCAUUUGUGAAAAGAAAAUCUUUAAAUUGGCUAACUCUUCAGAGACUUGCUUGCCCUUCUUUUGUUUAUGAACGUCUUAUUUUUGUUUUUCUACAGUGCAACUGGGUACCUCGUCGAGGAGAAACAGGGCCUAAAACUAUUGACCAAAUUCAUAAGGAAGCUGAAUUAGAAAAGCAGCGUGAACAUGUAAAAGUUCAACAGCUAAUGUCUAAACAAGACAAAAGACGUGAGCCUCCUGGGCGACCCACAGGUGGACGCGGCAAGGAGCCCGCAGACGAUGGAUGGAAUACUGUUCCAAUCAGUAAGGGGAGCCGUCCUAUUGAUACCAGUAGACUUAGCAAGAUAACCAAGGUAAUUUGAAUAAGUAUGCAGUAUCUCCACAAGCACUGCAACAAUUGAGUUUAGGUAUUAGAACAAAUUGUCAGAUUGACUGGAUGUGUAUCUUUUUAUUUUACUGUAGCUUGGUGCAAUUGAUUCCAACCAACUUCUGGCACCGGGGGGCCGCUUAAGCUGGGGUAAAGGGAGCAGUGGGGGAUCUGGAAGUAAAACUGAGCCAAGUAAGCUGGUCUUGUUUUUUUUUUUUCUUUUCUUCCCUUUUUCGUCUCUCCCGGUAAUACCAUACUUUGGCUAGGGCACUAAUGUGUUUUAACAUUUACUUUCAGCACCAGAGUCUGGACGCCCAGCUACCAGCACUCUGAAUAGGUUUUCAGCUUUACAGCAGUCUUCAGCAGUAGAGAGUCAGGAUGCAAGGCGACCUGUUCAGAGGUAAGUCUUGGUGUCCCUCCCCUCCAACUCGACAUGCAAUGGUCUCCACUUUGAGAAUCUGCAUAUUCUUUGUCUCUUGGAAAACCAAUUAUAAUUGUGUGAUUGAGUAUUAUUUUUGAUUAAAGAUAGUCAUAUUUUUAUCCAGUAUGUCUUUUUUAAAUCUGUAUCAUUAAUUAAAAAAGUGACAUUACAGAAGGCUUUAGGACUACUGAGCAAAGGCAUUAAAAAAAAAUCUUAUGCAGGUAAUAUGAUUUAUGUAAGCACAAGUUUUAGAUGAGGUUAUCAGGAAGUCACAGGAAUUAAAAGGUGUGUAGAAUACAUAGAUUUAUCAUUCUACUCUGUUGCAGGGGUAGUUCCAGUCGCGAUAGAUCUGAGAAGGAACGUGGAGACAGAUUUGAACGAUUAGAUCGCUUUGAAAAAACAGAUAUAUUUGACCGGUCAGAUCGAGCUCGACCCCUAGUGACGAAGAGGAGCUACAGCAAAGAAACAGAGGAUCGUAGCAGGGAGCGAGAAAGCCUCAUACCACAGGAGGCAAUCCGAAAAGUUGCUAGCAUGACCGAACCAAGGGAUCGCAGCAAAGAAAGUUGUACGUGUAUAGUUUACAUAAGACUAGUUUUAUUCGAAAAGUAAUUUAACAAUAAUUGUGCUUGCUUGUGAAUAACACUAGUGGCAUCAUUUUAAAUGUUUUUUUUUUUUUUUAUAUAUAUAGUGAAGCGAGAAUUACCUGUUCAAUCUGCACCAGUAGCACCUUCACAACCAUCCUUGUCUGAAGAUGAAAUAGAAAAAAAAUCAAAAGCAAUAAUAGAAGAAUAUUUACAUAUAAACGAUUUGAAGGUGAGUGUCUCUAUUAUUAUUAUUGUUAUUAUUAUUUAUAUAGCGCCAACAAAUUCCGUAGCGCUGUACAAUGGGUAUGUUGGCAAACAAGUAUAAGCAGUGUCUCCUCAAAUCUUUUUGUGUUGAGAAUCAUUUUUGUUUGCCUGUUGUAUUCUGUGUGUGCCCUCAAGGAAUUUUGGGGCAUCUUUAAAUUUGCAUUGUAUGCAAACCUGUGCCACAAUAGCUUUUCAUUUUAUACAAAUAUAAAAUAAAAAUAACAAAUAUCUAACUUUUAGUUGGCUAUUGGAGUGUGUAUUUCCCUUCUUUAACUGCUUUAAAUAACUUCCAUUACCCACUUUAGCACUUCAAGGUAUGUAGUUGUAAUUGCUGUUUUUAAACUCUAUUUUUUACUGACCUUUCUUUAUAGGAGGCACUCCAGUGUGUCCAAGAGCUAAGCAGCCCAACAUUGCUCUUUAUAUUCGUUCGAAAUGGCAUAGAAUCUACAUUGGAAAGAAGCACCAUUGCACGAGAGCAUAUGGGUCUUUUGUUGUACCAGCUGGUAAAGGCUGGAACACUUUCCAGGGAACACUAUUACAAGGGGUGAGUACUUACUGGUAAUAUUUGAGGCUCUGUAGUAAUCUGUAAUAUUUGAGGAGCUGUUCCAUUUUUUUUCCUUAGCAUAUUCUUUAUGCUUUUCUUUUAUAACUUUGACCAGCUAGUUUGUGUAUACAAUUGUUUUCCUGUGUGCUCCUGAACGCCUUGAUCCUUCGAAGGUUUCUUCAAAUUGCUUCACGUUUAGAAUAGAAUUGUGCUACAGAGUCCAUUGCCUUAACCAUGAAAGCUGCCCUUUCAGUUUUAUUGUGUAAUAGAAUGAAGUGUCCAUUUCAGAUUAUAUUUAAUGAAUUUCCUAUGACCAGUUUGAAGCAUUGCAUGUGUUAUUGAGUUUAGUGACACUUAUUUUCGUUGGCUCCAUUCUUUUGCUAUUUACAGCUUUGUUGUUCUUGGAGACUUUGAUAAAUCAUUUGAUAAUGUGAUAGACAUGGCUAUAUUCUCUCAUUGUAAAAAACAUUCUCAUAUAUUCCUUUUUUGUCCCCUCCUCAACAGUGUCCUGGAGGUUAUGGAGGUGGCCGAUGACAUGGCGAUAGAUAUUCCGCAUAUAUGGCUAUAUCUGGCUGAGCUUAUAUCUCCCAUUCUUCAAGAGGGAGGCAUUCCAAUGGGAGAGCUGUUUAGGUAAUUAGUUAUUCUGGUUUUGAGUGGAGGGCAAUAAUGUGUAAAUGGAUUAAAGUAUGAACUGUGGACUAGUGUGUGUGCUAUUAAAGCAUGUUCGUUGCCAGCUCCCAUAUGAUACUCAUUAUUGAAUCUCUGAUUGCACGCGUCUCCACAGGACUGCAUUUCAUUGUGAAAUGUAUGUUUGGGUUUUUUCUUCAUUUUAAUUCAACAAAUUACCCCUUUUUCCUCAUCAGACAUUUGACGAAACCAUUGGUACCCAUUGGAAGAGCUGGUGAUCUAUUAUCAGAGAUCUUGAGUUUGCAGUGCAAGGAAAUGGUAAGUUAGGAAUGUUGCAUGUUUUUAUUUAAUUUUUACCACUGAAUAGGAUCUAUUUACUUUGACCUCAGGUUACAACUUAAUUUUUAAUUCAAUUUUCCAUUUCAGAGCCAUAAGAAAGUAGGAGCAUUUUGGCAAGAAUCUGGUCUUUGUUGGAGCGAGCUUCUGACUAAAGACCAGGAUGUAAAUAAGUUUUUAAGUGAAAAGGUGCGUAAGGAUUUCUGUAACCUUCUUCCAUCAUCCUUUAAUCUUGGUUGUGCUCCCAUUUAUAUGCUACCCACACUUGAACAAUACACAACUCAUUAUAUCCCAUCUCACAUCUUAUGGGUUACUUCAUCAUAGUCCUGCCUCUUUUGGUUCAUGAGACAACUUUUUGAGUAACUUUUUUCUCUUCCUGUAGAAUCUAGAGUACACUCAAGGAGAAGAGACAGAGACUCCUAGCAGAAAGGAAUUUUCUGGGAUUGAGCUUGACAACAUUUUGACUAGGCUACUAAAAGAGAGCAGCACCAACCAAAAGAUAUUUGACUGGGUAGAAGUAAGUAUUGGUGGAAGAGUACUAUGUUUUGUGUAUUACAGUGUGAAUGCGCUAUUUCUGGAGAUGUUGUGUGAGACUCAUCACUUUCUAUCUACUUUUCUUAGGCCAACCUAAGCGACCAGCAAAUCCUAUCCACUACUUUUAUCCGAGCACUGAUGACUGCUGUGUGCCACUCAGCAAUUAUUUGUAAGUGUUUUAAUCAAAGCACAAGUUUAAAUUGCUAAAACUACAAAUCACUCCUCCAUUGAUACACCACAUCCUUCCAUGUUGUAAUCCCCUCACACAGUUUUAUUGUGUUUUUUUCAGUCCUAUUGUUUGAACCAGUGCUAUACUUUGUAAAAUUCGUAAGCCUGAGUGUUUGUAUUUAGUACAAAUCACUAUGAACAUUUACUCCCGCUCCGUCUUGUCCCUUGAAGCAAGCACUUACCUCACUUUUGUCUACCUUAAGACUCCACCUCAAGUAAAUGUGCACUUCUCGCUGCAGUUUAAUUUCUUCAUUGUUGGCUGCUGUCUGACUUCUCUCUUCUUUCAGUUGAGAAUCCUUAUAGAGUGGAUGUUAAAGUUAUUCGCACAAGAGCCAAACUCCUCCAAAAGUACCUGAGUGAUGAGUCCAAGGAGCUGCAGGCUCUGUAUGCUCUUCAGGCACUUGUUGUGAAGCUAGACCAACCUCCAAGUAAGUUUUAAUCAAUCUAUAUAUAAGUAAUAUAAUAGAACUUUUUUUUUUUUUUAUGGACAUUUUUGUGGCAAGGUUUUGCAAGGUAAUUCUUGUUGUGGACACACAUCUAUUGCCUUUUAUUUUUCAUAAAAUUGUUUGCUUUUAAUGCAUCCAUUUCUAAACGGCCUAUGAAGUUGAUGGCUGCAGCUAUAAGCCCAUCCCACAAAGGUGACAAGGGGAUUUGUGUGUUUCUCUUCGACCAAAUGUGCACAUAUUUUACAUGUUGACAGUAGAUAGGCACAUCCAUAGUAUUAAGGGCUCCACUGCAUCUUCUUUGAAGAUGCCUGAUGUCUCCAUGGAAGACAUGAAUGGAGUGAUUGGUAAGCUAACAUUAGCAAGCUGUGGCAUUUGUGGAUUUGCACGGUUAUAAUGAACAAUGCCAUAUUUGAAAGAAUUUGUUUACGACUUUGAGCACGUUUUUUGGUAAAAUAUAUCAUACAUUUUACAUAUUCAUGAAUUUACCAUUAAUCUUUUUUUGUAAAAUGGGCGUUGAAACCUAAAUUAUUUUUUCCCCUUCAAUUCAUAACAGACCUUCUACGAAUGUUUUUUGAUGCUCUGUACGAUGAAGAUGUUAUCAAAGAGGAACCGUUUUACAAAUGGGAGUCCAGCAAAGACCCAGCCGAACAGCAAGGAAAGGGUGUUGCCCUUAAAUCGGUAACAGCCUUCUUCACGUGGUUGCGAGAAGCCGAAGAUGAGUCUGAUAAUUAA